CUCAAAUGGCCCCGUAGGGCAACAAGGAUGGUUAGUUUUGAUCGUACUUAUUUGUGCCAUAAAAAAUCGAUCCUAAUUGGCAGUUAUUUGGGCUUAUAUAUCUGCCGAGAGCUCUUUUAAAAAUGAUGGUCCCUAAAUGAAGAUUCUGACCUGUGAAGAGCCAUCCAUUCCCUCAUUUGGAUGGAGAGCGGGGACAGUAUCUCUGGCGAUCUCAAAAAUAAGAGGGAAUGUUGACCAGGGAGCACAGCUGCUGUCGAUCAGAGGAGCAGGAACUCGAGCUGGGGCUGAGUACGAAAAAAGCCGGAUCCGGACCGUGGCUUCGGAGCGGUUCAAAGUGGAAGAUGGAGGAGCCAGAGGACCCGGUAUACGGUGGGCAGUCUCUGCCCCCAGUUUACAUCUACAGUCCCGAGUAUGUCAGCAUGUGCGACUCCCUGGCCAAGGUCCCCAAACGGGCCAGUAUGGUACAUUCUUUGAUUGAAGCAUAUGCACUGCAUAAGCAAAUGAGGUUGAGAGGUUCUGAGGGAAGCCCAGUGUCAACUGUUUUGCACCUUUCUCUCACCUCUCAAAGGAUAGUGAAGCCAAAAGUGGCUUCCAUGGAGGAGAUGGCCACCUUCCAUACUGAUGCCUAUCUGCAGCACCUUCAGAUGGUGAGCCAAGAAGGUGAUGAUGAUCAUCCAGACUCCACAGAAUAUGGACUAGGCUAUGACUGCCCAGCUACUGAAGGAAUAUUUGAGUAUGCAGCAGCUGUAGGAGGGGCUACAAUCACAGCUGCCCAGUGCCUGAUCGAUGGGAUGUGCAAAGUAGCAAUUAACUGGCCUGGAGGUUGGCAUCAUGCAAAGAAAGAUGAAGCAUCUGGUUUUUGUUAUCUCAAUGAUGCUGUCCUGGGAAUAUUACGAUUGCGACGGAAAUUUGACCGUAUUCUGUAUGUGGAUUUGGAUCUACACCAUGGAGAUGGUGUAGAAGAUGCCUUCAGUUUUACCUCCAAAGUCAUGACUGUGUCCCUGCACAAAUUCUCCCCAGGAUUUUUUCCAGGAACAGGUGAUAUGUGUGACAUUGGCCUAGGGAAAGGACGGUACUAUAGUGUAAAUGUGCCCAUUCAGGACGGCAUACAGGAUGAGAGGUACUACCACAUCUGUGAAAGUGUACUAAAGGAAGUAUAUCAAGCCUUUAAUCCAAAAGCAGUGGUUUUACAGCUGGGAGCUGAUACAAUAGCGGGGGAUCCCAUGUGCUCCUUUAACAUGACUCCAGUGGGAAUUGGCAAGUGUCUUAAAUACAUCCUUCAGUGGAAGUUGGCAACACUCAUUUUAGGAGGAGGAGGCUAUAACCUUGCCAACACAGCUCGUUGCUGGACAUACUUGACCGGGGUCAUCCUAGGGAAAACACUACCCUCUGAGAUCCCAGAUCAUGAGAGACUGUGGGAAGAGGUCACCUGUUCACACAAAGAACACUUUGGAAUAUGCUCAUGUUUUCAUUUCCUACCUCAGAAAGAAAAGGACUGGUUUUUAAAUGUAUAAUCUAGGUUUUCGUCUUUUUUAAGAGGUCUCAUAGGUGGUGUAUAGUAUAUGUUCUCUGGUAGUAGUGCUGAUCUGUCAAUUUUCUUUGACUAAUGUAAAAGACAAGAAACAUAUAGUCACUAACAAAGUCAGGUCUGGUGUUUUUCCAGCAAUUAAUGCAUACAGGGAUUGGAGCAGGACCAUCCAAAGUGUGAAAUGUGUCACUCGAACCCUUGCUAUGUUUUUAGUCAUAUGAGAUGAGCUUUACAAAACAAAGGUGUCUGUUCUGAUUUUCCUAAAGCAAGGGAAUGACAAGCUAUCUGGGACCUUUGAGUAUGCUGAUAAUCACUCAUCUCAAGGUGUACCCCUCCUAUUCCCACUAUUUCUCACCUUGGCAGGCAUCAUGUUAUCACAGACUAGGAUGCUGGAACAGAUCUUAGACUGUGUGGGUCAAAAUAACAGACCAGUACAUGCAGCCUCAUCUUCUCAAGCUAUUUCCCAAGGAUAAGUGGUGUUGCAUUGUUAUAAUGUAAUGAUUUCUGCCAGAUAUAGCAGUUGUUUACUAGGAAACAUUACGUUUUUUUAAAGUUACUAUUAUUUUUUAAAAAUUAGAAACAAACUAAUUUCCUCCCAAUUUUCUUCUAACCUUAAAUGAGAUAAAAUGUGUAUCUUGGAAAAGCCAUUCAAUAUGUCUAAAAUAGAAAAAGAAGGUAUACCAUAAUUUGAGACAAUUUGCUGGUAUUAGGGUUAAUAGAAGUCUCUUUUCUUGACUUACCUUUAUACAGUAUUUGGAAGCUUACUGAAAUAUAAAUGUAAGUGUUGUGGAUAAAUGUAAUUGCUGUUAUUGUUGUGGGAAUAUCUCAGAUUGAAUUGUAAUUUAAAGCACUGGGACUUUAAAAACUGAUCACCUUAUGUCAGAAAGGAGUUUUCAGCCUUAGAAGUCUGAAUUGAGUGAGUGUUCUGUUCUUGGGCAGCAAAAGAUUCAUCUCUCUUAGAAGAUUUAUAAAAUUUUAAUCAGCAUGAAUAUUACCUCUGGUACCUGGAAAGCUAUGUGCCUGAACAGAUGUGAGCUUCCCCUUAGAUAAUGUUCUGUCUUUGUACAAACUUAUUCUGCAAGAUUAGAUGAGAUGUAAUAUAUACCAAGUCUCUGACACACAAUUCCUGGCACCUAAUUGACAUUUUAGAAAGACAUGUUCUCCUCUUUUCCCUUUGCAUACUCCUUUACUUCUUAUACCCAGAUAUUUAUGACUAUGUCAUUCAUAAAUUUGUUCAAACCCCUUGUGAAUCCCUCCUGUCAUAUCCUUCUGGUGUGACAUAUGAGUCAUCCAAGAAGGAACAAAGAAGAAAAUUGAAAUGAUAGUCUUCUAGGUACAAUAAGAUAACAUUUUAAUGAAAAUAGCCAAAAAUAGACUACAUGGUAUAAAGGCAUAUAUAAGUUUUGUGUCACAAUACACAGCUGUACAUAAAUAUCUUUGUAUUUAUCUGUAAUCAUAUUUUUUAAAGGCAUAUAAAAAAUGUUUGCUACCCAUUGUGAUCCAGGACCGAUGCUAAAUGUCUUGGGAGAUGUAAAAACAGCAAGACUUUGUCCCCUACCUCAAGCAGCUGGGGAGGAAGGCUGGUGCAAAUGUAGGGACAUAGGUUAAUGCCCAGAUAGUUCUAAAACAGCACGGGAUCAGAACCAUAAAGCAUAGGAACUGUGACUAUGGAGAUGGGCAUCUAACAUAUAGGUAAUGCAAAGGAGUAUGCAAAAUAGCCCUCCAAGAACUGAGAUUGUACUUGAGGAAUCUGGCAAAUGACAAGGUCAGUGGGCUGCAGCCUGGCUGACCUCCUUACCAUCUCUGCUUUCAUGCUUGGGCUUUUGUUCUUCCAUCUCAGAGAAUAAUAAUGUACCUCCUCCAAAUGCCCUACUGUUUUCCUGGGUCCAGUUUAAAGGUCCAGUUUAAAUUCUGCCUUUCAAAAACUGACCUACAUCUACCACAUCUCUUUGAUCUUCCUAUUCAGAUAUUCCUUCAUUCAUUUAACUAAUAUUUAUUGGUCCCCUUCCUUUUGAUGGAUCUUAUUCAGAUCUGGAUUCAGAAAUACAGAGACUAAUGAGAUAAACCCAGUAUGGUAAAAAAAAAUCUCACUUUUUAAUAAAGGCAACAGGGCAAUGUGCUCAAACCCAGAGCAGAUUAGGAACAUAAGGAAAGUAUUUCAACAAAAUUUUGCACUGAAUUGGGAAAUUGGGAGUCUGCUAGGCAAAGAAAGAGGGAAAGGCAUUCUAGGGAGAGUAAAUAGUGGGUAGAAAGGACCAGUGAGACAUUUGCUGUGUGUAAAACAUAAGGUAUAUGAGAAACAAUAGGAAAGUUUAAGACCUGAAUGGAAAUUGAGGCCAGAUUAUAGAGUCUUGAAUGCUACAUUAAUGAGUUUAUGCUUUUUCCCUAUGAAAACAAACUUUCAUUCUUAGAAAUCUCAUUUGGUAGGAAAUAGAAGACAGAUUACAAAGGGGAGAGAUUUAAAAAGGCAGAGCUGAUAAGAGGUUCAAAUUUAAUCCCAUAACAUGUAUAGUCUUCAGAGGUUGGGUAGCCCUUAUCCAAAAUGCCUGGGGCCAGAAGUAUUUCGGAUUUUGGAUUUUUUGUCUCUCAGUAGUUUAAAACAGUUGUCUGUAUAUAAUAAGAUAUCUUGAGGAUGGAAUCUGAGCCUAAAUUCCAAGUUCAUUUACAUGUCAUACACACCUUAUACACAUAGGCUGAAGAUAAUUUUACACAAUAUUUUGGUAAUUUUGUGCAUGAAACAAAGAAAGAUAUGGAAAUGUCCAUCAAUGGUGUCAGGUCAGCACUACAAAUUUUUGGAUUUGAGAGCAUUUCAGACUUCAGAUUUUCAGAUUAGAGGUUCUUACCCUAUACCAUAUUUUUAAUCAUCCAUGGUUUGGUUGUCUCCAUAUCCCUUUUUUGUGCAUAGCAUAAUGUUAAACAUCCACAUAGCUGGUGUUCUUUCAAUGAGUGAACAACUAAACACAUGAGUGUUUAAAUGAUGUGCAUUAACAUUCACACUGAUAUGGAAGAAUUGGAAGGAUAAUCUAGUCCUUCUCUGAGAACAAAAUUUAACCCUAGUGGGUAGCAACUUCCUAUGCUUUGCAAAUAGUUACGGCUAUAGGACAGGUACAUCUAUGGGAAAACACUAGAUUUGCAUUCAGGGAAAGGGGUUUAGACAGUAAAUCCAGCAUAGAUGUUAGAAGUAAAUAGGAAUUUGAGCUGAACAUGGUAGCACACCCCUGUAAUCCCAGCACUCAGAGUCUGAGGUGGGAACUUUUGAGGCCAGCCUGAACUACAUAGCAAGACCCUGUCUCAAAACAAAAUAAAACAAGAAGGAAAUAGGAGUGGAACUUCAAAUAUAGCCCUCAUGAAAUACAAAACUGGUGAUACUAUAAAAGCCAGUGAUGCCAUAAAGCCAGUGAUUAGGAAGUUCAGAUUAGCCAGUCAAACUUGGAAUGAAGAGUCAAUUUCAGAUGGAGGAAGAACUUUGAGCCCAGCUGGGAAAGCUUGAGAGGAACAGAUCAUGUGUGUAUGUUUGCCCCAGGUAUCUCUACCAUAAGGAAAGCCCAAACAUGACAUGGACCCAUAAAAUGGCCAGCAUAUAGCUAAUUAGCACAGUCACCUGGACUAUUAGGUGUAAGAAUGUUCUGUGAUCCAGUAAUACCACUUAAGUCUCAUGAUCUAGGAUAGAGUAAGGCAGUUGCAUGUAUAUAUUUUGUAUUUCUAAGACAAACAUCCAAAAAUCCGAAACCCUCUGAAGUAUGAAAUUCUUUGUGCAGCACAUAAUAUUCAUUGUCAUCGAGUAGGUUUGCUAACAAUAAAUACUUAUUCUACUUAACCAGUUUUGAUGGAUUGAUUGGGUAAAUUGUAUCUCCUUCAUGUUAGGAAAUAGCCAUUAAAAUGAAUUAAGUCAAUAUAUAUACAAAAUAUCCACUCAAAGAAUGAAUAAAAAGAUUUGGUAUUUUUAUACAAUGGCGUACUACUCAGCUUGCAUCAAGGCUUUUAUAAGUAAAUGGAUGCAACUUGAGACCGUACUCAUAAGUGAAAUAAAUCAAACUCACAUAUGUAAAUACCAUAGUCUCCCUAGCAGAAGAAACUGAAAGAGUAAAUACAAUCCAAAAUCUACAAUAAAUAUUGUGUAAGGGUAAGAAACUGCUCAAAGAGGAAAAGUAACUGGGAUAGGGGAAGGGAGGAAAGAAGGAAGUGAAAAGGAAAAAGACAGAAACUUGUAUAUAUACCUAAGAUAGCUAAAAUCACUAUACUACUAAUUGUAUUAGUUCUUGGAAAAGAACAGUUAAUGCUUAUAUGAUUAGAUCAGUUUUACAUGUCUAUAUGUGGUAAUCUAAGCAACCCUUCUGAAGGUAACAAUAUGCAAUAUUAUAAGCAUUGUUAAAUUCCUAUCAUUUUGUUUUAUAAACCUAUACUGUUAUUAUUUUGGGUUUGCUAUUGUUGUUUGUCUCUUUGCCUUUGUUUUUCUUUUCUGUGUCUUCUUUUCUCUUAAAUAAAAAAAAAUAAAAAUUAAAAAAGUUAUACAAAGUAUCUGUAAGUAAAUGUCUUUCAGUACAAUCUAUAUAAAUUUAUUUUUUGGAAGAAUAAAAUCUUAACAGUAAUCUUCCAAUCCAUGAAUUUACAAGUAUCUUUCCAUUUACUUAGUUAUAAUUUCAACUUAAACUUCAGCAAACAGGUUUUGCAUGGGUUUUGUUAAAGUUAUCCCUAAGUAUUUCAUGAUUUGAUUUUCUGUACAUAUUUCUUAAAACAAUUUGUUUGUUGCCAGAAUAUAGAAAUAUAAUUGAUUUUGUAUAGACCUUAAAUAAUGUAACCUAUGUAGCUAACGUCACUAUUUUUACUAAUUUUCUUCAUAAAUUACUUAGCAUGUUCCAGGUAUACAAUCAUGUCAUAUACAGAUAAAGAGUUUUAAUUCUUCCUGUAUAAUGCUUUUUAUUCUUUUUUCCUUUCUUAUUGCACUGAUUGUGACCACUGGUUGAGACCAUCAGUGCAAUGCUAAAUAGAAGUGGUGAGUGAAUGUCUUUGUCUUACUAGCAAUCAUAGGGGAAAAGCACUUAAAUCUUUUAUUGUCAUGUGAUGUCAGCCAUAUUUUGUUUUGUUUUGAAAAAUAUUCUUUGCUAAGUAAAGAAAUUUCCCUUCUAUUCUAAUUUUCUCAGUUUUUUCCUCACAAAUGAGUUUUGGAUUUUGUCAAGUGCUUUUUCUUGUUAUUGAAAUACUUACAUUGUUGCUCUUAUGUUAGUAAGAUAAAUUCAACUAUUUUUGUGUUAAAAUAACUUUACAUUCCUGGGAGCUCUAACUGGUUAUGGUGUGUUGUGCUUGUUAUACGUUACUAGAUUCAGUUUGCUGAAAUUUGGCCAAUGACUACUGUGUCUUAUGUUGAUGAUGGAUGUUGGCUUGUUAUUUUCUUUCUUAUAAUGUCUCUGGCUUUAAUGUCAGGGCAGUGCUGAUCCUAUAAAAUUACUUGGGAAGUAUCACCUCCUUUUUUUCUGAAAGAGCUUAUAUAAAAUUGAUACUGUAUCUUUGUAAAAUAUUUGAUAGAAUUCACCAUUGAAAACAUUGCAGUCUGGAGUUUUCUUUGUUUUGUAUUUUAUAAAUUCAGUUUCUUUAAUGGUUAUAUGGCUAUUUAGAUUUACUAUUGCGUCUUGAUCCCAUUUUGGUAAUUUGUCUUUCAAGGAAUUUUCCCAUUUACUCAUAUUCCUUUAUUUUUAUUUUGAAUUUCUAUAGGAUCCAAUAUCCUUUCUUUUUCUCCUGUUAUGAAUGAUUUUUUCUUAACUAUUUUAACUAGUGAUUUAUCAAUUUCAUUAAAGUAUUUUUUCAAAGAACUGGUUUUUAGUUUCAUUGACUUCAUUUUCCUUUUCUAUGUUAUAUAUGCUCCAUCUUUGUUAUUCCUUCCUUCUGCUUACUGUACAUUUUUAGUAGUUUUUUUCUUAUAAUAGAAAAUUAGUUAACAGAUUUUUAACAUUUUUCUUUUCUAAUAUAACCAUUUUGAGCUAUAAAUUUUCAUGUAAGCACUGCUUUAGCUGCAUCUUACAAAUUCUUUUUUGUUUGUUUGUACCGGGAAUCAUACUCACGACCUUGUGCUUGCCAGGCAGACACUUAUGCCACUGAGCUAAAUCCCCGGCCCUCAUCUUACAAAUUCUGAAAUGUUGUUUUCAUUUUCCUUUGACUCAAAAUAUUUCCUUCUUUGACCAGCAGCUUAUUUAGAAAUAUAGAGUUAGGCUGAGCCUAAUGACUCAUGCCUAUAAUCUCAGCACUCUAGAAGGCUGAGGUAGAAGGAUAGCAGGUUGAAGUCUUGCUUGGACAGUUUUGUGAGUUAAGGAGACCCUGUCUCAAUAUAAAAAAUAAAGAAGGGCUGGAGAUGUAGCUCAGAGUAAAAGCCUUAGGUUCAAUCCAAGUAUCACAAUAAAUAAAUAAAUGUAGGGUUUUUUAAAAAAUAAUUUUCAGAGCUGGGGAUGUAGCUUAGUGGUAGGGUACUUAUCUACCAUCCAUGCUCGAGGACCUAGAUUCAAUGCCCAGCACUGCCAAAAUUUAAUUUCCAAGUAUUUGAUAAUUUUCCACAUAUUUUUCUUUGUGCUCAAAGAAUAUAGUCUUCAAGGUUUCAGUGUAUUUUAUGUUUAGUGAAAUUUACAUGGCCCACCACAUAAUUUAUCUUAAUGAAUGUUUAAUAUGCAACUUGAAAAGAAUGUGUAUUCUGCUGUUAUUGGGUGACAUUUGCUAUUAUUAUCAAUUACAUCAGGUUGGUUGAGCAUGCUGUUUACAACUUCUAAUAUGCCUACUGAUUUUCUACCUAUUUGUUCUGUCAGUUUCUCAGAGCUAAAGUCUCUGACUAUGAUUUUGGAUUUAGUUAUUCUACUUUUCAGUUUAUCAGUUUAAGUUUCACACAUUUUUUAAGUUUUGUUAUGAGAUGCAUACACACAGUUCUUGUAUCUUCUUUAUGAAUUUAUCCCUUUAUGAGAUAGCCUUCUCUAUCUCUGGUUACAUUCUUGUUCUGAAAUCUAUUUUUCCCAAUUUUAAUAUUUUGCCAUACAAGUUUCCUUAGGAUUACUGAGUGUGUAGUGCAUUUUUCCUCUUCUUUUACCUUUAACCUAUUUAAAACUAUACAUUUCUUCCUAUUUAAAGAGAAUUUCUUGUAGACACCAUUUGGUUAGGUCAUGUUUUCUUAUCAAGCAUGACAAUCUUUCUUUUAUUUGGAGUAUUUAGACCAUUUGUGUUGAAAGAAAUUAUUUAUGUCCAUCUUUCUAUUUCUUUUCUAUUUGUCUCAUCCAUUCUUUAGUUCUUUCUUUGUCUUUUCCUGCUUUUUAAAAACUAAACAUGUUUGUUUGCUUGUUAUUUGUGCUGCUGGAAACUGAUUCCCAAGCCUCAUUUAUGCUAGACAAGUGCUCCUACUGCUGAGCUCUAGCAUCCUAGUUUAGUUCCUUAUUUGCCUAUUAGCUGUAACUCUUUGUUUUUUGUUCUGGGAUUUAUAUCAUGCAUUUUUAAUUCAGUAUCUACUUUCAAGUAGUAUUACAUUACUUAACGUACAAUUUAGCAACUUAACAGCAGUUCCUCCAUUUUUCCCUUUCCCUUCUUUUCUGCUAUUAUAUUUGUAUGAUUGUACAGUUACAGUUUUAAUAUGCUAUAAACCCCUUUAUAUUUUAUUAAUAUUUUGUUUUAGUCAAUUAUAUUUUUUGUUUUAAACUAUCUCCUAUUUCAUUUAAGAAUAAAAAUCUGGUACAUAUUAGAACAAAUAAUAUGCUUUUAUUAAAAAAUAACUAUGUUCUAAGAUAAAAAGCAAUUUUAUGAAAAAAUACCAUUUGUAUAGCCUUCCUUUAUCUCUUUAUUGUCUGGGUUGGUAGAUGACAGCUGAAUUCUCAUAUCUACUUGUACAUUCAAUGUGUUUCAAUAUGUUGUUUUUAUUAAAAUUUGUGUAGUGAAUCUAGCUUUACAGACACAUUGCUGAAAAAGGAAAGAGUAUUUCAAUGGGGCAACUAUAGUUUACAACAAUUUAUUAUGUGCUUUAUAAAGACAACUAAGAAAGACAAGUUGAAGGUUCACAGCAAAAAGAAAUGAUAAAUGUUUAAGGAGAUUGAAAUGCUAAUUACAUUUAUUUGAUCAUUAUAUAUUUUGUAUAUAUAUCAGAUCAUUACACUGUGUCACAUAAGUAUAUGCAUAUUUUUUUUUUUUUUUGUCUUUUCGAGACAUCUAGCUAUGUAGUGCAGGCUGGCCCUGAACUCACUUUGUAGACCAGGCUGGCCUCGAAUUGAAAGUCAAGCCUCCUGCCUCAGCCUUCUGAGUGCUGGGAUUACAGGCCUGCGCCACCACAUUGGGCAUGUAGAUAUUUUUGAGACAGAGUCUCAUUAUGUAGCUCAGGCUGGCCUUGAACUCACAGUGAUCUUUCUGCCUCAGCCUCCUAGUACUGGAAUUACAGGCAUGUGCUACCACAUCCAGCUGUGUAAAAUUAUUAAUUAUAUAAUAAUUAUUAAUGUAAUUAUAUAAAAUUAUGUACUAAUUAUAUAAAAUUAUUGUAUAAUAUUUUUCAAAAGAUAUAGAAUAUAAACAGUAAUCAAAAGAAAACAUGAAUGUCUUUUUUUUUCCAAAAACUGAGCCUAUUCUUAUGUAAUCCAGAAAGUGCAUUCCUAGGCAGUGUUCCCAGAGAAAUGAAAGCUUACACCUACACAACUAUACAGAAAUGUUUUCAUUUUAAUGGCUAGAAGUGAAAACAACCCCAAAGUCCUUCAAUGGUUAGACAAUACAAUAUAGAAUACCAUUCAAAAAAAUGAAUUAUUGUUACAUGGAACAAUUUAGAGGGAUCUAGAGAGAAUUUAUGCUGAGUGAAAAAAGACUCAAAAAGGUCAUAUACUAUAUAAUUCUAUUUAUUUCAUGUCUAAAUGAAAAAAAUCAGAGCAGUGUUAAACAGAUUAGUGAGUUCCAAAAAUUAGAGAUAGGCUUAGGUCAGGGAAGAGAAGAAGACUUCUAUGGUAUAACACAGUAACACAAAGAAAAUCUUUGUAGUGAUGGUUCAUUUCUGUGUCUUGAUUAUGGUGAUGAUUACGUCAAUCUAUACAUAUAAAAACUGCAUAAGACUAAAUGCAUACACACUCUGUUUUUCAAUUUCCUAUAUCAUAUUUGGACUUUUUUCUUAUAAUGCUAGAGAUCAAACCCGGGGCUGUGGUCAUGCUAGACAAGUGAUUUAGCAGUGAGGUACAGCCCAGCCUUAUUGUUAAAUUUGAAGUGAGUUUCUUAUACAGAGAAUAUAGUUGAGUCACAUUUGUUUUUUAAAUUUAUUCUGCCAAUUCUGCUUUUUAAAUCUGUUUUUAUACUAUUUAUUUAGUUUUUUUUUAAUUCAGGGUCCUAUUUCAGGCUAGUCUUAAAUACUCAAAAUCACAGUAAUCUUCCUGCCUCAGCCUCCUGAGUGCUGGGACCACUAGCAUCCACCACCAUGCCCAGUUUAGACCAUUUACUUUUAAUGUAGUUCUUGGUAUGGUAGGGUUUAAAUCUGCCAUUUUAUGUUUUAUAUUUCUUUCUCUUGCCUUCAUCUCAGUUAUUUGAAAAUUUUUUAAAAUUUCAUUUUAUGUGUCUAUAUUUGAGUGUAUCAAUUUGUUUAGGUUUUUCAGUUGUUGCUUUAGGUAUUAGGUUAUACAUGUGUAAGUUAUCAUAUUCUGGUAGAAACAUUUAUCAAUUUUUAGUAAAGAAAUCUUAUCUCCAUUUAGGUUCCUUUACCCUUUAUAAGAUACGUUAAAUAUUUCUCAUAUAUUCAUUGAGACCCAUAUCCUAUGGUUACAGUUUUCCUUUGAAUCAUCAAAUAGAAAUUUAGAGACGUGAAGAAGGUAAAAGUCUGUUGUGUUUACCUAUAUUUUUAUUUUUUGUCUUUUCUUCCUUUCAGGUGUUGUGAUUUUUUUAAUCAUUUCUUUUCUAUUUAUAGAAAUUACUUUUUCCAUUUGUUUGAAGUAGGCUGCUGAAAAGUUCUCUUUGUCUUGUUUCAUCUGAUUGUCUUAAUUUCCUUUUCCCUCUUGAAGGAUAUUUUCACUGGGUAUAGAAUUUUCGAUUGAUGGUUCUUUUCUUUCAGCACUUAAAAAAUGUCUCCUCUUUCUGACCUCUGUGGUUUCUGAUGAGAAAACUAUUGUCAUUCAGAGUAGUAUUCUCAUAUGAGUAAUUUAUCAUUUCUUUCUAGCUGCUCACAAGAUUGUUUUGUCUAUUUUUAUAAUAUCACCUUUUAUCUUUCUCUUUUGUGACUCCAAUGACAAGAAUAUUUAAUCGUUUUUCUUGUCCCAUGGAAUCCUGAAACUGCUUUUUCUUAUUCAUCUAUUUUAUGUCUGCCAUUUCCAUUCUUCUAUUUAGUCCAUUCAGUAAGUUUUUUGUUAUUGUAUUUUUCAGUUCUAAAAUUUCCAUUUUACUCAUCAUUAUGUUUUCUAUUUCUCCACUAGUACUAUUUUUUCAUUUUGUUUGUUUUUGUAAUUUCUCAUUGAAAUAUUUUUAUGACUGCCUUAAAAUUUUUAUCAGAUCAUUUUAGCACAUGUCAUCUUGAUAUUCACAUGUGUUGACUGUUUUUUCUCAUUUAAAUUGAAAUUGUUGUGAAUACUGGUAUAAUGAGUGAAUUUUUCUUGGAACCUUAACAUUUGCAGUUGUAUAAGACUGGCACCCCUGAACUCUGUUCUGACUCCUCACUCAGUGGUUCCCUUAUUUCAUAAGUUGAUUUCCCUCUGUUUCUACCUGAUUUGGUCUAUUUUCUAUUACAGUAUGUCAUAAAAGCUUGGUAGAACGGGCCAACAAUUAUCAGAAGUCAGAAGGAAAGACUUUUAUUAUUUAUGAUAUACCUUUUGGUAAUUUUGUGGUAUUUUUUAAAGACAGUCUCAGUAUGUAGCCCUGGUUGGCCUUGAACUCAUAAUCUUCCUGUUUUAGUUUCCCAAGUCCUGGGAUUAUAGGCUUGUACCCCCAUACCUGGCCCUUUUGGCACCUUUUGAAGGUUUUAUAAUAUUUAAAAAAUGCUUUUAAUCAACACCUAAAACAUUAAAUAAAUGUAUUUAUCAGAUAGGGAGGGUUCAUAGUAACACUGUAUACUAGACAAAUUAAGUAAAUUAUUUAAUCAUUUUAUGUCUGAUUUACCUAUAAAUAGAGAUUAAUGUGAAGAUGAAAUAUGCUGGGCAAAGCAAAUGUUGAGCGCAGUGGCUAGCAUUAUAAUUAGCACUCAGUAAAAUUUUAGGUGUUCUUGUUACUGAGUGUUGAUAAAACUCCUCAUUGCCAAAGAUCUCUCUCAUUUUGUUCUUUAAUGCUGAGAAUGUGGUACCCAGUGAAUGCCUAAAAAAGCAACUGAGCACAGCAUUGUAUUGGGUAUUUUAUAGACUUAGCCUAACAGCCCUUUUGCUUAUGCUCACAACUCAUGGAAUUAAACAUUCAAAGCAUAUCUAAAUGAAAUAUUAUCAUCUUCUGUGAGUGAAGAUAUAGUGAAGACAAAUACUAGAGAUUGCAUAUUCAAGUUUUAUAUAGAUAGACCUUAUAUAGACUUUAUGUAGAUAAGGUCAUAAUAUCAAGCAUUCAACAAACUAUUCUCAACUAUUUGUAAGAGGACAAUCUGUAAUCAUCAACUAGUGAUUUCUUACUGUUUAUUUUUUUCUUUGAAAGUAAGUAUUAUUUCUACCCAUUUUCUGUUUUGUUUAGUCUUUCUUUAAAUAAAAUUUUUAAAAAGACACUACAGUAUCCAGUGCUGAUCCCGGAGUGUCAUGAUGUGAAAUCCAGCAAUACUAUUUUCUUUGUUCAGAAUGACUUUAGCCUGCUUUAGUUUGUUUAAUCUCAACAUAAAUGAAGAUAUAGAUAACUGCAUGUAUGUUUAAGUGUAUAGGAUUAACAACCAUAUUACUAAGUUUUUGUUGGAUAGUUGAACAGAACUGUUUGCAGUCUCUCUGUUUGAAUUCCCACUUUCUAUGUUCCACUUUUGUAUCUUGAACAACUAUUUGUAAGAGGACAGUAUGUAAACAUCAACUAGUGAUUUCUUACUGUUUAUUUUUUUCUCUGAACAUAUGUAUUAUUUCUACCCAUUUUCUGUUUUGUUUGGUCUUUCUUUAAAUAAAAUUUUUUUAAAAACCAACAAACUAUUCUCUGAUCAUAAAAUUAAUUCAUAUAGGUAGUUUUUAGGAACUGUUUGAAAAAAGAGAUUAACAGUUGUUAAGCACCAGUUAUACCCCCAGUGUAUCUAUAUAUUAGUUUCUUUACAUAUAUUAUUUCAUACGUGUUUGUUAGCAACCUGAGAUGUAGGCAUUAUACCCCAUUUAGCAAUGAGAAAAGAGAAGUAACAUGACCCAGAUCAACUAGUAAAAUAGCAGUCAGGAUUCAAACUCAAAUCUGUCAGAUCUCUGGGUUUAUCCUCUUUACUUUCAGUGAUAGGAUGCAGGGUUUUGGUAUAAAGAAUACAUGGGAGAAAAAAUAAACAUUUAUUCGACAUCUGUAGCCAGCCAGUGUGCCACAUGCAUUAAUUCACUUAUUUGUCAAACUAUUUUUUGUCAUUUUUGAGACAGGGUUUUACUAUGCAGUUCAGGCUGGCCUUAAACUCACUUUGUAGCCCAAACUGAAUUCACAGUAAUCCUCCUACUUCAGCCUCCCUAGUGCUGGGAUUACAGGCAUGCACCACGUCAUCUGGUCUUCAAAGCAUUCUUCUAGUAAAUCCUCACAAACCACUCUAUGAAAACAAAAAGAAUUAACAUUUGUUAAGCCCCUGCUCUGUGCCUAACACUUAAGUAGAGCUUAUAUAAAUUACUUCUAGUUGUCUCCUAACAGCCCAAUGAAACUGGUAUUAACCUGAAGGAAGAAGCAGCUGAGCAAAGCUUUCACUGCACUCACCUGGCUCUCAACGUAGCUCUAAAGGAUAUCCCUCCAGGACAUGUAUUUCUAAACAUUUUACAGAGUGUGCACUCAUAAGACAUGAUUUUUCUCAGUCCAGAAACUUAAAAACCUCUCAAUACCAGUGGUUUUUUAAUCUUUUGGGUAGUCAUGGACUCUUGUGAGAAUUUCAUGGCUCCUCCUCCCAAAUAAGUGCUUAUAUACACAUAGUUUGGGGUACAAUUUCAGAGCAUCUGGCAAUUUCCUAAAGCACAAUGAACUCUUUGUUUAAAACAAGCAGAAAUCUGCUCUAAAGAACAGAAGUAAAUCUUAGAAAAUAAGAAAUCUUAUUGAGCUUUUAAAAUCCGAUAGAACUCUUAACACCUGUAAUUGACCAUUCCAUUAUGUUUUCCUAGUAGAUGAUAGCUGUUUCUCUUUUGGCUUUCCAGCCCCAGCAUUAUUGGCAUUUCUGUUGGUAUGAUUCUUGGUUGUAGGGAGCACCACACUUUAUGUUACACUAUAGCAUGCAGAGCAACAUCCUUAGCUUCUACAUACUAGAUGCAGGUAGUAUAUCCCUGUCCCCUCCCUACAGUUUCAACAACUGAGAAUGCCUCCAGGCGUUGUCAAGUGUCCCAGGGGCCAGGACAAAAUUGCCCCCUGUUGAGAACCACUAUACAGUAAUUAUAAUUAUCAUUCUUGAUAAUAACAUAAACAAAAUAUGAACACUGUUCAACUGUACUGAGAAAUAUGAAAAUCAACUCAACAAUUAAAUUUCUAGGUAAAUAAGUAAAAUCUUUCAUACCUAAAACACCAAAAAGGAAGUUUAUAUAACACCUUGUUCUACUGACUGAUUGACUUAACAAGUCUUUCAAUGACUAUUGAAUAUUAACAGUAUACAUGUGUUGACACUUCAUGGGAUUUAAAACCCAGUGAGAAAGGCAGUCUAAAGAACAAGAAAAUAUUAAGUUUAAAAAUUAAAAGCUUCAGGAACGCUAUGAAGGAAAUGCAUAGACAGACACAAAGGGAUUUAGAUAUGGUCACUAGGUAGACCUCUCUGAUCAUGUAACAUUUAAGGCCAGAACUUAAAGGUUGAGAGUCAGCCAGGUUAAAAAACAAAAGAACAACUAACUAGAAAGCACAUGUUCAGGCAAAGUAGGCAACAACGUACAGAAAUGCUAAAGUAAGAAGAAAACUUGGUAUACUUUGUGUAGAAAGAAGGCCACUGUACCUAGGGCUGGUGGCUGUGGAACAAAAGGAAUUGAAAUAGGUAGAGAUCAGACCUUGUAGGAUCUGCAGGCCACAGGGAAGAGUUUCUAAAUACACUGGUAAGGUCUUGAAAGCUUUUAAUAGUGGAAGCAUAUCAUGAUUUAAUGCACAUUUUUAAACUACUCUGGUCAUCGUAUGGGGAGACUACCGAGGGGCAAGAAUGGAAGUAUGGGGAUCAGUUAGACUGAUGCCAGUUGAUAGACAGUGCUGGUAGCAGUGGAGACUGGAAGAAUGAUAUAUUAUUGUUAUAAAUUGACAUACAUGCUAAUGAAUUAGAUGUAGAUGGUGAAGGGGAGAGUGGAAUCAGUGUUUUUUACUUGAACAAUUGGACAUGAGUGAUUUAUUGAAAUGAGAAAGACUAGCUUGGUAAAAGAGAAAGAGAUGUUUCUUUCUUGGUCAACUGAGCCUCAAAUUUAUAUACCUAAGUGGUCAGUCAAUGACAACAGGAGUCAUUCAGUUGAACACAGAUUUAUUAACCACCAGCUGUAUGCUGCACACUGUGGUUAAGUGCUGAGAGUCAAAAGAAGUAAAAGAUAUGUUCUUUUGCUCAAGGAGCUUACAGCCUGGCAGAAGAGACAUAUAUAAACAUCUUUAAUUGGCUGCAUUCAGUACUAAGUUAGAGAUACAUGAGGCAUCUAUAAUAUCACAGAAAAAAGCCAGUUAGUCUGACAGGGCAUGACAGUGGGCUGGAGGUCAGAGAAAGUAUCCUAAAAUUGCUGUCUGAGAGGACUAUUAGCCAGGGAAGUGUGUGAUACAUAAAAAAAGUAAAGGAAAUAGCAACAGAAAAGUACAAACAGUGAAACAGCAUGAUACAUUUAAGAAACUAAAAGCCAUACAAUAUUACUAGAAUCAAACUUAAAGGCAGGGACUGAUAAGAAAUGAGACUAGAUACAUAAUAUUGACAAUAACUGGCAAUUAUUGAGCAACUACAUGUCAGGCUGUGUGCUAAGUUCCUUAAAUGGAUAGCUCAUUUAAUUCUCAUAAUAUAGAUGUGGAAAAUGAAACAAAAAUUGUGAUAUGUUACCCAAAGUUACAUAAGCUGAGAUUCAAACUAGGCAUUUUUAUUCCAAAGCCUACUCUCUAAACCACAGUAAAUUUUAAGUAUUAUGUUAAAGAACUGAGAAUGUACCUGUUAGCAGAACUGAGUCACAAAAAGGAAGUGACUGGUCAGAUCUAUGCUAAUAAGGAUACUUUAAAGAGAUUCAACAGGAUAUUAUUGCAAUAUAUCAGGCAAGUGAUAAAAAAAAAGUUUGAAGUAGGCAUGGAAAUGAAGGAAAGAUUUAAGAAAUGUUAGGGGGUAGAAUUAGCACAACUUGUUUACUUGAAUUCUUGGGACAAAGGAAAGGGAGAAAUCUGAGAUGUCACCAUGUUUUCUCACUUGGAUGAUUGGCUGAUAUUACCAUAUAAAUAUACACGAGGAGGAACACUAAAAGUGUUCAUUUGUUUGAGGCAAGCUCUCAUUGUAUAGUUUGGGCUGGCCUUGUACUGUGUAAUCCAGGUUGGCCUGCAACUCAGUGGGGAUCCUUUUGCCUCAGCCUCCUUAGUGCUAGGGUUACAGACAUGCACCACUGUGCCCAACAGUCAGUUUUUAUAUUGUGUGUUUAGGUACCAAUGGAACACCCAAGUGAAUCCAUUCUAAAAGUAACAUGAGCCAGGUGUGGUGGAAUGCACCUGUAAUCCUAGCACUCAAGAGGCUAAGACAGGAAGAUCACCAAGAGUUCAAGUCCAGUCUGGGCUACAUAGUGAGACCUUGUCUUAAAACAAACAAGAGAUGUAACACAAGAAAUUCAGGGGAAAUAUCAUCUUAACUACAGUUUUGACAAUUAAGAACUUUUAGAAGGUGGCUAAAAUAAUGAGGGUGAGUGAGAUUACUCAUGGAAUGUGUAAUCAUAAGGCCAAUCAAAGUAUCUUGUAGAAUUUCAGUGUGUAAGAAACUAGCAAAAUGAGCUCACAAAGGAUACUGAAAAAAAAAAAAAAAACGUAUUCACAAAAAUAAAUAGUACAGCACAGUAAUUCUCAUCAUGGACUCUGGGCCCAAUCUGUGUGAGUUUACAUUCUGGAGGCUCUGCCAUUUACUUGAUAAACAAUAAGUAUUAGCUAAUAUUUAUAGGAAGAAACCCAGGGUAGAAUGGUGUGACCAAUAAGAUAAAAGUUUAAAAGGCAGAGAAAAUGCAGAGACGUGCCAGAUGCUGGCACAUUUUUUAUUUCAAAAAGAAAUCAACCAAGGACUUAUGAAACAGAAAUUAGAUUUGGUGACGUGGAGGCUACUGGUUACCUUGAUGAGAGGGAAUUUCAACAGAGUGGCACAGAGAGGCAAGGCAAUAGUACUUCAAAUGAUAAAUGCAACAUAAGGAAAUUGGCAACAACAGGGCAGGCUCUUUCAAGAAGCUUGCUGUUUAGGAAAAAAAAUCUCAAGUAACAAAAACAGCAGUGUACAACAAUGAACAUUUUAGCUUCAUUUGUCAUAACAAAACAAUGGAACUAUAUUUAACUGUCCAGAAGUGAAGGGAUAAGAGAUCAAUAGGGAACUGGAGAAAGUAGUAAAUGUUGGACCAGUAAUUGAGGAAAAUGGGAGAGAAGUUGACCAGAUAUAAAUGAAAGGAUUGUGAAGAAGCCUGGAAAAUGCAUCUAAAGUUGGAAACUAUGGAUCUGUGAUACUAACUCCUCCAAUGCUAUGCUUUUCUUCAAUAAUGACAGAACAAAGAAGGCAAAUUGUGGGGAAGGCACAAAAGAAUUGGUAGUAGCAAUAGUAGUAGUAGUAGUAGUUGGGCUUGGGAUAUAUCUCAGCGGCAUAAGUGUCUGCCUGGCAAGUGUAUGGUCCUGAGUUCAAUUUCUGGUACCAUAAAGAAUUAAUAGUACCAGCAGUGGAACUCAAGAAAAUAACAUAGUUAGGGCAGCACAACAGAAAGGGCACACUUGAAAUCAGACAGACUUUAAUUACAGCUCUGAGCAGAUAUAGUUAAAUAACUUUAGGCAAAUUCCUUGAACUCUAAAUCUCUGUUUUCCCAUCUGUACAGUAAGUAUAACAACACCUAGCCCACUGGAAAAUGGCACAUGGCCAUGCUCCCAUAGCUCUCGUUCCCCUUCUUUUGCAUUCACUCUUUAUUGGGGCCCCCAUAUGGACUGUUCCUUUCUGGGAACACUGAAAUAAAGGCCAAUUUAUCUCAUUUUAGGAACAUGUGGUUUAGCAGGAGUAACACAAAUACAAAGAAAUAAGUGACAAUACAAAAUAAAUAGAUAAAUUCCCAUUCAGAUUGCUAAGUACAACAGUAGUAGUGUAUGCCAUGACUAACAGUACUUGAUUAAGGGAAAGCUUCCCUGGAAAGCUAUGCCUCAAGUUUUAAUUAUUUAUGUUGAAAGAAAGUAGCAGAAAAUGGGAUAAUGUCAUUUUAAGGGGUAAUGGCAUUUUUUUUAUUUUUUGCUUUUAUUUUCCUAGACAAUAUUCCAAGAUGUAGGAAGUUCAAGUGAAGGUGUUUAUUUUAAGGCGAAUGACUUACACAGGUUUGCUAACUGAAGAAAGGAUGUAAUUAAAGCCAGAAGGUUUCAGAGGAGAUAAAAUCCAGCACUCAGAUCAAAAGGUUUACUUCUAGACAGAAUAUUUUUAAAAAAACUUUUCUCUAAAAUGAAGAGAAAAGUAGUAAUGAUAAAAAAUCAACACAGGUCAUUUACAUCCAAAAGAAGGAAAGAAGUCAGUUUCCAGAAAUUAUAUUCUACAUUCAUGUAAUUUUUCUCAAUUUUUAUAAACCAAGAAUAAUUUCUUAGUACAUUCACAAUAAAUGAAUGCACCCUAUUUGGGAAACUAAUUUCUAUAAUAGAUGGCACUGUCAACUGUUCAUAAAAUGGAAGCAACAGAAAUAAAGAGCUUCCAACCCCUAAUUUCAACACAGAAAACGGGGUUGCUGAUUGCUUCUGCAAGUGACUGUGACAGGGAGCACCAACUUUCAACUUCAGUCUCAACUGGUUAAUAGAUGAGGCACUAGUGCCCAUUCCAAUAUUUUGUUCCAACACACGUAGACACACACAAACACACAGAAGCAAAUUCCGACUUGAAUUUUACCUCCUUCUAAACAGGGAAAUUGGAAACCCACAAGGCACCUGCAGUUUACCAAACUGUUAUUGGGUAGUUCCUUCCAGAAAUAAUUUGCCAAACAUUACUGGGUUUGGGGUGCUCACCUCUAGGUUUCCAGGUUUUCUAUCCUCAAAAAGAAUUGAACAAGACAAGCAAAAAUAGUGAUAAAGUUUUUGUGAAAAGUAUUAGGAUUAAGGGUAAGGGAGAAACUUGUUCUGCAGAGUGAAGUUGGGAGCAAAAGAGGAAAAGUAAAAGUAUACUCUGAAGGACACAGGGUGGGCUACAUAAGGAAUGGGCAUGGUAGCAAGCUCUCCGUGGCAUCUGUGACCUUAUAUUGCAUCCACACCUCACAAGAACUCUCGAGAACUUUUACAUAGGAGGUUUGGAAAAGUGUGCUAUGUAGAUUUUAGGAUUGCUCCACACCUGUCCUCCCAGCCAGUCUAAGCCAUGUCCUAUCUUUAUCUAGUUUCCCACUGAAAUAUAAAUCCCAUCAUUCUUUAUGGGCUGCUGAAGGAUUGAUGGUCUCUGUCUUUUAUAGCUUCUUUCAGCUGCAACGAGCUGGCGACCCUACCUAGUGGAGAUUAUGUUCUCUCCAACUACCUUGGGGUGCUGUGGCUCUCUGGCUGGAUUUGAAGAAAUAAAAACUUGUCAGAAAACAAUCAAAAAAGAGUUAGUGACCAUUGAGGUACCUAUUUGACAGAAUAAAAAAGGUUUACUGUUAGCCCAAAUAUGAAGAGCAGGUCAUAUUACACACUACCUGUAGAGAAGAAUGUUUAUUAGAAAAGCAUGUAAGAUAAAUUACCAAGAGUCUGAGAGCCAUGGCCUUAGCAAGAUCCUAUUUACUUACCUGAGGGAGCACUGGAGUCUUGCUUUUUGAAGAGAAAUUUCAAGUCUUCCAGAGAAUUACAAGAGUAACUUUCUCUUCUUGAAUGAUCUUGUUCUUUAGAUAGUUCACGUGGCACUGGCUUUAUUCUAGAAAGAUAAAUCCAAUUACCUAUCUCUGCUACCUUUACUGCAGUGGGUGUGACAAGGAUCACUGAAAAGGAACCCAUCCAUUUUGGCUUUAAUGGGUCAGUGGGUGUCCCCUCUAUCCAAUUUUUAUGAACACUUGGUCUCCAGGGUAGAGGAGCCUAGAUGAUCCCCCUGGGCCAAGGGCUGACAGGACUCUGUUCCUAUACAUUUGGAUAGCCUGUUGUACUUUGCCCAGGCCUAUGAGAUAUUAUGAGAGUCCUGUGGUCUCUGGGUCUAUUAUCAUAUCAAAGGAUGGAAAUGGCCUCCCAUAUAGCAUUUCAAAUGGGAUCAAACUUAGCCCAGUUUUGGGUAUGUUAUGAACCCUCAUGCAUACUAUUGGUAGCAAUUAGAGCCAGGACUCACAGACAUCUCCUGGCAAAGUUUUGGCAGAAUUUGCUUUAGGAUCUAAUUGGCUUUUUUUUAACCUUUCCAGAAGAUUGAGGAGCAUUUCCCAAGUAGGAUUUUUAUAGCUUGUCUCUAUGUCCAUUGAGGAAGGACUAGGAUGGUUCCUCAAGAACUGGGGAUAAGACUAAUGCUUUGAGGGUCUACGAAGCUGACCUCAUUUUCCCAAGGAGGCUUUAGACAGGUUUCUUUGGUGCCCUUUACAGUCCGUGAUGGAGAUCCACUUAGGAGGUGAGGAAGAAAACACAUCCUCAGAGGAAAAAACAGAAAAACAAAGAUACAGGAAAGCAAGGAGACUCUGCCACUUUUAAAGGAAAUUAGCAGAUCUUACUGACAAAAAUAAUAAAACAAAACAAACGAAGUAACAUUUAUUGAGCCCUUCCUAUAUGCCAAGUACUUUACUAUGUAUUUUUGCAGCCAUUAUUUCAUUUAACCCUCAUAAAUAACCCACAGGGUUGUUUAUCUACAUCCACAAAAUAAACUGUUUCAAAGAAGUUAAUUGUUUGACCAGGGUCCCACAGCUACUUCGUAAGCAGCAGAAGGAAAUAAGGGAAGAUCAACAAAGACCCUUGGGCUUGAGGAGAGAUCCCUGUUACUCCUAUUUUGAAAUAAGGGGAUUAUUUUCCUUUGAGACUCAUUUUGUCUAUGUGCAUCCUUUUUUUUUUCCUGAAGUGACUUUAGAUGGAAAGGUUAAUCAUUCUAAAAAAGAAAGUACCAUUCUUUGGUCACUUUGACUAUUCCCUUCCUUGAUUCCAUGUUUUUUCUUUCCACUCCACCAAGCUAACCUUCCAGACUACUUACUUCUUCAACUAAUUAACAUAAAUCCUCUAUUCUUUCUAAAUACUCUGGUUUCUCUUCAGAUCAUACAAAUCUUUCAUCUUUUCUAAUCAUUUGUUAGCAUUUAUUUAAUAAAAGGUUCAACUAAUGCACUAUGUGUUAGCAUUCUGUCGGGCACUUAAAAAGCAAAGUUGGAGACUCAAUCUCUAUUCUUGAAAGAUUCAUAAUAUGAGGGGGGAAGGGAGCAGAUAUGAUCAAUUGGCUUAAAUUUUAUUACAGAGGACAGCAGCUGACUCAUGUUCAUAGACUUGUACUAGGGUAGUUAUAGAGAGAUGGGGAGAUAUUUAAGAAAAAGAAUGUAAAAUUAUGAAGUAAAUUAAGUACAAGUGAAUAUAUAUUUAUUUUAAAGAGAAAAACAAAGAUACAGAAUUUCAAAAACAAGAUAAUGGGAGAUUAACAAUGGUUAAUAUAUUGUGUAUUAUUAUCUUCGAAGUAGUUGAUCAGAUUAUGAGAUAUAGGCAUGCUGUUAUAGUCUGGGGUUGUGAGAACAAUUAGAAUCAGGACACAGCAUUUACAUUAUUUCUUUAUGAUGGUCACCCAGAGUUAAACACAAGAAAGUGCAGGAAAUCUGCACUGAAGACCCAGAAUAUUCAGUCAGGGGCCUGGAUCCCACAGCAGUGUCCUGCAGGAGUCCAGACGAAAACCUAGAGCCCAUGACAGUGCCUUGCAUGAGUCUAAUUGAAGGUCUAGCACCCACAAGAAGGAUUCAUGCCAGUUUGUUUCAUGGAUCUGCACUGGGAAGGCCUAAAAGUCAGCAGUAGAAACUAGAAGGUCUAUGUGAAGGAGCUAUGCUGAUAGGUUGAGGGUUCUACACUGGAGCUGAGAAGUCAUGUUCAAAAUAAGGACCAGGACUGCUCUGAAAAGUACCACAGCCAUCCUCAGUGACACACACAGAGGUCCCAAGCUCCUCUAACAAUAAGAAAAGUCAAAUACAUGCCAGAAAGCGAGUAUGACAAGUUUCUCCUGGAGAUUAAACAGCACACAUUGAUGUAACAACCAGAGCUUCCCCCAAAGUGAACCACAGCCACUCUCACCAACAAGAUUAUGAGUUCCUCUGAUGAUAUAGUCAAACUCAUCACAACGAUCCUCCUGCCUUAGCCUCCCGAGUGCUGGGAUUACAGGCAUGAAUCACCACGUCUGGCCCAUUAUCUUUUAAUGUGGUAUGGCAAGACUAAAAUAUAAGGAUCUCCUGUAAUUCAAAUAUACUCUUAUCUUCAGGUGAAAGAUUCAGUUCAUUUUUCCAUUAUCCUCUUCUGAACAACUAUGUUGUUCUCUGUUUCAUCUUUGCAACCUGCAGUUCCACUGGAGCCUUUUUUCUGGCCAAAUGUUUUAAAUUAUUCUGCUGGCUCUUUGCUCUAAAUUUACAACAUAGAUCUGGUCAAAAGUUCUUCAGAUAACUGUGCUACCAUCCCAACUGUAGACUACACUGAAAAUUUCCUGCCACCAGGUAGUCUCUCUAAACAUAAACAAAAUGCAGAACAACUUUCUACCAAAGCACGAUAUACUACCUGGACUCCAGCAGCUGAUGCAGUUCUUCUCUACAGAAGGCUCCCGAACUUCAUCUUAACCAGCAGCAUUCCCAUCAGUCUCUGAUUUUCCAGGCUCUAACCAGAGUCCCCAAUAUGGUCUACAGCAUAGAGAGGCUGUCUCUUGAGCAUCUCUCAAAAACUUUCCAAAUUAAUUUCCAAGACUCUUAAGCCACAUGACCAGGGAACAACACAGCAAUGACCCCACUCUCCUGAUACCAACUUCUGUUGUAGUCAGGGGUUGUGAGGAGAAAAAUUAGAAUCAGGACACAGUGUUUAUAAUAUUAUUUUAUGAUGGUCACCCAGAGUUAAACACAAAGUGCAGGAAAUCUGUACAACACUAAAGACCCAGAAUAUUCAACCAAGGGCCUGGAUCCCACAACAAUGUCCUGCAUGAGUCCAGAUGAAGACCUAGAGCCCAUGACAGUGUCUCCCAUGAGUCCAACUGGGGGUCUAAAAUCCACAAAAGGGACUCAUGCUGGUCUGUUUUGUGGAUCUGUGCUGGGAAGGCCCAAAGGUCAGUGGUGGAAGCUAGAAAGUCUAUGCCAGUGGGGUGAAGGAGCUGUGCUGGUGGGAUGAGGGUUCUACACUAGAGCUGAGAAGUCAUGUUCAAAAUAAGAACUGCGGCUGCCCAGAAAAGUACUAAAGUCAUCCUCAGUGACACAGAGGUCCUGAGCUCCUCUGACAAUAAGCACAGUUGAGUACAUGCCAGAAACCCAGUAUGACAAGCUUUUCCUGGAGAUUACACAGAACACAUCUUCCCUUCUGGAGCCAGGAAGCGAUGCUCGAUGUAAGCACCAGAGCUUCCCUAAAGUGAACCAGAGUCACUCUCACCAAGGUCCCGAGCUCCUCUGAUGACAAUGGUCAGACUCAUAUUGGGGAAGCUAAUCAUGACGAGCUCCUCGAGAAGAACCAGCUCCAAGAACAGCUCCAAGCAGCACCAUUUAGGAGAACCCACAAGGCCUAGCUCUUCUCCAUGUCUCUAUUUAUUCUGGCAACUUUCCUCAGGUGGGCCAUCUACACUCAGCACCAUGCUGAUUUAAUUCAGAUGUUUUUAAGUUGACCACCAGUUUUUAUUCCAUACAUAUGCAUAAUUGAUCAAACAAUAUAAACACAAACCAUUUUUUCAAUGAACUAAGAGAAAUCAGUAGUAUAAUUAUCUUAGCUAUCUUUUGUGUAUGUAUAUAUAUUUUUUCCUUUUCUCUUUCUUCUUUUAUCCUUUCACCCAAUCCAGUCUUUUUUAAAUUUUAUAGAUAAAACCAAGGAUAAUAAAACAAAAUAAAACCAAACAAACCAGUGUAAGUGAUACAGGGCUUCAUAACAUUACAAAAUCAAACAAUAGUUACCAUAAUGCCUUUUUUUGUCUUCAAAAUAGCAGAAGAUACUUUUGAACAUAGUAAAAAUCAAACUGAACUGAACGGAACAGAAUAGAAACAAUAAAAACAAAACAAUAAAUGCAAUAAAGAACUUCAAAACAAGCCAAUAGUAAGUCCAAAAUUGCUACCACAAUAUUUCUUGCUAUCUUUGAAACAGCUGCUCCUGCCAUCAGAUUUUAAAACAAUCAAACAAAACAAAAGAGAAUAAAACUCAACCCAAUGAAACAAUGAAAAUGAUAUAGGACUUCUAAAACAAGACCAUAGGGAAUCAACAAUGGCUGCAACCCUCAGAAAGAGAUCCUCCCUAGAUGCCACAUUGUAUACCACUAUUCUCUGAACCAGUGAUCAGACCACUGGCCCUAGACUUGGAAGGUCAGUGAAACACCUAAGCACUACAGGCAUCCAAUUGCAUUUUACUUCUAUAGCUAUCGUCACCGUCUGUGUUUCUUCAGAUAAGCAUGUUGCUUAUGGGGCUAGGGGCAGGGAUUGGUGCUUCUUGUUUACCAGCCCAUGCACCAGAAGGGGCUGGAGUCUGGCUGUCCCAGUCUGCCAGUGGCCCAUGCAUGGUGCUGAUUCCCAGAUGGGGCUUGUUCCUGGUGUGACCUUGUUCUUUCUCUACACAGUCCGAGAAUGUCACUGACUAACGAGGAAAAACUGGGGUGUAGUGGCCCACACGUGGUGCUAAUUCCCAGAGGCAGCUUGCUUGCUAGUGUGGCCUUAUUCUUUCUCCCUAAAGUCUGUGAAUGGUGAAGAUUCAUGGGGAAAUGCUUGGGUCUGGCUUUUCCCAGUCUGGCGGUGGGGCUUGCUUCAACCCAUCCCAGUUCUUCACUUACAAGCUGUUUCUUUCUCUUUCACAUUAGCUGUUGUAGAUUUUGGGUUUUAUUUACUUUUUCAACUUCUUACACAAGAGAGACAAUAUGGUGUUUACACAUGUGGGUCUGGUUUAUUUCACUUAUGAGUAUGGACUCUAGUUGCAUCCAUUUAUGUGUAAAAGCUUUGACCUUAUCCUUCUUUAUAACUAACUAGUACUCCAUUACAUAAUAAUACUACGUCUUUUUAAUCCUUUGCUCAGUUGAUAGGCAUUAGUGUUGUUUCCAAGAUUUUUUUCUUUUUUUUAUUUAAGGAGAAAAAAAACAGAAAAAGGGUACAAUUAAUACACAAUUUAAAAAGUAAACAGUAAGAAAUCACUAGUUAAUAGAUUACAUAUUCUCAUCUUAGAAAUAGUUGUUCAAGUUACAAAAUUGAAGCAUAUAAAUUGGACUUUCAAACAGUGAGAGUGCAAACAGUUUUGUUCAAUGAUCAAAAAAACUCAGUAGUAUGGUUAUCUAUCUUAUACAUUUAAACAUAUAUGCAGUUAUAACCUUUAGAACAUUUUCUUUUCUUUUCUUUUGUACAAUGACAAUUUCACAUUUUGGAUUUUAUUACUCCCACAGUUCUUAUUACUUUUUCUGAAGAGAGUAAAACCAAAUGCAACAUAUCAGAACGGAGUCAGUCAAAUCAAAAGGAUGGACAUAAUAGAUAAUGUAAACACAAAGUAUAAGGUGAUCAACAGUGGUUCCCAUACUGCCUCUUGCUAUUUUAAGAAGAAUUGGCAGUUAUAAUAAAAUUGAACUAAACAGUAAAGAAUAAAACCAAAGCAUUGGAGACAUUACAGGACUUUAAAAGAAGAUAAUAGUCAACCAGAAUGGGCGUCAUAAUGAAUCUUAUUGUCUUCACAGUUUUGCCUAUACUUUCAAACUUGGUACUAUCAAAGGAAAGCAGAAUAGGGGAAAAUCAGUCAAAACAAGAUGGUUAGGGCAAUACAGGAUUUCAAAUCAAGUUAAUAAGAAAUCAAAGUAGGUUACUAUAAUGUAUCCUGCUAUUUUUAUUUAUUUUCCCUUAAUUAAAAAAUAAAAAGAAAAAAAGUAAAGAAUUCAAAAAAAGGGGAUUGAGAUAAAAGAGGGCUUAACAACAGAACAGCACUGGUCAAAACAUAACCAUUUGAGCAAAAUAGUGUUUUACCACAAGAUAUCCUGACAUAAAAGUAGUUACCAUAGUGUCUCUUUCCUUGAAAUAUUUGAGUAUAAUUUCAUAUACUGUAGCACCAAACAUAUCAAGACAAUGUAAAACCAUUCAAGAGAAUGACAGUAUUACAGGGUAUUUAGAACCAACUAUCAGAAAAUGAACAAUGGUGUCUGUAUAAUCUCCUUGUCUAUAAAAGUUUUUGCUUAUAUUAUCAUAUAUAAUAAAAUCCAAUAAGAUACAAUAUGUUAAGACCGAUGGAGACAGAAGAAUACAAGUUUGAUGGGACUUCAAGACAAGAUGAUACUAAAUCAGCACUAGCUAUUAUGAUGUCUUGUUUUCUCCAAAAUAGCUGUUCCUACCAUCCAAUCUUCUCUGCCUCAUUUCUGUUGAGCUCUUUUUCUGUCAUUUGUUGUCAGUUUGUCUUCUUCAUUUCACUUUCUGCUCCAUUCAUUGUGGCCUCUCUGCCACCAUUUCUGAAAUGUUGGUAUUUUCCUUUUUUAGAAUGUCCUGCAGUAUUCUCUGUAAAGUUGAAUUGAUGGUUGCAAAUUCCCCUAGUUCCUCUUUAUCCUGGAAGCACCUUGUUUUUCCAUCAAUUUCUAGGGACAGUUGUGCAGGAUAUAUCAAUCUUGGCUGGAGGUUAUUAUCUUUCAAAGCUUGAAUUAUUUCCCCCCUACUCUUUCUGAUUUGAUGGUUUGUGCAGAGAAGUCUGCUGUAAUUCUGAUGGGUGUUCCCUUGUAAGUGAUCUGUUUCUUGUCUCUGAUGGCUUUUAAUAUUCUGUUCUUAUAUUGGAUUUCUGAAAUUUUGAUUAUUAUAUGCCUGGGUGUAGUUCUGUUUGGGUUGUAGGUGGCUGGGGUCCUAUAUGCCUCGUACAUCUGAGUAUCUUUACCAUUUGCUAAAUUAGGGAAAUUCUCUUGGAUUAUUUCUGUGAAUAGCUUUGUAGUCCAUUUGUUUGUGUCCCUACUUCUUCUUUUACGUUCUUAAUUCUUAAGUUAUAGAUCCUCUUAUCGUCUUCUAGCCUUUGUAUUGUUGCUGUUUGGUUUUUUUUUUUGUUGUUGUUAUUUUUAAGAAGUUUUUCAUUUCAUGCUCCCACAUUACAAAUCUGCCCUCCAGUUCAGAUAAUCUAUCCUUAGUUUCUUUCAAGCUGUUAUGCCAGUUUUCGAUAGAGUUUUUAGUUUCCUGGUAAUCUCUUUGAACCUGCUUUGGGUAUUCUAUGUUUUCUCUAUUUUCUCCAUCAAACAAUUCUCCCCUUUUUUCUGUUCUUCCAUUUCACCAUCUGUUUUUUCUUGGGCAGUGUUUAGCAUUUCUCUAACUAUUCUACUUAUAUCUUGCUUCAGGUCAUUAAUAACUUCAUUCCUGAACUUGUCUAUGAGGCUCUGGAGAUAGCGCUUUAUGUCUAUUGUUGUUGUGUCUGAUAUUGCAUGUUUCUCAGAAUUAGGGGCUGAGGACCCUUUCUUGUUGCUCCCUCUUCCCAUAUUUUUUGUUCCUCUUCUACAAGCAAAUAUAGGAGGCCCAGUUUCUUUCUUUGUUGGUUACAGUUUGUUUGAAUUGCGCCAGCUAGGUGUUCCCACCCACUGCAGUGUACUAGGCAGACACAGACCUAUGCUGGACCCGCCCCUCCAGGUCAACCUACUGAAGGCUUCACCACUAGGGUGAACCUCCAGGCACUGGGACCUGGUUUGGGCUAGCCUACUGGGUCUUAGUCAGCGGCAUCACGCAAGCCAGGCACUCCCCACCAAUCCCACUUGAGAGGGGAAUAUGUGACUGAAGUCACUGCAACAACUUGUUCUGGCUAGUCUGCCCAGUCCCAGUAUGUCCUUUGCUGAAGCCUCCUACUCUAUGGAACAGUCCCCGAUCCACUCACUCACCGCAGUUCGAUGUGGGCCUCCUGGCCAGUCCUGCUCUCAAUUCCAUUCACCGCUUCCCACUCUCAGAGCUUUCGCACCUCUCUCCUUGCCGUGCUGAUUGGGACAGAGCAGCAGCUGCAGGAAAUUCAAACCGCAGCUUCCAGUGGCUCAGGGUCCAGCUUCCACGCUGAGACCUUAUCUGUUCCUGUUAUAUCACCAGGAUUGAGUUUCUAGUUGGUUUCUCUUAGUUUAGUUCGUUCUGGGUCGGUAAAGUAUAUCUCCCCUUGCUUAGGAUUUCUUGCCUGGCACCAUUCCUGGAUUUUAAGUGCAGUUUCUCAGAGACCCUCCGAAGCUGCUGCUAUCUAUCCACCAUGUUCUCCUGGAAGUCCGUUGUUUCCAGGAUUUAACUAUUACAAAUUGUGCUGCUAUAAACAUGGGUGCAUAUAUAUCACUGUGGUAUGAUGUUUUUAAUUCAUCUGGGAAAAUACUCAGAAGAGAAAUAGUUGAGUUAUAUGGGAUCACUUAUCCUAGUUUUGUGAGAAAUCUCCACACUCAUUUCUACAAUGGUUUUACCAGUCUACACUCCCACCAACAGUAGAGAAAGGUUCCUUUUUCCCCAAAACCCUACCAACAUUUGUUAUUGAUUGAUUUUUUUAUGAUAGCCAUUCUUUCUCGCAUGAGAUGGAAUCUUUGUUGUUUUAAUUUGCAUUUCUUGAAUGACCAAUGAUGUUGAACAUGUAUUCAUGUAUUUAUUUGUCAUUUGAUUUCUUCAUCUGAGAAGUAUGUAUUCAUCUCAGAUGCCCAGUUUUGGAUUAGGUCUUUGAAUUGGACAGGGGGUUUUUAAUUUUUUUCAGUGCUUUGUAUGUUCUCGAUAGUAGUCCUUUGUCUGAGGGACAGUUGGUUAAAUUUUUUUCCCACUCUGUGGGUUUUCUUUUCACAAGUGAAUAUUUAGAAUGAGAAAAGAAACUGCAAUAAUUUAUGAAUUUUAAAAGCCUAAAAGAUGCUACAAACAUAAUAAAGUCCAAAACAAUUCUGACUUAUGUUUCAUUAUUUGCAUGAAACAUCUGUAGUGCUGCUUCGUGAUUUCUGGCUGCAUAUGCUUUAAUCACCUCUACACUUGACAAUGAAUUUGCAAUAUUUCUACAUAAAGAAUAAGAAGACAAUUCAGUGCAUCCCUGUUUAACUAGCUUUCUGUUGCCAUAAUACAAUACUAUAGACUUCAUCAUCUAUAAACAUUUAUUUGGCUCAUAGUUAUGGAGGCUGAGACAUCCAGAGCACGGAAACAGCCUCUGGUAAGGGUUAUUGUACUAGAUAACAUGGCAGAAAUUUCAGUGAACACAAACAAGACUGAGAGAAAAUUAUCAUGCCUAAUUCAUCCUUUCCAUCAGGAAAACACACCUAUGAUGUUCAUGUCUUAAUGGUCCAUAAUUAAUACUGUUACAAAAGCAAUUAAAUUUCAACAUGACUUCUUUUCAGCUUUUACUUUUUUAUUAGUGUAUAUUUGAAGUAUGUAAUGAUUACAUAUGUUGUGAAAAGUUGGUAAAUGUACAUAACAUUUCUCAGUUCAUUUACUUAUCCCUUUCCCCUCCCCAGCAUUUGUGCUCCCUCCAUUUCUUUGUUCCCUUCCCUUUAGGAAAAAAAAUCUACUGAUUCUUAUUUAUUUGUCUUUUAUUUUGCUCUUUAUUUAUAGUUUAGGUUCCUCAUAUAAUGUGAUAUUUAAACUUGUGUGUCUAAUUUAUUUCACUUAGCAUUAUGGUCUCAAGGUGCAUUCAUUUUCCUAUGAAUGACUCAACUUUAUCCUUCUUUAUUAUGGAGUAGUGCUCCAUUGUGUAUAAAUACUAUAUUUUCUUUAUUCAUUCACUUGAUUUUUUCAUUUGUUUUUUGUUUUGGGGGAUGUUAGGAGUCAAACUCAGGACCUCAUGCUUGUGAGCCACUGAGCUGUAUCCUUGACUCCAUUCACUUGUUGAUGGAUAUAUAGGCCACAAUCUAGCCUAUUCUGAAGUGUGCUGAUAUAAUUAUGAUAAUGUAUGUAUCAUAAUACAAGGUUUUUAACUCAGGGAGAUACCUAGAAGGGGAAUACUUACAACAAUGAAAUUUCUAGGUUUAGUCUAAGGAUGCUUCAUAUUAAUUGCCAAAGUGGUUUUACUAGUUUCCAUUCCCACCAAUAGAGUUAAAGGGUACCUUUUCCCCCUCACAGCCUGUAUAGCAUUUGUUAUUGACUCAUUUCUUGCUAACAGCCAUUUUUCCUGGAGUGAGAUGGAAUCUCAGUGUUGUUUCCAUUUGCAUCUCUUAAAUGGCUAGAAAUGUUGAACAAUUUUUAUGUAUGUAUUGAUCAUUUGUCUUGACCAUUGACCAAAUGUAUUGACCAUUAUUCUUCAUCUGAGAAGUGUCUAUUCAUUUCAGAUGCUCAUUUUUUAUUGGGUCUUUAAAGCUGGGAGGGAUAUGAUUUUUUGAGUCCUUAGAUAUUCUAGAUGUUAGUACUUUGUCUAAGGAGUAACUGGCAAAACCUUUUUUACCAUUCUCUAGGUUGUGUCUUCACUCUCUUGAUGGUUUCUUUUGAAGAGCAGGAAUUUUUUUUUGAGCAGGAAUUUUUUAGUUUGUUGUGAUCCAUUUUGUUGAUUCUUGGUAUUAUUUCUUAUACAACCAGGGUUCUGUUCACAAAGUCUUUACCUAUACCUAUAUCUUCAAGAGUUUUGCCUAUUUUUUAUUCUGGUAGAUUAUUCCAGCUUUAAUGUUUAAAUAUUUGAUCAGUUUUGAUUUUAUUAGUGAGAGAGAUGGGUCUAGGUUAAAUCUUUGGCUUGUAGAUAGCCAAUUAUCCCAGUGCCAUUUGUUAAAAAGACUAUCUUUCCUCCUAUGUAAGUUUUUGACCCUUUUUCAAAGAUCGGGUAGCUCAAUGUAUCUGGAGUUGUUUCUGUGUCUUCUAUCCUGUUCCACUGAUCCAUAAGUCUAGGACUUUUUUUUAAACCAAUACAUAUCCUGUUUUUACUACUGUAGCUUUGUAGUAUAACUUGAAGUCCAGAAUUGUGACAUCUCCUGUCUUAGUUUCUCUUAUCUUGUUGCUGAAACAAAAUCCCCAACACCUAAGGUUAAAGGAAGAAAGGUUUAUUUACCUCACAGUUUGUAGAGGUUUCAGUCCAUAAUCAACUGGCUUUAAGGCAGGGUGGUAUGGCAGAGGAGCAACCUCUCUUGGCAAUGGAAGGUACCAAAAAGCACAAGACAAAACAGGGAGUGAGGGGGUGAUACAAGCCUCUUUCUGCCUUCUUUAUCUUAUCUAGACUGCUGGAAUUAGGGAGGUGCCAAUCCAAUCAGUGGGCUAAUCCAGCAAUCAUCCACCCUAAUUCCCAGCACACUUAAUCCUAACAUUGACUAUGAAUCAAUCAUAAACUCAGCUGCCUCUGAAAAAGCCCCAUCUGAUUAUGUGUGAUGCUUUGUGGGAAUGGGGGGACAUCUAGACACGAACCAUAACAUCUCCCUUGUUGUUCAGAAUUACUUUUGCUAUUCUAGGUCUCUUUUGUUCCAUAUGAAUAUUACGAUUGCCUUCUCUGGUUCUGUGAGGAAUGCUAUUGAUAUUUUGAUUGAGAUUGCAUUAAAUCUAUAUAAAAUUUUUGUAAGUAUAGCCGUUUUGAGUAUACUGAUUCUACCUAUCCAGGAACAGGGGAUAUCUUUCCAUUUUCUGAUGUGCUUUUUAAUCUCUUUUUAAGAGUACUGUAGUUUUCACUGUAGAGGUCUUUAACUUUCUUGGCUAAGUUAAUUCCUAAGUAUUUCAUUUUUGUUUAUGCUAUUGUAAAAGGUGUUGUUUCCCUAAUUUCUCUCUUGGUGAAUUUGUUAUUGGUGUACACCGAUAUUUGAGUGUUGACUUUGUAUCCUGCUAUACUACUAAAUUUGGUUACUAAUUAUAGCAGUCUUUUGUGGCGGUUUUAGGUUCUUCUACGUACAGGAUCAAAUAAUAGUAAUUUAACUUCUUCCUUUCCUAUCCACAUCCCUUUUAUUUGUUUCUCUUUGUAAUUGCUCUGGCUAAUCUUUCAAGAAGUGUAUUGAACAGGAGUGAUGAUAGCAGACACCCUUCUCUUGUUUUCUUCCUCUUCUUAUAAUGCCUCCAGUCCUAUUGGAUUAGGAUCCUAUCAUUAUGACCUCAUUUAUACUGAAGUGCUUCCCAAACACUAUAUCUAAAACAGUCACAUUGUGGGUUAGAGCUGCAACACAUGAAUUUGGGGGCUGCAGAAUUCAAUCUAUAACAGAUGAGCUGCAUAAAACAUAACUGUAUAUACAGCUGUACUCACUGUCUCAUUGCUAGGUGAUUUGGGCCCCUCAAAACAAGAAUUACAAUAAAUACUAUUUUAUAUUUCAUUAAAAAAUGAAAAAAGUAUGAUUCAUAAAUAAUUAUUCAUGCUACAUUAUUGAGUAUAUGUAAAUGUGUGUAUACAUAUGUAUGUGUAUAUAUCAUAUAUAUACAGAAUUUUUUGUAGUACUGAGAAUUAAACCCAGGACCUUUGUACUAAGAUAUAUCCCCAGCUUUAUUUAUUUAUUUGAGGUAAGGUUUCACUAAAUUACUUGUAGUUGUCCAGGUUUGGCUCAAACUCAUGAUUUUCCUGCCCCACCCUCUCAAACUUUUAGGAUUACAGAUGUGCACUAUCAUACCCAGCUGACCAUACAGUAUUUUUAAGACAAAACUUUCAUUUUAAUUAGACAUCACUCAAAGGCAAAUUCUCCACUUGUGGAAUAAUUUUACACAGACUAACACUGAACUUUGUACAUUUAAAUUGUCUCUUUUCUACUAUCCAUUGUCUAAGACCAAGUACUAUAGGGCACAUUCGUGUCAUACCAUCCCCCAACAAAGGACAUUGGGUUAUGGGAACAUAAUUGAAGCCAUUCCUAUACCAUCAGCAUUAAAUUAAUUAUUCAAAAUAAGUGACUAAAAACCACAUGUCCCACUAAACACAAACUAAAUGUAUUCUCAAUUCACCUUCCUUUUUGUCACUCCAGUGAUGCCUAACACAAAGCAGAAGUCCAGAGGAAACCCAGCUGGAACACAGCAAUCUCGAUCAAAUGUGCUUAAUUAAGUAUUUUACUUGGAUAAUUAUGUUUUAAUCUUUUUUUAAAAAAAAUAAAUAGUAGCCCCCUCCCAGGACCUUGAAUGUUGUCUGUUCAGUGAGGAGCUGUGAAGGUGUAUGAUGAGUUUCAGGGUAAAUCAGCCAUCAAAAAAGGUAAACUUAUUUUGCCUUAGGCAAUCAGGAAAAGCUUUUCAAAAGGGGUAAUCCUUAAGGCGAAUCUGUAAAAGUAUGCAAAGUAAAGGGUAUUUCAAAACUGGGAUUGCAUACACAAAGACACAGAUGAGUAAAAUAAUACAGAGAUUUGUGGAACUAUAAAUAGUUUUACUAUGUCUGUAGAACAUCAGUGGGGAUGGUGAGAGAUGAAGCAAAGAGGUGAUUCGAGGAUUAAAAGAUGUCAGACUAAGAAAACCAUGAGAACUCCUGCUUACAUUCUUCCCAGAGAUAUCUUCAGUUCAGAUACUCUUUAGGAAGAAGUUAUUUUAACUGUUCUAUUGUGAAUUAGAACAUUUAAAAAAUUAAGAAACAUGAAGGAUACCACAACUAUUAGCCAAGAAAGUCAAACUAACAAUUACAGAGUAUUCUACCCUAUAGCAAGAAUCCACAUUUGUUUCAAGUGUCCAUGGAACAUAAAGGUAAACAGUAUCAGAAAAUGGGUGAGAAGGCAACUCCAAGGUCAUGUCACUACAGAGAAAUAUAGAAAAAUAAACAUAAACAGUCAGAAACAAUUACUAAGAACUCUGGAAAACAACCAGAGGUUUACAGUAACUUAAUGAAUUCCAAGUCAAGAAAAAGUCAGGGUAGAAACGUGUAGAAACCACAGUAAAAUACCACUUUGUGCCCACUAUGAUGUCUACUGUCUUUUAAAAGAGGAAAAUAACAAGUACUGGUGCUUAUGUACAUAAAUUAGGAUUCUAUGCUUUUUAAAUGGUACAGCUGCUGUGGAAAACAGCUUGGCAGUUUCCCAAAAAGUUAAACAUAAGUCAGGCAUGGUGGUGCAUAUUUGUAACUCCAGCACUCUGGGAGAAUGACGCAGGAAGAUUGCAAGUUUGAGCUUAGCCUGGGUAAUUUAGUGACUUAUUGAGACCUUGGCUCAAAAAAUAAAUAAAUAAAAAGAUUAUGGCUGCUCAGUGCAAAGACCUUGGAUUCAAUCCAUCACACCAAAAAAGUUAAACAUAGAACUGUUUUAUGAUCCAGCAUUUCCACUCCUAGAUAUGUACUUGAAAGUGAUGUACCAAUGUUCAUUACAGUGUUACUCAAAAUAGUCAAAAGGUGAACAAUACCCAAAUGCCCAUUGACAAAUAAAUGGAUUAACAAAAUUUGUGGUAGUCAUACAAUGAAGUAUUGUUCAGCCUUAAAGUAAAUGCACUUGAUAUAUGCUACACAGAGAUGAACCUUUAAAACACUAUGCCAACUGAAAUAAGCUAGAUGCAAAAGGGCAAAUAUUGUUUGAUUCCACCUGUGUGAACUAUCUCCAAUAGGAAAAUUUAUGGAAACAAAAAAUUAUAGAUUACCAAUAGCUGAGAAAAAGAAGGAUUGGAGAUUUAGGGGUUCUUGUUUGUUUUGUUUUGUCUUUGGGUGCCAGAAAUUGAACUCAGGACCUUGCAUUUGCCAAAGAGUCACUGUGUCGCUGAGCCAUAUCCCUAGGCCCAAGAUUUAGUUCUUGAUAGGUACAGAAUUUCUGUUUGAGAUGAUGAAAACACUCUGGAAAUAGUGAGCAGUGAUAGCUUUUCAGAGUUGUGAAUGUAUUUGAUACCCCUGAACUACUGCAUAUGCUUAAAAUUGGUUACAGUGGGUUUUUUUUAAUUAAAAAGGAGUUGGGAGAUAUGUUUUAGAAAUCUCUAAUUAAAUAGAAUUUAAAGGUAGGGUGAUGAGAAAAGAAAGAAAAAAAAAGGUGAGAAACAGAACAAACCUAUGAGGUUCAGUAGCCAUAAGAAUUCCUAAAAAUGAGCCGAAUAUUGUGGCGCAUACCUGUAAUCUCAGCACUCAGGAGGCUGAGGCAGAAGACCGCCAUGAGUUCGGGGCUAGCCUGGGCUACCACAGUGAGUUCAAGGUCAGCUUGGACUACAGAAUGAAACCUUGUCUCAAAAAAACAAAAACAACAACAAAAAGAAUUCCUGAAAAAGAGAAAAAAAUAAAAAAAGAAAAUCUCAAAACCUGAGAAUACAACUUGCCACACAGAUAGGGCCUGUGAAGAAAAAAAAAUCUUAAGCUAUAUGAUCACAAGACUUUGAUACAGGUCACAUAGAAAGCUUUAGAAAUCAGAAUGACAUUGGACUUCUCACUAACAGUAUUGAAAGCUUUUUAAAUAAAGUUUAUUGAUACAUUUUAGUUAUACAUAAUGAUUACAUUCAUCAUAGAGAAUUUGUACCUAUACACAUAUCUUGUGUCUUGUUUCUGUUUCCCUAUCCUCCCUUCAACCCCCUUCCCUUCCCUAUUUAUAAAAACUUUGUUUCCAUUUUUCCUUCUUUUCUUGUUUUCCUUUUCUUUUCCAUUUGUUGCUUUCCCCCUCUUCCCUCCUUAGUUCCUCUUCCCAUUUGAACAUUCUCUCCCUAUUUCAUGACAGUAUUGAAAUAUUGAAGACACUAAAAUAGUUCCUUUAACAUUCUAAAGGAAAAAUGAUUUUGAAUUUUGAAUUAUAUAUCGAGUCCUACUACUAAUCAAUUUUAAAGAUAGAAGACAGAUAUUUUCAAGCCAGGCAUACUGGUGUACCUUUUAGGCCCAGCUGCAUAGGAGGCCGAAGCAGAAGGGCACCUUGGACACAGUAGUUCAAGGCCAUGUUGGGCAAUAUAGUAAGAUCCCCCAUCUCAAAAAAAAGGAGAAAGAAGAAGUAAAGGAGGAGGAAGAGAGACAGACAUUUUCAGACUUGCAAAGAAAGGAAAUUUGGGAGUACGUGUCCCCCAAAAUGAACAUAAUAAGCUAGGAAAGCCAAAGAUAUAGAAAACAGAGGACCCAGUGCAGAUGAGAGCAGCAGAUUUGUUAAGGUGAUUGUGAAGAGAAUACUCCCAAUACAGCACUGCAGUAGGUCCAGAAGUAGAUAGUCCAGAUCAGAAGGCUCCAGGGGGAGUCUCUAAGGCAAAGCUGGAAGUCACAGGUUGCCUCACAUGAUUAAUACCGACAGAACUAUUACAGUCCCAUCAAGGAAUAUGGUAGGAGGUACUGGUAAGUGCACAGAAAGCUAUGCAACAUUUCCAAGGUGCAUCAGUCAUUGUAGCACACAAUUGUCCAAUGAAGAAAAAGUUGUCAUAAUAUAAUACAUGGCUCACCUGUGAACAGUAUUUGUUGUUAUCAUCAUUUAAUAUAAAUUUAACCAAAUACUAUAGGAUAAUUUAAUCGGAAGAAUAAGACAAGGUGAGCUAUGCAGGAACUAGAUGUGAAAGAUUGUGGGAACACUGAAUCCUAAGCUUCCAUGAGAGGAAGUUGCUAGAGCAUAUUAAAAAUCGAAAACUAGGGACCAGGGAUAUAGCUUAGUGGUAUAGCAUCUGCCUGGCAAGAGCAAGGCAGUAAGUUUAAUUCCCACUACAAAAAAAGGAAAAAAAACUAAAAUCUUUAUUACAUUAUUCAGACAUAUUGAGGGAAAUUCUAUAAGCAGCAGCAAAAAUACUGGAAUAUGGCUUUUUCUGGAAAGUGGAAAUUGGAACCCGGAAGGGGUAAGGUAGAGAACUAGUGUGUGUCAUUUUAAGUCUUGGUUAUUCUUUCACUUUGUAAACUCUGUGCAUUUUAUUAAACUACUUCUUUGAUCAAAAAACAAGUUAAAUUAAUAAAAGUUCAGGGUCAGAUCUAAAUUUGCAUCAUAUGAUCCUGGCCUAUGUAAUGCCUGCUAGGAUUAAGUAUUAAAAGAAGAAAACAGCUCAGGGUAGGAAUAAAAAGAUGUCUAAUCUUUUUAAAUGACUGGGCAGUAUUGUGGCAUUCUCUACUUGCCCCUGUCCUAUACCUAUUCUGCCUUCCAAUGAUGUUAAAGAGAGCAGCCGGUGUUCCUAGUGUGGGACUCUGGCCUAUAGUUCCAGAGGGACUUACCAGACUACUGAAAACUUAUUCUAUAGAGAGGAUAGAGAGGGGACAUAAAAAGACUUAAGAUGUGUGCAUGUACCAACUCCCCACAAUGAAUAAUUAUUAAGUGCUGCAAACAUGUACUGAUAAACAUAAAAAUAGAUUAAAAAGUUAUCAUAUUGCUCUGGUCUAGCUUGUCAGAGCUAUGUAAAUGGCAGAUCUCAGGCACUCAUUCCUGUUAUAUCUAAACUUAAACUGUUACAAAAGACAAAGACAUUGUAUACUGAUAAAAGAACCAAUUCACUGAGAAGAUAAAAUAAUUGUAAACUCAUCCAGGCCAGAGAACUGUGAGGUACUGCUUAAAAACACUAUAAGGCAUCAAUGCCAAGACAUAUUAUAAUCAGACUAUUAAUAGCUAAAGACAAAGAAACAAUCAUGAAAGCAGCAAGAAAGAAGCAAUUCAUAACAUACAAGGGCUUAUCAACAAGAUUAACAGCUGGUUUCUCAUGAGAAACCAUGGAUGCUACAAGGCAGUGAGAUGACAUAUUCAAAGUGCUGAAAGAAAAACCUAUCAAGCAAAAAUGCUAUAUCCACAAUUAUUCUUGAAAAUUGAAUGAAGCAUUCCCAGAAAGAAAAAGAAAGUUGAGGGUAUCUGUUACCACCAGGCCUGCCCUAGAAGAAAUACUGAAAGGAGUCCUUCAAGUUGACAUGAAAACACACUAGACAGUCAUUUGAAACUGUAUGAAGAAGUAAAAAUCUCUAUCUAGCUGUGAUGGCACACACGUAAAAUGCCAGCUACUUGGGAGGCUGAGGCAGAAGGAUCACAAGCUCAAGGGCAGCUGGGCAACUUAAUAGACUCUGUCUCAAAAUAAAAAGGCUGGAGAAUGUAGCUCAAUGUGAGAAGACUUGCCUAAUAUGCACACAGCCUUGGGUUUAAUCCCUAGUACCCCCCCCAAAAAAAAAACCUCUAAAGAAAACAAUAUGGAGAAAUAUAAAAAGCAUGAUAUUUUCUUUAUUGGUACAUGUUUGCCAUACAUAAUGAUCACAUUUAUCACAGGGAAUUUGUACCUGUACGUGAUGUAUGUGAUUCUUUUUUCCCAUCCCUCUCCCUUCCCUUCCACCCUACUUCCCCUCCACGUUUACAAAAGCUUUGUUUUUAUUUUUUCUUCCAUUCUCUUUUUUAAUUCCUUUCCUUUCCUUCCCUUCCUCUUUGUCCCUCCCUUGUUCCGCUUCCUAGUUAAACAUGUUCUUCCUACUUCCCAAUAGCUAUCCUCCAUUUUGUUCCUUAUUUAUCCUUUGAGUUUCUCACACAAAAGAACCAAUGCAAUAUUUAAAUUUGUGUAUCUCACGUAUUUCACUUAAAAUUAUGGUCUUGAGGUACAUCCAUUUACCUAAAAAAUGUCUCAAGUUUAUCCUUCUUAUGGAAGAGUAGUGCUCCAUUGUAUAUAAAAACCACAUUUUCUUUAUCCAUUCAUCCAUUGAUGUGCAUACAAGCUAUUCCCAAAAUUUAGCUAUUAUAAAUUGUGCUGCUACAAACAUGGAUUUGCAUAUAACACUUAGGUAUUAUGUUUUAACUCUUUUGGGAAGAUACCUAGAAGGAGAAUAGUUAGAUCAAAAAAAAGCAAGUUUUAUUAUGUUUUUGGCUUGUGACUUCACUAUUUCUUACAAAGUUAAAAAGAAGUACAUAAAAAUAAUUUUAAAUCUGUUAUUAGCACACAAUGUAUAAAUAUGUAAUUUGUUAUAGCAACAAUAUAAAGAAGGAAAUGGAAGUGAAUAAGAACUUUAUUUUAUAUGGUAUUGUAGCUAUUCUCCAUUUUGUUCUUUAUUUACCCUUUGCUAUCAUUUCAAACUUUAAUAUAAUUAGAAUGUUAAAUUUAAUCUGCAUAGUACCUAUAAAGACAUGUUUAAAAUUGUACAAAUAGAAAUGUGUAAAGAGCCAAAAUAAUUCACGAGAAAUAAUUAACUAUUUAAAACAAUAUUAGAGAAAUAAAGAGAAAACAAAAAUGACAGAAAUCCUUCCUUAUCAACAAACAAAUUAAAUAUAAAUGAUGUCUCCAAUCAAAAGGCAAAAAAUGACAAAAUAAAUUUUUUUAAAAAGUGAUAUAACUCUAUCUUUUUUUACUGGGGUCUCACUUUAGAUCCAAAGAGUCAAUUAAGUUGAAAAUAAAAGGGUAGGAAUAAAAUAGUCCAUGCAAAUGAUAACCAAAAAGUUGGAGUGACUUACUAAUGUUAUACAAGGUAGAACUUGUGUAACACAGAGUUAUAAAAGACAAAGACAUUAUAUACUGAUAAAAUGACCAAUUCAUUGAGAAGAUAAUUAUAAACAUAUGUACCAAGUAACAGAGCCUCAAAAUAUAUAAAACAAUGGCAGAAUUGAAGAAAUAGUUCUAUAAUAAUAGUUGGAAAUAUCACUCUACUAUUUCAAAAAUAGAUAAAUCAAUUAAACAGAAGAAUAGUAAGCAAGUAAAGAGCUUGAGUAGUAUAAAUCAACUAUACCUAACAGACAUGCAUAGAAUAUUAUACUUUGAACAGCAGAUUAUACAAUAUUCUCAAGUACAUAUGGAACAUUUCCCAGGAUAGACCACAUAUUAGACCAAAACAAAUCUUGUUAGUAAAUUUUAAAAGAUUGAUGGGGCUGGGGAUUUAGCUCAGUGGUGUAGGUACCUGCCUGGCACGCGUGAGGUUGUGAGUUCAAUUCUCGGUACCAAAUAAAAUAAAAUAAAAAUAAAAUAUUGAAAGACAGGAGGUAAAGCUCAAUGAUCAAACCUUUGGCUAGCAUGCGAGGCCCUGGGUUUGAUUCCCAGCACAACAAAAAGGAGGUGAAGGGAAGAAAUAUUACAAUCAUAAAACCACAAAAACUAUUGUCUCUGGUCCAAAUGGAGUACAGCUAAAGAAAUCAGUUAUAGAAGGAAAAGUGGAAAGUUCACUAAUAUAUUGAAAUUAAACAAUUCACUCUUAACAAGUAAGUCAGAAAACAAAUCACCAAGAUCAUCAAAGAAAUUAGAAAAUACUUCAAGAUGAAUGAAAAUUGAAACAUGGUUAAACUUAUGAGAUACAGCAAAAAUCAUGCUCAAAGGAGAAUUUAUACCUGUGAAUGUCUACAUUAAAAAGAAGAACUAUAAUCAAUAGUCUCCCUUUAUAUUUUAAGAAGAAAACUAAAUCCAAACCUCACACAAGGAAAAAAGUAAUAAGUUUGAAGAUGGAGGUAAAUUAAAUAGAGACUAGAAAAACAAUAAGAGAAUCAAUGAAACUGUAAGUUAUUUCUUUGAAAAAAUUCACAAAAUGGGCACACUUUUAGGUAGACUGACAAAAAAUAAAGACACAAAUAACUAGAAUCAGAAAUUAAAGUGGGGAUAUUACUACUGCCCUUACAAAAAUGGGUUAUCAGAGCAUGCUAUUAGCAGUUAUAAAUUAACAAGUGAGACAUAGAAACAAAUUAUCUAAAUGACUCGAAAGAAACACAAAAAUUCAAGGGAACGGUAACAAGUAAACAUAUCAAUCAGCAAUCAAAUUUUUCAGCAAAGAGAAGCUCAGGACCAGAAUUCAAUGGUGAAUUCUACUAAACAUUUAGAGAAGAAUUAGUGCCAGUCCUUCUCAAGUUCUUUCAAGUAAUUUAACAAGUAUCUCAUCUAAGUGAAAAUGGAUCCUUAAUCUUAUAAUAGCUAACGCCAUAAAGAUCUUAGAAGAAAACAUGAAACAUAAAUCCUUUUGGCCUUGGAUUUGUCAAUGGAUUCUUAGAUAUGACACCAGAAGCACAAACAAUGAAAGAAAAAUUAGAUAAAUUGGACUUCAUCAAAAUCAAAACCUUUUGUGCUGCAAAAGACAUUGUCAACAAAGUGAAAAGACAAUCUAACAAAUGGAUAAAAAUAUUUUCAAAUCAUUUGAUAAGGAUUUAAAUAUCUGUAAUCUAUAAAGAACUCCUACAACUCAAAAAGAUAAGCAACUAAUUUUAAAAGUUUACUAAGGAAUUAAAUAGACAAGAAAAGAUGCUGAACAUAUUUGCUUUUAGGGAAAUAUAACUCAAAACCACAAUGAGAUACCACAUCCUAUUAGUAUAGCUAUAACCAAAAAUGUAGAAAAUAGCAAGCAUAGCAAGGAUGUGGAGAAAUUGGAACCCUUAUACACUGCUGCUUUAAAUAUAAAAUUGCACAUUCACUGUGGAAACAGUUUGGCAGUUCUUCAAAGUUUUAAAUAUUUAAUAUGAUAUGACCCAGAAAUUCCACUUCUAGCCAUAUACCUUAAAGCAGUAAAAACAGAGAGUCCAAUACUUGUUUGCCAGUGUUCAUAGAACAAUAUUCUCAUUAGCCAAAAGCUGGAAACAGCCCAAAUACCUAUCAACAGAGGAAUGGAUAAAGAAAAUGUGGUAUAGCCAUACAAUGAAAUACUAUUCAGAUAUUAAAAGGGAUGAGAUUUUUACACAAACUACAACAUAACUGAACCUUGAAAACAUUAGGUUAAGUAAAAUAAGCCCGGCACAAAAGUAUAAGUAACAUAAUUUCACUUAAAUAAACUGUCUCCAAAAGGCAAAUUCAUAGGGACAGACAGUAGCCUAAAGGUUAUCAGGAAAUGAGAGACAGGAAGGCUGGAAUUACUAUUUCAUAGGUACAGAAUUUCUGUUUAAUUUGAUGGAAAUUUUUAAACAGUUGUGACAGUUGCAGUCUUGAAAUGAAUGUCAGUGAGUUUACACUUUAAAAAGUUACAGUAACAGGUCUGGUAUAGUGGCACAUAGUUGUAAUCCCGGCACUAGGAAGGCUGAGGCAAGAGGAUCACUGUGAGAUUGAGGCCAGCCUGGACUACAGAGUGAAUUCAAGGUCAGUCUGACAUAAAAAAAAGCUAGGCAUGGUGGCACACUCCUAUAAUCCCAGCACUUAGGAGGCUGAGGCAGGAGGAUUGUUGCAAGUUCGAGACCAGCCUGGGCUACAAAGUAAGCUCAAGGAUAGCCUGAACUGCAUAGUGAAACCCUGUCUCAGACCAAAAAAAACACUUUCAGUGGCAUAUUUUAUAGUUUAUGCAUUGUAUGGCAAUAAUAUAAAAUAAUCAAAAAUAAAGAUGGGGCAUAUCAUGUAUGAUCAAACAAAGAUCAUCAAAUUUAUAAGAAAAAAAUCAAAUUGGAAUUAUAUAGGAAAUCAAUAAAAGAAAGAUGAAAUAUGUUUAAACACUUAGAAUCUAAAGAAUAUAUUUUUAGAUGUAGUUCACUGUUAGAACACUUCUUUUUUUUUUGUACCAUGGAUUGAAAGAAUAUAUUUCUAAAUAAUUUAUGUGUCAAAGAGAAAAUAUCAAGGAAAUUUUUAAAAUACAUUACACUAAAUUAAAAUGAAAACACAUCAACUUUUUUUUGGCAAUAGUGAGAUUAAAUCCAGGCCUUCACACUAUGCUACAUUCCCCAGCUCAUUUUUGUUUGUUUGGUUUUGUUUCUGUUUUUUGAGACAGGGCCUCAAUAUGUAUUUUAGGCUGGCCUUGAACUCACUAUGUAGCCUACAUUGUCCAUGAACAUGCGACAAUUCUGCCUCAGCCUCCCAAAUGCUGGGAUUACAGGUGUGUGCCUCUACACCCAGCUUUCAUUUUUAUUUUUUAUGUUUUAACUUUGUUUUGAAACAGGGUUUCACUAUGCAGUUCAGGUGGACCUUGAACUCACUUCGUAGCCCAGGCUGGCCUCAAACUCAUGGCACUCCUCCUGCCUUAGUCUCCUGAGUGCUAGGUUUACAGGAAUGUGCCACCAUGCCUGGCUUUAUUUUUUGUUUUGAGUCAGGGUAUUGCUAAGUCUUAUAAGUUGCCCAGUCUGGAUCUGAACUUGUGAUCUUCCUGAGUCAGCCUCCCAGAGUGCAGGGAUUGUAGGCAUGAACCACUAUGCCCAGCUAUAUGUCAAAAUUUGUAGGACAAAGCUGAAACAGUGCUAAGAAGACAAUUUAUAACAAUACAUCUUCAGAUUAAAAGAGAACUGUCUCCAAUCAAUAAUAUAGGCUCUCACUUUAACAAACUAGUAAAAGAAAGAGCAAAAUAAACACAAACCAAGUAGAAGGAAAAAAAUAAUAAAGAGUAGAAAGGGAUGAAAUUAAAAAGAAUAAUAAGAGAAAGUGCAGCACAAUGUGGUACUCUGAAAACAUCAAUAAAACUGACAGAUGUCUAACAAGACUGACAAAGAAACAGAGCAGACACAAAUCACCAAUAUCAGGAAUGAACUGGGUAUUGCAGCCCCUACAGACAUCAAAAGAAUACCAACAGAAUGCAACAAACAUACAUGCAUAAGACUGACAUCUUAUAUGAAGUAGACUAAUUUCUCAAAAAAUCGCAAACUACCAUAACUCACCAAAUGUGAAAUAAUUUUAAUAGCCCUGUAUCUCUUAAGAAAAUCGAAUUUGUAAUUUCAAAAUUCCUCAACAGAGUAACUUUUCAAGCCUAGAUGGUUUCCCUGGAGAUUUCUAACAAACAUUUAAAGAAGAGUUCAUAUCAUUCUAUAUAGUCUUCCAGAAAAUAAAAGAGGAGGAAAUAGUUCUCAAUUCAUUUUAUUAAAGUAGUAUUAUCUUGAUACCAAAACCAGACAAAGAUAGUACAAACAAAGAAAAAUAGACUAUUAUCCUUGCUCUCAGCUUUGUGUAUCUGAAAGACAUUGCAGAUAGCAUCUUAGGAGCAUACAAAACAGAAAGGAUGAAAUAAAAUCAUCCCUACUUAUAAUUGGUGUGAUUGUGUACAUAGAAAAUCUCAGCUGUGGAAUGGAUAAAAAUGAUGUGGUAUUUUUAUACAAUGAAGUAUUACUCAGCUAUAAAGAAGGAUAAACUUGAGGCUUUUAUAGGUAAAUGGAGGCAACUUGAGACCAUCCAAGUAAGUGAAAUAAAUCAAAGUCACAUGUGUAAAUAUUAUCAUCUCCCUAGUGUAAAAAAAAACCUGAAAGAGUAAUAAGAUCCAAAAUGUACAAUAGAUAUUGUGAUAAUGAAAGGGAAAGAAAGUGCUAAAAAGGAAAGAACUUACAGAAUGCAAAUGCAGAUAAAAAAAAUUUAAAUAAAUAAAUAAAUAAAAAUAAAAAGGAAAGAACUACUGGGAUAGGGAAAAAGAGAAAGGAAGAAGAGAAAGAUUAUAUGUAAAUAGGUAUACAUAUAUAUGUGUGUGUGUGUAGAUAAUUAUACUACUAAUCUGUUAGUUCAUCAAAAGAACAGUUUAUGCUGUCACUGUUUGAUUCUUUGAUCAUUUUUUCAUGCCUACAUUUUGUAACUUGAGCAACUACUUCAAAGAUAACAAUAUGUAGUAUAUUAACUAGUGUUAAUUUCCUACUAUUUUGUAAAAUUCUGUGUUGUUUUUAUCUUUUUGUUUGUUUCUCUUGCUUUUUAAAAUUAAAAAAAAAAACUCAAGGAGUCUAAAAAGCCUCCCAGAACCAAUACACUCAGUAACAUCAAUCAAUCCUAGCUGGCCAUAGUGGCAUAUACCUGCAGUCCUCAUUAUUAUGGAGACUGAGAAAAUAAGGAUUGCCUGAGUUCAAGAGUUUGAGACCAGCCUGAGAAAAAAGUAAGAUUCCCAUCUCAAAACAAAGUUUAAAAAUCAUUUCUAUGUGCUAUCAAUGAAUAUAUUUCUGUGGUCUGUCAACACAUGGAGACCAAAAUUUAAAUUGCGAUCAGUUUUUAAUGAAAUAAUUGAGAUAUAAAUCUCACAAACCAUAUAACAGACCUGUAUGCUGACAACUACAUGGACAAAGACUGUUCAUGGAUUGGAACUCAGCAUAGUAAAGAUGUUUAUUUUCUCUAAAUUCAUAUACAUAUUUUAUAAAAUCCAUAUGGAAAAAUAAACUUAAAUUGAUAAAACAGUUUUGUAAAAUGAGGAUAAAGUGGGAGAAGGAAUCACUUUACCAGUAAUAACACAAUAUAUAAUUGCAGUAAUUUAAGACUGUGUGAUGUUGUCAAAGAAAUACAUACAUUAAAGGAACAGACUAGAGAUCCCAGAAACAGACCCACAGAAAUACUGUAAUUUUGUAAUUGUUUUGAGACAGGGUCUCACUAUGUAGCCCAAGCUGGCCUUGAACUCACUAUGUAACACAGGCUGACCUUGAACUUGUGGCAGUCCUCCUGUCUCAACCUCCAGAAUGUUGGGAUUAUAGGCAUGUACCACCAGACCCAGCUGCCCACAGAUUUUUUACUAAGAUCCAAAAGCAAUUCAAUGAAAAAAAAAAAAAACAGCCUUUUCAAUGAAUAGUGUGGGGCUGGAGGUUUAGCUCAGUGGCAUAAGCACCUGCCUUGCAAGCAGGCGGUCGUGAGUUCGAUCCCCGGUACCGAUAAAAAUGAAAAAGACCAAAAAAAAAAAAAAAAAAAAAAAAGAAUGAAUAGUGCUGGAGCUGUUGGAUAUCCAUCAGCAAAUUGGUAAAAUUUGGUUUAAGACUAUUGAGAAAUUUAUUGCACUGUUUUUGCAACUUUCCUGUAGAUUUGAAAAUUUUCAAACUAAAUAGAAAAAUUGAGGGGAAAAGAUUUACUAUAUAUUGUGAUCAUAUUAACUUGCAAUGUGUCUUACUUUCUCAUAACUAGGACAAAAUACCCAAUACUCCCAAGUUAUCGGGAGAGAAGUUAAACCUCCACAGCUCACAGUCUGUAGAGGAUUCAGUCCAUAGUGGGCUGACUCCAAGGCAGGGCGGCAAAGCAGAGAAGAAAUAGUCCAUGGUAUGGCAGACCAGAAGCAUCAGCACUCAAGGAAGGAGUUGAUUAGAUUGUGCCUUAGUUACUUUCUUGUGGCUGGGACACAAUACCUGAUACCCACAACUUAAUAGGGGAGAGCCUUAUUUUGGCCCCGUUUCAUUCCAUGUUCAGCAGGCUGAAAAUGAGAGUAGAAGGGAAGAUUCAGGGAGAGAGAUACACCCUUCCAGGUCACCCAGUGACCCUCCUCUUCCAAGCAGGCCCUACCUCCCAAUCACGAGUCAGCAAUAUCGCCCCGUGGGAGACAUUGUCUAUCAAAACCAUAAUGGAUUUCAUAAGUACAUUCUGGGGGCUGGGGAUUUAGCUCAGCAGCAUAAGCGCCUGCCUUGCAAGCAGGCAGUCAUGAGUUCGAUUCCUGGUACCGAUAAAAACAAAAAAGACAAAAAAAAAAGAUAAGUACGCCAUGCUGGAACUUAGGACUCUGGGAAGCCAAGCCAGCACCUCCCCUCCCUGUAAGCGGAGGCAGGGUGGCAGCCUGCAGCCCUUCCAGGGGGAGAACUAGCAGUGUCUCCUGAGAUCCACACCAUGCUGGAAGUUAGGACUCUGGGAAGCCAAGCCAGCACCUCCCCUCCCUGUAAGCGGAGGCAGGGUGGCAGCCUGCAGCCCUUCCAGGGGGAGAACUAGCAGAGUCUCCUGAGAUCCACGCCAUGCUGGAACUUAGGUCUCUGGGAAGCCAAGCCAGCACCUCCCCUCCCUGGUAAGCGGCGGUAGUUUAGCCCACUGCAGCCCUUCCAGGGGGAGAACUAGCAGUGUCUCCUGAGAUCCACACCAUGCUGGAACUUAGGACUCUGGGAAGCCAAGCCAGCACCUCCCCUCCCUGUAAGCGGAGGCAGGGUGGCAGCCUGCAGCCCUUCCAGGGGGAGAACUAGCAGUGUCUCCUGAGAUCCACACCAUGCUGGAACUUAGGACUCUGGGAAGCCAAGCCAGCACCUCCCCUCCCUGUAAGCGGAGGCAGGGUGGCAGCCUGCAGCCCUUCCAGGGGGAGAACUAGCAGUGUCUCCUGAGAUCCACGCCAUACUGGAACUUAGGACUCUGGGAAGCCAAGCCAGCACCUCCCCUCCCUGGUAAGCGGCGGUAGUUUAGCCCACUGCAGCCCUUCCAGGGGGAGAACUAGCAGUGUCUCCUGAGAUCCACGCCAUGCUGGAACUUAGGACUCUGGGAAGCCAAGCCAGCACCUCCCCUCCCUGUAAGCGGAGGCAGGGUGGCAGCCUGCAGCCCUUCCAGGGGGAGAACUAGCAGUGUCUCCUGAGAUCCACACCAUGCUGGAACUUAGGUCUCUGGGAAGCCAAGCCAGCACCUCCCCUCCCUGUAAGCGGAGGCAGGGUGGCAGCCUGCAGCCCUUCCAGGGGGAGAACUAGCAGAGUCUCCUGAGAUCCACGCCAUGCUGGAACUUAGGUCUCUGGGAAGCCAAGCCAGCACCUCCCCUCCCUGGUAAGCGGCGGUAGUUUAGCCCACUGCAGCCCUUCCAGGGGGAGAACUAGCAGUGUCUCCUGAGAUCCACACCAUGCUGGAACUUAGGACUCUGGGAAGCCAAGCCAGCACCUCCCCUCCCUGGUAAGCGGCAGUAGUUUAGCCCAUUGCAGCCUGUCCAUGGGGAGAACUAGCAGUGUCUCCUGAGAUCCUCGCCCUGUUGGAGCUUAGGUCUCUGGGAAGCCAAGCCAGCAUCUCCUCUCCCUGUGAGUGGAGGCAGGGUGGCAGCCUGCAGCCUUUCCAGGGGGAGAUCUAGCAGUGUCUCCUGAGAUCCACGCCAUGUUGGAGCUUAUCUCAAUCUCUCCCUUAUUCUUUAAAAAAAUUAUUUAGUUAUUUCUUAUGUUUUUUAAUUAAGGGGAAAAUUUUUUUAAAUUAGCAUAUAUUAUAGUAAUUCUUUUUGAUUUACUGUUAACUUGUUUUGAAGUCCUGUGGUGCUCCCACGAUCUUGUUUUGACUGAUUAGACUCUGUUCCAUUCUAUAUGAUAGUAUCAAGUUUGAGGGUAUAAGCACCUACUUUGAAGGCAAUAAGAUUCACUAAGAUGCCCAUUCUGGUUUGACUGUUGUCUCCUUUGGAAGUCCUGUAAUGUUUACAAUGCCUAAGUUUUAUUGGUAUUGUUCUCUACUGUUUUGUCCAACUUUAUAAUAUCUAAUGAGAUAGACUAUUCUUUUUAAGGAAACAAGAGACAACUUUGAUAACCAUUGUUGAUAACCUUGUACUCUGUUCUACAUCAUGUGCUAUGUCUAUCCUUGGUUUUGAGUGACAGCUUUGUUUUCCAUAUUUGACUAUAUUCUCUCCCCCCCCCAAAAGUAAUAAGAACUAGGAGUAAUAAAAUCCAAAAUGUGUAAAUUUUGUUGUAAAAAAGAGAAGGAAAAAAAAAAAGAGCUUUAUGGAUAUAACAGCAAUUGUGUUUACGGGUGUUAAAUAGCUGACUAUAUUAAUGUUUUUGGAUCAUUGAACACAGCUGUUUGCAGUCUCUCUGUUUGAAUGUUCACUUUGUAUUCUUUGAUACUGUGAUUUGAGCAACUAUUUCCAAGAUGAUAAUAUGUAAUCUAUUAGCAGGUGAUUUCUUACUAUUAUGUUUUUUUUUUUUUUGUAGUUCUGUAUUACGUGUACCCUUACACCACUUUGUUUUGUUUUGUGUUUUUCUCUUUUUCCUCUUAAAUAAAAUUAAAAAAAAAGUUACUAUAAUAAAAAAAAAAAAAAAAAAAAAAAAAAAAAAAAAGAUAAGUACAUUCUGGUCCUGAAAAUAUGCCCCGAUCACCUUGAUUACACUUGGGUGUUUCUGAAGUCUCUAGCAAUAGCAUAUCUUCAGCCAUAUCUUUGUACUACUUCACCCUCAUUGUUCUGGGCCUGUCUCCAAGUUCUGAGAUCAAUCUACUGUAGCCUAGACACAGACUACCUUUGCUUCUUUAUUUUCUUUUGCUAGGCUCAGUCAUAGACAUAUUUUUCAACAUAUUGACAAACUGCUAUUUCUUUUAGUGUCUUCACCAGGGUUCUACAAGUGUAGUUUUGCAAGUAAUUUGAGCUAAGGAAGAUGUAGUAGAUAAAAUGAUAAAAUUAGAUAAUAUAUGUGAAAGUGCUUUGAAAGUCAAAAGCACUGAAGAAAUGUAAGGAAUAAUUAAUUAUUGCUGUAAUUAAUGAGUAAAACUAGUGGCUGCUUCAGACCAGACAUUCUAAAAGAACAGCACUUAAAGAUCGCCUAGACCAGGCUACUCUAGUUUUGUUACUACAUAUUUUUCUCCCAUUUCCAGUCCCAUCAUGAGAUGAGGAGUCUCUGUGGAGUAAAAUCCAUGCUUCCAGAGUCACAGCCUAAUUUGGAAAGCAGACCUCAAAGCAGUCAUUUAUAGUAAGCAAGGUAUUGGCAAGUCAGGACUCUCAUUGUCUGCAAAGGGCAUUCCUGUUUGGUGGGUCUUCCCAGACAAUAAAUCAGUUAGAGACCAGAAAGCUGCUUUUUAAACAUAUACUUUGAAUAAAAUUGGAUAUUCCCUAGAGAUUUUUUUUAAAUCAAACUUACGUACGUGAUAAAUUGCCCUUCUCCAUGGCAGGAAUAGUUCAGCCUAAAGAAGCUAUCAUUUAGAGAUAGACAGAGCUCUCCAUGGUCAUUCCUGGAGGCAUGCUAACAGAGUCCCUUUUCUCUAUGCUGUUCACUUUCUCAGCCAUCUAAUGCAUCUACCUUGAUAGCAUUCGAUUAAGACAACUGCUACAAGUUCCUACAUUACAGUUUAUCUUAAUAUUAGUAACAUUUUAGUGUAAUCAUUUUUUGACACCUUAAUAUCACCAUUUCCCAAUAUAUAGUACUAUGGUUGCCAUGGUAGGAAUUUGCUCAUCCAACAGUGUGCAUAAGAAACUAAUGCUUCAUUAUUGCAAUGUUCUCCUCCAUUUUCCCAUCUCAUGAAGAGCCAAAGUACACUCUAAUGCCUAGGAGAUCAUUCGAGUGCCAGUUUUCUGCUCUAGUGCAAAAGUGGGGGUGCUACCUAAAGGCAGAGAAGAAUGUCUGCAAGUCUUAUGCCCAGCACUAGUUGUUUGGGAACCAGCAAUCAAGGUUACUCAGUUUCAGAGAGCAACAAGAAAACCAAAGCUUAGCAAAGCUAAAUGAGUCUAUAAAAUAAUGUCCCUAGAGGGCCUGAUUCAUAGUAGGCCCUUAGCAGCCAUAUUUAUUUAUUUAUUUAUUUAUAAAAUUCUCCCAAACAGUCAGUUGCAGGCCCAAAGCUCCCAAAUGUAUCUGUCUCCCCUCUAACACAGGACCUCAAAAGUCCAUCCUUUAAACUAUUUUGCAUUGCAUUCUACUCUUGUAAAACAUUUUGUGAGAAAAUACAGACAGGACAAUUUGUGUUAUUUCAUUGUUGACUAAAACUUGUUGACUCUAGGUCAACAAGUAAACUUCCUUGAAGCUUUUCUUAAACCCCUUUCUUUAUCUCUAUUUCUGGGUUCUUGAGUAUAAACUCUUGAAAUAUAAACAUUCAUCUUUAUAACUCCCACAGUGCAUGCCCAUAGAGCCUGGCACAUAGGAAUCACUCACCAAUUUCUAAUGUAUGGAACUUAAUUCCCCUGACUCUAGCUUCUCUGAUUCUCCCCAGUUUGAGGCAUGAGUCCUCUGGCUACUCUCUGAAAUUCCUGUUAAUAUUUUAUAUUACAAACUAAUGGAAAGUAGAUUUGCUAUUCUCAAAAUUCAAUGGAGGUCUUUUUAAAAUUCCUUCCUUCCUCUUACUUCACUACCCAUUCUUAGUGGACUCUACGUUCAUUGCUCCUUUCAUAUAUUCAUCUGUUCACAAUUGUUUAUUGACCUCUCACUAUGCAACAGUUGACAAAUUGCCCCUUACCUUUUAGACCUUGUAACCUGAGAUUAAUAGUAAACACAUAAGAAAGUAAUUGCCGAUUGCAAUAGGUGUUAAGAAGAAAAUAAAUGAAUGAUACAGAGGUCGGCACUGAUCAUUCUGAGGGGGUCAAGUCUAGACCUGAAAUAUGAAAGAUAUUAAAAACCUUUCCAAAAAGCUGAAUUUCAGGUAGAGAGAACAGCAUGUGAAAAGGUAGAAAAGAUAUGGCCAUGCUCCAGGAAAAGCAAAAAUGCCAGUGUGACCGAAGUGUAUGGAGGGAGAGAAGGGUGAAGCAAGAUGAGAACUGUGCAACUGACUAGAGAGGCUCAUUUUGUGGGAGCUUCAUGUUGGCCAGGGUGAAGAAUGUCAACUGGACUCUUAGUACAAUAGGGGCCAGAGAUUUUAAGCAGCAGAGUAAUAUACAGUCGUGUGUCACUUAAUAAUGGAGAUAUAUUUUGAGAAAUGUGGCAUUAAGUGAUCUCGUCCUUGUGCAAACAUCUGUCCUCUUGGUUCUAUCAAGACAUUCAAUAAAUGAAAUAUAUGAGGAUGCUAUUGGUAUCACAGGCAUACUGUUUUACAGUGAACUUUUUUUGUAAGUAAAUCAUUAUUUGCACUCAAAUAAUGAUUAGAUAUAUAGUUCAAUACUAUAUAGUAAAUGUAUAAAUGAGUAACAUAGUUAUUAGAAUUUUAAAAUAUGUACUAGGAAUAAUUGUGAUAUAUUUUUACACUACUGGCAGCUCUAUAGGUUUGUUUAUAUCAAAUCACAACAAAUACAUGAGAGAUUUUUAGCACUGCAACAUUAUAACAACUACAUCAUCACUAGACAGUGGGAUUUUUCUGGUUAUAACUGUAUGGGAAACCAUUGUAUGAGCAGUCAGCGGUUGACAAAAACACUGUUUGUUAUAUACCACAUGACUAUAUUGCCUUAGAUUUUUUUCAGUGCUGGAGAACCCAGGGCCUUGCAAAGGCUAGGCAAGUGCUCUACCACUGAGUCACAUUCCCCUCAUUUUUUUAUUUUAAAGAGAAUAAAAUGAAACAGAACAAAGCAGAUCAGGAAAAAACAAUGCAAUCAACAGAGGAUCUCAAAAAAAGACAACAGAAAAUCAACAGUGGUUACCAUAAUGUCUCUUGUUUUCGAAAUACCUGUCCAUAUCUUCAUACACAAUGAAUUCAAACAAGACAAAAAUAGUAUAAAACCAUUCAAAAUAAAAGAAUGAAAUCAUUACAGGCCUUCAAAACCAGACAAUAGGAAAAUCAACAAUGGCCACCAUAAUGUCUCCUGUUCUCUUCAAAAUAGCUGUCCAUACCAUCACAUAUAUUGAAAUUAAAUAAUACAAAACAGGCUAAAACCAAUCAAAAUAAAGAAUAAAAGCAUUACUGGACUUCACAACAAGAUGAUAGGAAAUCAGCAAUGACCACCAUAAUGUCUCAUUGUCUUCAAAGUAGCUAUUCAUACUAUCACAUUCAACAAAAUCAAUUCUUGUAAACUGUUUAGGCCAAGUUCCAGGCAUGUAUAAGCCUCUGCAUGUACAUCUUAUCCUUUCUGUAUUAGAAGGGAAAACAAAACAAAACAAAUUACCAGAAAAGCAAGGAACAAAAGAGUCAAAUAAAUAACAACAAAGAGCCCAAAACAAUGACAAUAUAGGCUUUCAAAAUAAAACAGUAGGAACAUAACUAAAGUUGUUAUUUCACAUAGUUAUCUUCAAGAGUUACUGAGAUUACCAGAUAUAAACAUGCAGAAUUGAUCUAAUCCCAAGAAUGCCGUUUUGUUCUAAGAACUAAUAAGAUUAGUAGUACAGUCAUCUUAGCUAUCUUGUGUAUAUACAAAUUUAUAUCUUUUUUCUUUUCCCUUCUUUCUUUUCUCCUUUUCCCUGAGUUAUUUUUCCCCUUUGAGCAGUUGCUUACCCUUUCAUAAUAUUUAUUGAAGAUUUUAUGUCUUAUUUGCUCUCUCAGUUUCUUACACUAGGGAAACAAUAUAGUAUUUACAUAUGUGAGUUUGAUUUAUUUCACUUAUGAGUAUGGUCUCAAGUCACAUCUAUUCACCUAUAAAAGCCUCAAUGUGAUCCUUCUUUAUAGCUAAGUAGUACUCCAUUGUAUAAAAUACCACAAUUUUUUUUUUGUCCAUUCCUCAGCUGAUGAGCAUUUAGGUUGUUUCCAAGAUCUGGCUAUUACAAACUGUGCUGCUAUAAUUAUGGAUGCACAUAUAUCACUGAGGAAUGAUGUUUUCAAUUCUUCUGGGAAUAUGCCCAGAAGUGGAAUAGCUAGGUCAAAUGGGACUUCCAAUCUCAGGUUUUGAGGAAACUCCAGACUGACCUCCACAGUGGUUGCACCAGACUAUACUCCCACCAACAGUGUAAAGGAGUUCCUUUUUCUGCACAGCCUCUCCAGCAUUUGUUAUUGGUGGUUUUCUUGAUCCUGGCUAUUCUUUUUGGAGUGAGAUGGAAUCUCAGUGUUGUUUUAAUUUGCAUUUCUCUAAUGAUCAAUGAAACUGAACACUUUUUCACGUACUUUUCAUUUGUAUUUUUUCAGCUGAGAAGUGUGUAUUCAUUUCAGAUGCCAGUUUUUCAAGGAUCUGAUUUUUUAAAAUUCUUUAUGUGUUUUAGACAGGAGUCCUUUGUGUGAGGGACAAUUGACUAAAAUGUUUUCCCAAUUCAUGUCUUUUCUUUUUACUCUGUUGGAGAUUUCUUUUGCCAUGCAAACAUUUUAAUAAGAUGAGAUACUUUUUUGUUUGUUUGGUUUUUUAGAUAAGGUUUCAGUAAGUGACCCAGGCCAGCCUAGAAUUUUUCAUCCCCCCACCACCUUAUGGAUGUGCACCAUCACACUCAGCUCAGAUUUUUUUGAUGGGGGAGUUGUUUGUUUAUUUUGGUACUGGGGAUCAAACUCAUGACCUUGUGCUUGCCAGAGAGGCACUUACGCCACUGAGCUAAAUCCCCAAUCCUAACUCUGAUAUUUUUUUAAAGAUGAUGCUGACUGUUGUACAAAACAGAUUGUAGAGACAAUGUGCAGAGAUUACCACAUAGUCUAAUACAGUGAUCCAGAUGAUAAGUGAUUGGAGCCAGGGCUAAAGUGGUAGCUGUGAACAUGGAGUGAUUGAAGAUAUACCUUGACAUUUGACAAUUUUGCUGAUUGUUUUUAUGUGGAGCAGCUUUGUUUUAUUGCUUAAGAAAGUAAGGCACAGAGAAACCAAGUUGAUUAAAAGAUUUUUGGGGAUGAGGAUACCUAAGACCAGGCCAGGCCCUCUGCACCAAACUACAUCAUCCAACCUUUUUAUUUUUUGUUUUGAAACAGGUCUUGCUAAAUCGCUAAGUUAAGAAUAAGCUUGAACUUGUGAUCUUCCUACCUCAGCCUCACAGAGCGCUGGGAUUCCAGCCUCUUCCUUUUUCUGCAUCUAAUCUCCCAUCAUCACGCACCAUGUGUGCUCUGCACUCUGGGUUCUGGUGACUUUUUUGCUUGCCUGACAUGCUUUCUUCUAGCCUUGCUAAGCACAUCAUUUUCAUGGCUUCAUUUUAGCCACGUCUCUAAUAAUCCUCUAACAAUUCUCUACUUAUUCAAAUAGAAAUCCAGAUUUUACACAGUGGUUUCACAGGAGUUCUUCAGCUAUAUCUACUCAACCCUUCCUGUUUGCGCUUUUCCCCCAUUACAACCUACCCUACACCUUCAGCUUUUUUGUGUGACUUAAUAAAGCCAUAGGUACUCCUUCCACAAGGCCAGCCAACUUAGACAUAAAAUUUUGUCCCUUCUCCUGUUCAUUCUUGUUGACUAGCACAUUUAAAUAUUCACCCUGUGUCAUUUUAGUCAUUUCAUUCUUUCAGCAAGUAAAGAUUAAAGACAUGCUUUGGGCUGGGCUCCUGAGAUGAAAAAAAUCAGAAUUUAAAUCCUCCCUUCAUGCAACUUAUGAUUUGAUAGGAAAGAUAAGACUUAUAAUCAAAUAAUCACAAUGCAUUGUAUUACAUACUAUAAAACUACAUAAACAGAAUGCAGGUGAUAAACAUAGAAAAUAGUAGCAAACCUUAUAAACUAUGAUAGAAUCAAGAAAGAUUUCACAGAGAAAUUGGCAUUUGAAUUGAAGAGUGUGUGUUUUUCCACUUAAAGAAAGGAAAAAGGGCAUUUCUAGAAGAACAAACCUAUUGUUAUGUGAAAAUAAUUGGUAGCAUACAUUGUUUUCACAAGUAUAUGCCACAGGGCAGAAUAUACUCAAAUUAUAGUGAAAAGUUCAGUGUGACUGAAGUGUGGAGCAGACAGAGAACCAUAUUUGAAAAUGAGGAUAUAAGGAGAGCUUGGAGUAAGAUUCUGUGAACAAUAGAGAGCCAAGAUAGAUCUUUAAAAUAGGGAGUAAACUCAUCAAUUUGGACAUUGUGCCAGCUCCUGUGAGGUUGGUAGACAGGUUGUAGAAUCAGGGAAGUGAUGGUCUAUUGAAAGAUAAAACUUUGAGCCAGGGAAUAUAUAAAAAUGUGCACUUGGGGAAACUGAGCCAAGAGGAACACCAUGAGUUCAUGAACAGGCUGGGUUACAUAGUGAAUCCAAGGCCAGCCUGAACUACAUAGCAAGACCCUGUCUCAAGGAACAAUAACAACAAAAAGAUAUGUAAUAAGGCUCAGUACUAUCUGUAAUUUCAGAUAUUCACUGAGUGUCUUGGAAAAAGAAAGACUACUGUAGAGAAGUCUUUCUAUACUAUAAAACCAUGAAUUAGUUAUUUUAAAUUAUAAACAAAUUUUACAACUCAAGAAAUAUUAAUUUAAAAAGUGCCAACACAUGGUUGGGGGGACUUGUAUUUCAUGUCAAUCAAUUUUAAAAUGUAAACCAAAUGAACAAAAUUCCUAGAAACUUAACUACCAAAACUGAUUCAAGAAGAAUUUGAAAACAUUAGUUAUAUAACAUUUAAAGGUGUUCAUCUGAUAACUUAGAAUUGUUUCAUAAGGAAAGAGAAUGCUAACUCUAGAGGUUUAACCAAAUAGUCAAGAAUUAAUUCCAGUUUUAUAAAAGAUCUUCCAAAGAAUAGGAGAAAAUAUGGAAAAAUACUUUCCAGGUCAUUCUAUGGGAUUAGUAUAAUCUCAAUACCCAAACCACAGAAGAACAGUAUUAGAAGUAUGGCCAAUUUAAGGGACAGAAAACAAGAAGGAGAAUGUGUCUAGAACAGAAUGAAUGAGAAGAAGAGUAGUAGAUAAUUAGGUCACAAAUCUGAGAUGUAGGUCAUUGUAAACCAUUUUAAGAUCCUUGUUUUUUACUUUAAAAAAAGGACACCAUUAGAAACUUUUAAGCAUCCUGGAGAUAUUUGAAUGUGAGUCCCCUGGCUUUCAUGUUACAAUAAACUUAAGAAGGGCAAGAGUGAAAAAAGGAAAACCAGUUGAGGGACUAUUUCAAAUCUCCAUAUAAAAGAUGAAGAUUUUUAGAACCAUGGAAUAAGAAUCUCUGAAGACCUAUUCUAAAACAAUUUAGUGAAAAUUACUAAGAACAACAAAAAACAAUAAAACCUAAUCAUUUAAAAUCUCUGGAAAUUGUCCUAAGCCCAUAUGGCAAAUGGAGAAAGUCAUUUGAGAAAAAUCUACUAAAUCUCACAAAACAGUGAGAGUCUGUGUCAUUUGAUUGUGGCUCACUAUCUCAGCACAACUCUUCCAGCUCUGUUUUACAGAAGCUCUACUCUAAAUACACUACCCUGAUCAGGUACAACCAAGAAGACAGGACCUCUAGCUCCCCGCAGGUCCCAGUUUGCAGUUAUGAUUUUAUACAAGGAGGGGCAGGUUGCGAGCAGUUCUCAUCUCUCCCAGCCCUUUAGAAGCUUUAUAGCAAGAAGGCAUGACCAAGAGGACCAAGCAUCUCUUCGUCUUCUGAGCUCCCACUUGUAGGACAGAAAUUUUACCCUGGCAUGACAGACAGAGGAUACUAAGCCCCUGAUUGCCCUAAACCCCAUCUCAUUCAUGGGUGGAGGUCCCAUCCCCGGAAGAGAAAUCCAAGUGUACUAAGUGCUGCCACCACUGGAUGGUAUCCACUCAUGGAUACAGGGCACCACUCAUGAGAAAGUGAGUUGCUGUUCCCUGCUGUGGAGCUGUGACAAGAGUUCUGCCCAUGAAAGAAACUUCAACCACAGAGAUGAAAGAACUUCUAGCUCUGCCUAGGGGGAUAGACUUUAUUUGGUACACAUAGUAGAAAAUUCCAUGCCUCAGGACAUUUUUUAAAAAAUAAAAUUUUUGGUGGUGAACAAUAAAGAGAAGACUGACUGGUAGGUUCAUUAUGCGAGUAAAAGAGCAUAACAGCUGAAAAUUCAGUAGAGAGACCCAGGGAAAGAGAAGCAAAGAGAGGCCUCGUGCUGUCACAGUCAACUCUAAGAGUCAAGAAGUUAUACACAAUGUAUCUGGCCCAGGAGUAUCCUCAGAAGCCAAGCUUAGCAUUAGACUUAAACUCAACUCUGACAGUUGGAAAAACUAUACUCAUAUAUUGUAAUCCUGUGUUCCAGCCAUAUUGAGCACCAAAUAUUGUAAUCCUAAGUAUUGAAUACCAUGGUUCAAAUAUUUUAAUCCCUUUUUUAGUCUUCUCCAAAAUCCAAAAAAUUACAUUUGUAAUCCCAUUGAGAUGUUAUUGGAAUCCCAGCAAAUUAAUUCUAAUCUACCACCUCCAAAGCAACCUGUAGUGAGAGUAAAGACACCAAGACAUAUUCCAAGUUAAGGGCAGCCAAGGGAUCCUGAGUCCAAUCCCCAUGAGCAUGUUCAGAUAAAGACCCUGAUCCUAGGGCUUUCCCAGAAUUUAUUAUCUUGUGAAGAAGGGGGUGGCUCAACGAUGAAUGACAGUUAAGAUGCUAGGAAUUAUGUGAGUAACUUCUGCUGGCUAGCCAGGUAGGGAGAAAAGCAUCUCUGCGAAAUGCAGGGAGAAUGACAUGGAGAAGGAUCAAUCUACAUAAUUUGAUUAAGGUAGCAAUUAAAUUGUUUUUGGAGGCUGUUGCUUUAGUUUUUGAUAUGUAAACAUUUGUGCCCUAGGAACUCAUAGCCUCUUUAUUUUAAGGCUCAUACCCAAUUGACAUUUUCAGAGCUGACUGGCUCUGCCAUCCCACUGUGCUCAUAUCUUUUAUAGAGAGCACUAGGUGAGAAAAUGGGAGACUGAUGACUUUAGAGAUUAUAUAUCAGUACCUUGGCUAGCCUUAUUUAUAAUGCUUAGAGCCAAUUAAAAAUACCAUAGUUAGCUCUAUACAUGUCAGUAUAUAAAAAUAAGUCUUGAUAUAAUCAAUGUUGCAGCAGUUGUUCUGCAUUCAAGGGGAGUUGCUCAGAUUGUUUCCUACACUCAUACCUUAGUCUGUGCCUUCUCAGGUCCCAUUAUAUAGGAAACCUCCAAAUUAGUAAUCACUGGUUGAACAGGGAGCAAAAAAUACACAACUCCAGAACUGUGAUAGUAGACUCCAAACCAAAAAUAGCUAAUAAUAAAGGGUAAAAAACUAACUGGCUUAGGAGGCUUAUAUGCAAUCUUAGCAAUAAGUGGCUAAUGCCAACCCAAGGGUUAAAAGAAAAAAGAAAGAGGGCAGGAUCUGUGUAGGAGCAUCAGCUUCACACUACAGGAAAAAUAGACUUCACAGAGUAAUUUCAGUCAAGUUACUAAGUGAAUAAAUGACCAACCAGUUAACAACUAUCACCAUCUCUGGUAUGGGGUGGGUAGAAUCAAUAACUGGAAUUACUACUACAUAGUAUUUUAAUUGUCCAUGUGUCAACAAAAAGUUAAGAGACAUACAAAAAAAAGUUAGUAAAGUAUGACUCAUAUACAGAGGAAAAAAAUGAUGUGCAAUAAAGAUUGUUUUUAAAGGGGCCCAGCUGGGUGUGUUGGCACACAUCUGUAAUCCAAGCAUUUAGGAAACUGAGGCAGGAGGACUGUUGUGAGUACAAGGCUACAAAGUGAGUUCCUGACCAAACUGAGCUGCAUAGUGAGACCCUGCCUCAAAAAGACAAAAAAUAAACAAAUAAAUAUAUACAUAAAUAGGCCCAGAUGGUGGACUUAAAAGACAAUGAUUUUAUAGAAAUUAUUGUAAGUAUGUUCUAAGAGAUAAAAGUAAGCAGGCUAAGGAAGGUAUGAUGGAAAAAUCUUUAAAAAAAGAAUAUUAAUAAAAAGGUAGACAUUUUUUAAAGAAACCAAAUAGAUAUUCUUAAGUUGAAAAGUAUAUUAACAAAAGUGAAAACUUUUCUAGAUGGAGCUCAACAGUAGAUUUGAGUUGGUAGAAAAAAGAAUCAGAUUACUCAAAGAUAUAUAAAUAGAGAAUUUGCAAUCUGAAGAAUAGAGAGAAAAAAUAAGAUAGAGCAUCAGAGAAAUGCAGAGCAUAAUUAAGCACAUCAACAAAUGUAUAAUGGAAGUAUUAGAAGAAUGUGAAAAGCACAGAAAAAGAUACUCAAAAAGAAUUGCUGAAAACCUCUCAAAUUUGAUGAAAAAAAAUCAUCAAUACAACAAGAAAUUCAAUUAAUUUGAAGUAAGGUCAAUACAGUGGUCACAACCAGACGUGUUGGAAUACAAAGAAAAAGAAUAUUUCAAAAGCAAGAAAAGACAGUUCUCAUCACAUAUAAGAGAAUUCCAACAAGAUCAACAACUGACUUCUCACCAGAAGCAAUAGAGGCAAGAAAGCAGUCGUAUGACAUAAAGUACUGAAAGUUUAAAAACUUGUACCAAGAAUCAUAUAUCUAGCAAAAAUGUCUUUCAACAGUAAAGGCAAGUUUUAGCCAGAGCAAUCAGGCAAGAGAAAUUUUUUAAAAAUCAUGCAAAUAGGAACAGAGGCAAUCACAUUCUCUCUGUGUGCAGAUGGCAUGAUUCCAUAUAUAGAAAAAACUAAAAACUCCACCAGAAGACUAUUAGAAACUGAUGUACAAAUUCAUUAGUUAUAAGAUACAGAAGUCAACAUCAAAUUCAAUAGCAUUUGUAUACAACAAUAAUAAACUUGUUGAGAAAAAAAUCAUGAAAACAGUACCAUUCACAAUAGCUACAAAAAAUGAAAUGUCUAGGAAUAAAUUUAUCCAAGGUAGUGAAAGAUCAUCAAAACAAAAUUAUAAAACACUAAGGAAAGAAACUGAAGAAGACACAUGCAAAAAAUGGAAAGAUCUCUUAUGAUUGUACAUAGGAAGAAUUGAUAUAAUUUAAAAUGUCAUUAAUAUCCAAAGCAAUUUACAGGUUCAGUGAAAUCCAUCAAAAUCCAAUGGAAUGCUUCACAGAAACAGAAAAAUAUCGUAAAAUUCAUGUGGAAAUACAACAGAUUCUGAAUAUCCAAAGAAACCUUGAGCAAAGUAAUCAGAGCUACAGCCCUCACAAUACCCAAUCUUGACACAGGGCUGUAGUAACCAAGACAGUAUGGUAGUGGCAUAAAAACAGAAACAAAAACCGCUGUAAUGGAGUAAAGAGAGCUCGGAAAUAAAUCUAUGCAUAUAUAGCCACCAGAUUUUCAACAAAGGCACAUGAAAUAUAUUAGAGAAAAAGCAGCCUCCUCAUUAAAUGAUAGUUGGAAAAUUAGAUACCCAUAUGCAGAAAAAUAAAACAUUUUGCCUGUCAUUCUAUACAAAAAAAUCAACUUCAAAUGGAUCAAAGACCUAAAUGUGAGACAUGAAACUACGAGAAGAUAAUACAGAGAAAACACUUCAAGAUGUUAGCAUAUUCAAUGAUUUUUUUGGAUAAGACCCUAAAAGCAUAAGCAAUGAAAGCAAAAAUGAGAUUGUAUUAAACUAAGGAGCUUCUACAAAGCAAAGCAAACCACAGAAUAAAGAAAUAGCCUACAAAAUGGGAUGAAAUAUUACAGACUCUCCGUAUGAUAAAGCAUUAAUAUCCAGAAUAUAUAAGGUAUUAAAAACAACAAAACCCUCAAAUAACCCAAUUUAAAAAUGGUCAAAUUAUCCAAAUAGACAUUUAAAGGAAAAAUUGCCAAUAGUUAAUAAGUCUAUAGGAAAAUAUUCAUCAUUAUCCAUUAAGGAAAAUGCAAAUAAAAAGUACAAUGAAACAUGUAUCAUUUUACUUCAAUCAGAAUGGCUAUUGUAUGGGCUAUUUAGCUCAGUGGUUUAAGCACCUGCCUGGAAAGCUUAAGGUCAAGAGUUUGAUGCCUGGUCCAAAAAAAAGCUAUUGUUAAUGGUUUGUGUCUAGAUGUUGCCUUUCUCAAGCUUUGGCAUAGGGCUUUUCAGAGGUGGCUGAAUAGAGAUGGAUAAUACUGGGAUUAAGGAUGUGUGAUUACUAAAUCAGUCCACUGAUUGGUUUGGAUAACAUAAAAAGUAGUCUGGAUAAGAUAAAAAGGAAAGAAAUAUGCUGUUAAGGCCCCUUGUUGCUUUUGCUGUCUCUCACGGCCAUGGACUGUUGCCCCUCAGCCUUGUGCUAUCCUACUUUGGAGCCAGAUAAUUAUGACCUGAAACCUCUACAAACUGUGAGCUAAAUAAACCUUUCCCUCUUUAAUUUGGGCAUUGAGUAUUUUGUCUCAGAAACUACAGAAAAGUAACAGCUAUUAUCAAAAAGAAAAAAAUACCAAGUGCUCUUUAGGAUGUGGAGAAAAGGAAAUUCUUACACUCUGUUAGUAGGGAUAUAAAUCAGUACUGCCAUUAAAGAAAACAGUAUAGAUUCUGCAAAAAGCUAAACAUAUAUCUUCUGUAUGACCCAACUAUACCAUUCCUGGGUAUAUAUCCAAAGGAAGAGAAAUCAAUAUAACAAAAAGAUAUUUUCACUCCCAUGUUUAUUGUAACACUAUUACAGUAGCCGAGAUACGGAAUCAACCUAGGUAUCCACUAACAGAUACAUGGAUAAACAAAAAAAAAAUACACACACAUAACAUAUAUAUAUAUAUAUAUAUAUAUAUAGCAUUGAUUAUGCUAUAUAUAAAAAUACACACACACACACACACACACACACACACACAUAUAUAUAUAUAUAUAUAUAUAUAUAUAUAUAUAUAUCUAUAUGGUGUCAUGUAUCCUGGGAUAUAAUUUGCCAUAAAAAUAAACCCUGUCAUUUGCAGCAGAAUGGAUGAACAAGAGGAUGCUGUGUUAAGUAAAAUAAUCCAGACACAGAAAGACAAAUACUGUAUGUCUGUCUUCAUAUAUAGAGGCUUUAAAAGUUGAUCUGAAAGUAGAGUAGCAAUUAUGAGAUGGUGGGAAGUACAGGGGGUGGAAGAAUACAGGGAAGUUGGAUAAUGGAUACCAAAUAUAGAUAGAAAGAAGUUCUAAUGUUCCACAGCACUGUAGGGUUUCCUAAUUCAUAAUAACUUAUUAUGUAUUUUAUAAAGAACUAGAAGAGAGGAGCUUGAAGGUACCAAACAUAAAUGACAUGGAAAUCUGAUCAGUACAUAUUGUGUACCUGUAUUGAAAUAUCACACUGUACCCCCCAAAAUAUGUGCAAUUAUUAUGUUACUUUAAAAGAAAAAUUUAAAUUCAAAAAAGGUGAAAUACAUUCCCAGAUUUAAAAAAAAACAUAAUUCAUUGCUAGCAUACCUUUCUUUAAAAAAUACUAAAUGAAGUUCUUUGGGCUGGAAGCAAGUAACUCCAGACAAUAGUUUGAAUUUACGUAAAAUAUACAGAAUGCUACUUAAGGUAAUUAUAUAGUUAAUUAGAAAAGAUAGUAUAACUGCAUGUUUCUAUUUAAAAAUAAUUUCAUAAAACCAUAUGAAUAUGAUUGUAUUGUUAGGACUAUAAAAAAUAAAUAUAAUUAAUAGUACAAAGUAAGAGGUUGAAAGCAGAACUCUACUACAGUAGAUUAAGGAAAUAACACCAGAUGGUAGCUGAAAUCCACAGAAAUAAAUGAAAUUGAGAAGAAUAAAUAAGAAUAUUAGUAUAUACACACUAAAAUAUAUAUUCACUCUUUUAUCAGAACCAAAUUAUGUAAAGUAAUAAGUAUAAUGAUGUAUUUUAGGUACAUAAUGUAUAUAGAUAUAUGUGUGUACAUAUGCAUAGUAGUAGUAUCAGAAAGAGAUGGAAGCAGUGAAGAUAUAUGAAACUGCCUGUAUUUCACUGCAACUAAGUGAAUACAAAGCAGGUUUAUUCUAAUAAGUUAAGAUGUAUAUUGCAAGUCCCAGAGAAGCCACUAACAAAAUUAUUCAAAAAAUAAUUUUUCAUAAUUACCAGAUAUAGACAAGCAAAAAUGAUCAAACUGCAUAAGUAUUAAAUGUUCUUUUCCAAGAACUAAUAGAAUUAGUAAUAUAUUCAUCUUAGCUAUCUUAUGUGUAUAUAUAUAUAUAUGAAUUUAUAUAUGCAAUAUAACAACCAUUGUUAAAUUCCUAUCAUCUUGUUUUGAAAGGCUAUAUUGUUAUUGUUUUUGGUUUUUUUGUUAUUCUUAUAGUUCUUUUCUCUUUUGUUUUCAUUUUUCUUUUCUGUGUUUUUUGCUCUUUAAAAUAAAAAAUAUUUUUUAAAAACAACAAUAAUUUUUCAACUAUGAAAAGAAUUAAAUUAUUACAUGAGAGAAUAACCACCUAGUAUAAAAGAUGAUACUAAAAAGUAAGUAUAGCUCAGUGGUAAAGUGCUUGCCUAAUAUGCAUAUGGCCUGAAUUUCAGUCCCCAGUACUGAAAAAAAUAAAAAGGUAUGUGACAUAUAGAAAACAAAGAGCAACCUGGCAGUGCAUAAAUAAUAAUGUUAAAUGUGAAUAGAAGUGAACAGUAAAAUCAAAAGGUAGAUAUCAUCAGAGUGGAUUUUUUUAAAAAUUAAGAGCAAACUAAACAUGAGCAGAAUAAAGGCUAUAACAAAGAUAAGAACAAAGACCUGGGGAUGUAGCUCUGUGGUAGAGUGCUUGUCUAGCAUGCAUGCAAUCCUGGAUUUGAUCCUCAGCAUUGGAGGGGGAAAAAUGAUUACAGCAGAAAUAAAUGAAAUAAAAAAAGAAAAAAUCAUUAUAAUCAACAACUCCUUGACAGGUCAAGAAAAUUAGCAAAUAUUUAGGUAAAUUAACAAAGGAAAAAAGACAGAUGACUCAAAUCACUAAAAUAAGCUGGAUGUGGCGGCAUAUACCUGUGAUCCCAGCACUCAGGAGAUGGAGGCAGGAGGAUCACUCAAGUUCAAAGUCAGCCUGGGCUGCAUGGUGAGCUCAAAGCCAGCCUGAACUACAUAGCUAGGCCAUGUCUCAAAAAAGUAAAACCAAAAAAAUUACUAAAAUAAGAAAUGAAAAUGGAGAUAUUGCUACUAAUUUUAGAGAAAUAAGAAAUUAAUAGAGAAAGCUAUGAAAAAUUGUUUCAAAUGAUAUGAACAUGUUAUACAACCUAAAAGAGAUAGAAGAGUCUCUGGAAAAACACAAAAUAUUAAGACUCCAGAAGAAAUAGAAAAUCUGAAUAGACCUAUAACAAUCAGACUGGAUUACUUAUCAAGAAAACUCCCAGGCUGAGGAUUUAGCUCAGUGGAGUAAGUACCUGCCUGGCAAGUGCAAGGUCAUGAGUUCAACCGCCAGUACAAGAAAGAAAGAGAGAGAGAGAGAGAGAGAGAGAGAGAGAGAGAGAGAGAGAGAGAGAGAAAGAAAACUGCCACCAAAGUGCAAGACCAUAUGACUUCCCUGGUGAAGUCUACUGAACAUUUAACAAAGAAUCAAAAUCUUUCCAGAUUCUUCCAACAAAUAGAGAGAAUAUGUCCUAAUAAUUUUAUCAGGCCAUUAUUAUUUACAGAUCUAAAAUCUUACUACAUUGCUGUAGUAACCAAAACAGCAUGAUAGUGCCAUGAACAUAGACCUGUAGACUAAUAAAAUAGAAUUAAUAAUCCAGAAAUAAACGUUCAUAUUUAAUUUUUUUGUAUUUUUUGUGUUUUUACCAGUACCAGGGAUCGAACUCACCAUCACACGCUUGCAAGGCAGGUGCUUAUGCCGCUGAGCUAAAUUCCCAGCCCAACAUUUAUAUUUAUGGUCCAGUGGUUUUGAACAAGGGUUCAAAGACAUUUCAGUGAAAAAAGAAUAGUCUCAUAAAAAUGGUGUGGCAAUAAUUGGUAACCCAUAUGGAAAAAAAAUCAAACUGGACCUCUACUUCACAUAACUAAAAUAAAAAGCAUCAAAAACCUAAAUGUAAAGACUGAAUCUAUAAAACUCUUAGACAAAAACAUAAGUAUAAAUUCUCGUGACUUUAUAUUGGGCUAUGCUUUUAGGUAUAACACUAAAAACGCAGUAAAAGAAAAAUAGAUGAAUUGAACUUUAUCAAAAUUUAAAAUUUUUGUGAUGAAAGCAGGAUCUUCAAGUAAGUGGAAAGACAGCCAAUAAACUGGGAAGAAAUAUUUGCAAGUAAUAUAUCUGAUAUUAAAUUUCUUUCUAGAAUAUGUAGUGUUACUUACUAUUUGAUAAUAAAAGAAAACUAACUCAAACGGGGCAAAGAGUCCGAGUAGACAUUUUUCCAAAGAAAAUAUGCAAAUGGCCAGCAAGGACAUGAAAAGAUAUUAAUGUCAUUACUCACUAGAGAAACCCAAAUCUAAACCACAGUGAAAUACCACUUUACACCAGGAUGACUACAAUCAAAAGGAUAAUAAUAAGUAGUAGCCAAAAUGCAGAGAAACAGAAUCUGCAUAUAUUGUCAACAGGAACAUAAAAGAACAGCUGCUAUGGAAAGCAGUGUGGCAGUUCUUCAACAACUUGAACACAGAGCUACCCUCUGACCCAGAAAUUCUAUUCCUAGAUAUAUAUGCAUUGAAAAGGUAUGUCAGCUGGACAUGGUGGUACAUGUCUUAAUCCCAGCACUCAGGAGGCUCACUGUGAAUUUGAGGCCAGCCUGGGUUACAAAGUGAAUUCAAGUACAGUCUGACUAUACAAUGAGACCUUGCCUCAAAAAAAGAUUGAAAAAGAUUGAAAAAAAGAAAGAAGGAGCAAAAGAAAGGUACAUCUACACAAAAACUUGUACACAGAUAUUCAUAGCAGCCCUAUUCAUAUUAGUUAAAAUGUGGAGAUAACUCAAAUGUCAUCAACUGAUCAGAAUAUCAAUAAUGUAUAGUAUUCUAUACCUAUACAAUGGAAUUUUAUUUGGUAGUAAAAAGAAAUAGAGUACCUAAAGAUCACAUAUUGUAUGAUUCCACACAUACUAAAUGUCCAGAAUAAGCAAAUCUAUAGCAACAGAAUGUAGGUUAGUGGUUUAGUAGAACAAUGGAGUGACAGCUAAUGAGUAGUGGUUUCUUUUAGAAGAGACCAAAAUCUUCUCAAAGUGUGGUAAUGGUUUCCCAACUGUGGAUAAUACUAAAAGAUUGAAUUGUACACUAAAAAUGGGUAAAUUUUGUAGUACGUAAGCUAUAUCUCAAACCUUUUUUUUUUUUUAAAUGAUGGUGUCUUGAAUGGGGACAGUAUCAGUGUAGAUUGUGUUAGGAAUCUGUAUAUAUUUUGAAGGUAGACAUGAGGAGGAUUUUCUGACAUACUGUGUGUGAGCUGAGGUAAUGCAAAGUCUCCGAGAUUCCAUUGUAACUGGAAUGAUGGCGUAAGGAACUGAGAAAACUGUGGGAAACAGUUUUUAAGUACAGUAGGACAUGCUGAGUUGGAGAUGUCAAGUUGGUAGAAGGGGAAAAUACAGCUACCUAGUUAGAUCCUGACAGUAAGCUGGACCAUUGUUACAAAACUGGGAAUUACCAUAUGGGUGAAUUUUCAAACUGUGAGAUGGAUGAGAUCUCCAAGGAACUGUGGCUAGCCAGAGAAGGAAGAGAUGUCUAGGAGCUGAUCCUUGCAAUAAUCCAGCUUUAAAAUGUUGGGUAAAGAACUAGCAAAAAAGGAGAGAAUCACUAGUAAUGCCAAAGGAAAAUCAAGAGUGUACUGCCCCUGAAGCCAAGUGAAGUAUCUUUGUGUCAAAUGCAGCUGCAAAUUCAAAUAAGAACUAACUGAGAAGUAACCAUUGAAUGUAGCAAUAAUGGGCAGCCUUGCCAAGAGGAAUUUUGACAUAACUAGGUAGAAAGGCCUGAUCGAUAUACAGUUAGGAGAGAAUGUAAGGAGAUAAGUCUAAUUUUUAGAAAGCAUAAACAAGAAUAAAAAUGCUAUUUAGCCAGGCAUGGGAGCACAUACGUUUAAUCCCAGCACUGAAAGGCUGAGGCAGGAAGUUUGCUGUGAGUUUAAGGCCAGCCAGGAUUACAAAGUGAGUUCAAAGUCAGCCUGAACUGCAUAGUGUCCCCAAAAGAUCAAAAAAAUGCAAUUUUAAAAAUAUUAAAGCAGCCAAUAAUGUCAAAAUAGCUAUUUUGUCAAUAAAAUUAAAAUUACCUAAAAUGAUUACUAGACAAAAAUAGAGUAAAAAUACUGUAGUAGCCAAGCAUGGUGGCACAUGCCGGUUGUCCCAGAAAUUCAGGAGACUGAAGCACAGAGGAUCACUUGAGCCAGGAUUUCAAGGUCAACUUGGGCAACAUGGAGAGACAUGGUCUCAAAAAAUACUAUAAAUACUAAAAACAUGCUAAAAAUAGAAGGUAUCUAGGAAUAAAUAUGUUCUAGAUGUCCCCUCACAAAGCCUUGUGCUUAUAGGUGGGGCUUUGGGGAGGUGAUUAGGUCAUGGGGAUGUGAAACUUAUCAGUGGAUUAAUCCACUAAUGAAUUUAUAGAUAAAUUUGAUGUUGAGAGUACAAAGAAAAGCAAGGCAUUCUUUAAGAAAAAGAAAUGACUUACUCUAUCAAGUAUUAAGAUUUAGCAUAUACCUAUAUUAGGUAACACUAUAAUAUUUGUACAGGAGUAGACAAAUAGCCUAAUGGAAUAGAACCGAGAACCCCAAAAUAGAGCUAUAUUUAUUUGGAAAUUGGAUGUAUGACUGCAGAUCCAGGAAGGGAGGAAGAGUGAGCUCAUUAAUAAAUGAUGUGUAAAAACAAAUUUUAAAAAGUGCAAGCCAGGUGUGGUAGCACAUGCCUGUCAAUCCCAGCACUAAGGGAGGAUGAGCUGGGAGGAUCACUGCAAGUUGAAGGCCAGCCUAGGCUACACAGUGAGUUCAAGGCCAACCUAAACUAUGUAGCAGCGAGAUCCUAUCUCAAAAAAAAGUACAAAAAGCUUUUGUACUUUUUUGGUUAGUAGUUGUAACAAGCAUUGUUAGUUUGAAACAAGCAUUUCUUAAUAGUAUAUUAUCUAGGAAUACUCAUAUGUUGAGUCUUGGAUCUGGAAUGUCCCCCAAAGGUCAGAUGCUGGGGCUUGGUUGUUAGAUGAUGAACUUUAGAAGGUGAUAAGAUCAUAAUUUCACCAGGGUACAGUAUUAUCCAGUCAUAAUUUGAUGACACUCUUGUCAGGUGAAUGAAGGGCAUAUUUGAAAGAAGUGGAUCAUAGGAAUAUGACCUUGAAAAUUGUAUCAGUUCCUGGCCCUGUCUUCUCUGGUGCUUUUCCUCUGUUUUCUGCAUGGCAUGAGGGGAACAGCUUUCCUGUGCCAUGAUGUUUCUGCCUCUCCUCAGGCCUGAAAACAAUAGAACCAGCUGAGUAUGGGUGGAAAUUUAUGAAAACAUGAACCAAAAUAAAUAAAACUUUUCUGUUUUGUUUACAUCAGGUAUUUUGUCACAGUACAGAAAGAUGACUAACACAUCAUAUAUGUGAGAAGACUAUAAGUAAAUGGAAGGGAGUAAUUUUUUCCAGUGCCUCCCAGUGGUUACCUCUGGGGAGAAAGCCACAGUGGUAAUAGGGAGGCAGGUGGGAAGCAUCAAUGGUGUCUACCAUUCAUGUUCAGCUCUAAAAAGCAGUGGCAGGUUCACUAAGUUAUUAGGCUCCAUAAUGUACACAUAUAGAAAUUCCAUACAAUUUAUAAAAAAAUACUAUAUGAAGCAUUUUGUAACAAUUACAUUAUAUUUUUAAAUGAAAAAUGGAAACAAUCGCUCUCCUUCAGAGACUUUCAGAUUGGAACCUAGACAAAAGAUAAAGACUCUUGCAAUGAGAACAUUUAUACUACUAAUCUCUCUUAGUUCAUCGAAAAGAACAGUUUGUGCUUUCAUUGUUUGUUUGAUCAUUUUUUCAUGCCUAAAUCUUAUAAUCUGGACAACUAUGAAAAUAACAAUAUGCAAUGUGUUAAUUUCAUAAUAUUUUGUUUUGAAAUUCUGUAUUGAUUUUAUUCCUUUUUGUUUUUUAAAAUUAAAUUUAAAAAUAUGGAUAAUCAAAUAUAAAAGAAAAAACUGGUCUCUUAGCAAUUUGUAAAUAGACAAUAAAUUAACUAUAGUCACUGUGCAGUACAGUAGAUCUCCAGAACUUACUCUUCAUGUCCCACUAAAACUGACUGCCCUUUGACCAACAUCUCUCUACUCUCUCCCAGCCUAAAGGAUUUGUCCUUAAAUACAUGUGUAUGUACAUAUAUACAUGAAAAUAUCAUUUUGUAAAACGUAAAUAUGUGCUAUUGGAGGGAUGCCAGGAAUUGAAUCCAGAACCUCACACAUAAUACACAAACACUCUACCAAUGAGCCUUAGCCCUUAGACAAAUCUUUGAUAGAUUUAAUUAAUUAGUUUUUUAAGAAAAGAAGGAAGCCAGGUGUGGUGGCACACACCUAUAAUCCCAGGAUUUAGGAGCCUGAGGCAAGAGUAUCAUUUCCAAUUGGAGACCAGCCUGGGCUACAAAGUGAGCUCAAGGCCAGCCUGAACUGCAUAGUGAGACCCGGUCUCAAAAAUACAAAAUAGAUAGAUAGAUAGAUAGAUAGAUAAAUGUAAAUAAUAAAAAGGAAAGAAAAAGACCAAGACUCUUAACCAGCCACCUCCUUUUACAGGAAUGUUGCUGGUGGAGUGCAGUUCUACCAGGUUUUGCCAUCCUGCCCAUGGGAGACAAGGGCAGGCUGUAGACAGCAGCACAAUUCUUUCCCAGCAAGGUCAAGAAGCAUAAGAAUAAGCACACCCUAUCAUGACUAAGGGUGUGAGCCUGCCAACAUUGUUAUGUGAUAGCAGUUGAAAGAGCCAAAAGAAAAACAAACAGACUUUGGCACAGACUUUGGCACAGUGGGUACACUUGGGGUCUCUGAAAGUGCAGGGUGGGAGGGUGAGCAAAAACUACAGGGUUAGUAUAAGUGAGACAUAGUUUCUUUCCAGUGGCAUCAUCUGCUAAUUCAUGUGACCCAGGCUGAAAUUCCUCUACAGUUCUCUUCAGGGUUUAACUAAAACACACUUUAAAGUCACCUCGAGCCUGAACAGCUACAGAUUCUCAGCCCACUAGCAACAAAAAACAGCUUAGUGUCUGGGUUGGUAAGUAAUUAACCUCCUCUCUAAUUUAUCAAAGAUAUUGGAAGUAUUACUGAGUCAACUCUUGAAACAGAAAAAACAAAGCCACGUGUAUCUACAAAUGGGCAUUCCCGAAUCAGAAUCCUCAUUUACACAGUUAGCCUUGAGACUACAAAUAAAAGUAUAAGCAAAAUGGUCCUAAAAGCUGGUGCAGCCUGUCCUCUCCUCCUCCAGACUGCCUUUCAGUACAGUGUUUCCUCCCUCUGUACAGAGCGUUCCUGUGCCUUCUCCCUUGCGUUCACGUUCUGAGGAAGAAUAGGCUGCUUUGUCAAGUUCUCCCCACAUAACCUCUCUUACCUCUACAUUUUUCCUAUGCUUCCCAACAACCACAAAGACUUUUAUAUGCAAAAGGAGCUUGGCCAUUUGGGGGACAGACUAAGGAUUAAAUUAAAAGGACAGCUGUCUAUAUAGCUGGCUAGAAUGCAGGGAGGGCUGGGCAGCAUUUGUACCAGCUGCCCCACACUUCUAUUCCUUCCCAAAUUGGGUCUCCCAUCUCUCUGGCCAAAGAUGCUAAGCUGCACAAUGCUCAGGGCUCAGAGCUCCUAGGAACUUUUGGGUAGUGAGCCAGCAGAGCUGAGAUAGCCUGACUUCCUCAGUCAAGGCUUCCCUGGAUGCUGACUUGCCUGGUGCUCAAACUUCAGACUGGAAACUGGAAGGCAAUCUGAAAUGCACAAACCAUGUUUUUGUCACUCACAGAGCCAUGCCCUUCCCCUCCUUCAAAAUCUAGCCUUAUUUAAAGCAAUCUUUUGCUUUUAGCAUUCCCUCCUCCAGUUGAGCCCCAAAACUCCAGUUGUUUUGUUUUCUUCCUCGGCAUCACUUUUGAGGAACUCCUUUUCUGAAAGCAAGAGGUGCUAUGUGUUACUCUGAGUGUAUCUCUCUUCUUUAGUCCAUGCUGGUGGCAGUCUCAAAGACUGCCAGGGAUAACUGCAGUCCAGUACCCACAUAAUUUGCCUCCCUUUCCAUUUUUGGGUGAAAAUAAUCGGAGACAAAACGGGGAGGUUUAUGGAAAUAAAUAAGAUACUGUCUUACAGCCAAAGCAACAUUCAGCUUCUCAGCUGGCAGAGGAAUUCUUGAGCCUGGUCUGUAGUGAAAGCAUGAGCAAACUACUAAGUGGAAUGCAAAGAGAACCCUGGGCUUAAUCUCCAUUCCAGGCAGUCUACAGUAGUCUCAGACCACUACUAUUCCUGGAAGGCAAAGCGCUUACCCGCACACUGCCCCACCCCCAGCGUGUGAAAUCUGGGGCCUUGGUGAAGGUGCCAACACUCUGUCUCUUGUUUCUGCUGUCCAGUUGCUUUGAUAAAAUAGGAGUGAAUGCUGCCCUCCCAUGAAAGGGCAACUCAGAGCGAUUUAUAAACUGUAAUGUACUAGGCGAUGUCAGGUGGCCCUGUCACUCACCCAUUUCUGUUGUAUACUGCAUUUCUUCAGUUGUCUUUUCUCAUUACUGGACAGAAACCACCUAAUUUUGUGGUGAGAGGUCAGGCCCUGCAUAUAAUCAAUCAUGCACAAGUUCCAUGGCAUAGAAAUAUAAAUCAUCCUUAAUUCUGGAUUUCCCUGUCUACACAUGAAAAGCAUUUGCCAGUCAGCAACCUCACAAAGACGUCAUAGAAUAACCAUGAAAUGACAUCAAGAAAGCUGUUGGUGAGGAAAUACCUUUAAACCAUUCUAAAGGAAAAGCUCUCAAUUCCAAAAACUGAUUAUUAUUUCUGCAUUGAGGUAAAAGCCCUUGUGCUUAGUCUUUGAUUCUGAUGUCAAGUACCUGAUGGUUCCUCAAAACCUGCUCUGUGGUAAGGAGAGAACAGUCACAGUGGGAUUGCUAUACCCUGUGAUAGGCUCUGGCACAGCUACUGGAUGAGAAGUUCAAAGAGCCAAGCACCAUCCAGUUUGCAGGAUGGGUCACCCUUGGGCUGUGCUAAAGGGCUCUCUUCUCUGGCUAACCCCUCAACCAAGCUAUACAUUUAGUUAGUAUACAGAGGAAUUUAAAAUUUAUGAUAAAAUUAAUUUUAAAAACAUGGUAACUUCAUCAUUCCAUUCAUCCCUCUGCCCAUUGUUUAUUCUGAGUAUAUACUUAAUAGCACUUUCCAGAACAGAGCAUGCCCUAUGUAGAGACAAAGAGAGCUCUACUAUCAGGACAUUUGGGGUAAAGAUACAUUGCAUUCCCCCCAUCCCCCAUCCUCCUUUUCUCAGAGCUCAUCCAGCUGACAGGUGCCAGAAAGGAAGAAAUGUUACCAAAUGUUAACUUCCAGACCCAAAAAAGCUAUCACAAAGGGAGACAGAACAAGGCAAUUCAUAAAAUCCUUCAACUGAGGGAUGUAACAAUACCUACCUAAUUAGAAACAGUUACCUAAUUAGAAACAAUACCUAAUUAGAAACAAUACCUACAAGAUUAGAAACAUUCAACUUGUUGAGAAUGUGCUACAUGUGGAGUGAAAGACAAUGACACCUCUAGAACCUUAUAAUGAUAUUGUAUUGGGAGGAAAGCACAAAGGGUUUGCUCAUGUUAUCAGUAACACCAGUUUUUCUUAUCUAACAUUUUAAACACAUCUGCUUUUAAUAUGGGAGUCUAAGUAAAGUUAACUUUUCACCCAUUGUUCCGGCCCUCCUUCCCUUCCUUCAUUGUGCAGUUCCGUUUGUAUUGGCAUUGUCCUUCCUCUUACCCAUGCCCCCACAAGCUAACUGCAGUGGAAAGGGAUUACACUGAGAAACUGCUUAUCUCUGGACUCUUGAAUACUGUUCAAACAGCACUAGCAGUGAUUUGGAAGCAAGGCUAGCCUUUGUUUCAGCUAAACUCCACAGACUUUUUGCUUUGUCCUACUUAACUUAUUAAACCACCAGCAGUAAACAAGAAUUCUCUAAGUCAUCAACAAGUCAGAAAACAUCCUGGCUUUUGAAAAUUAGGGAAAGGAGUAUCUCAAUUACUCUUGAAUAGAGAUUCUGAUAUUUAUCUGAAUGGUCUCAGGCUAAUAUACAGUUAAUUGUCAAUUUUGUGCCUGUUAGCAAAAGAAAAAAAUUCUUGGUGACUUUAUUUUUAUUUAUUUAUUUAUUUAUUUAUUUUUGUUAGUACAUAUGUGCCUAAUGAUUUCAUUCAUUUUGGGAAGCUGGUAUGUGGACAUAGCAAGUCUUAAUUAUUUUUAUGUCCCUUGCCUCCCUCCAUUUCUUGGUCCCCUUCCCAUUUGCAUAAGAUCUGCCUCCCUGUUUCCCAUUAUUUACCUUUUAGUUUGCUGUGUAUUUAUACUUUGGGCUUCUCAUAUAAGACAAUAAUGUUUGGUGAUUGUAUAACAUAGGGAUACGAAGUAGGUAUAUUUCCCACAAAAGAAGAACUACAAAACUACAAAAUGAAUUCUUUCUAUGCAUCUUUUUCAGAAUAGUAAAAGAGUUUUACUCCCCCAUGCCCAGAGAAAAUAUAGUAGGAUUUUGCAAAUGGUUAUGAUUAAAAGCUAGUUUGAAUUUUUAUUACUUUGAUAUAAAUACUCAGUUUUUUGAAUGUUUAGAGUUGUUCCUCACAACAAAUCUGUAUUUCUAAACUGAUAAGGACUGUGCACUCUGAUUAUAAAAUACAAUUUAUCGAGUCAUCUUGACUCUUUUUAGGAGUAUUUCAUAUGUUCUGAGUUCUUCAGUUCUCUAGAAUAUAGGUUGUAAAUAGAAGGAGGAAGCAAGAAUGAUCUUCAGGUUGGGGUUGGGGUUGUGUAUGUACUUCAAUGGUAGAACACUUGCCUAGCAUGCACAAGGCUCUAGGUUUGAUCCCCCACCACAAUUAAAUAAAUAAAUAAAUAACUCCAAUUCCUCUGAAAGGUGUGAAGUUUUUCAUGUAGCUUCUGGUAUACUUAUCCUUCAUCUGAAAGCAAUCCAAUAGGGCACUUACAUAGCAAAUUCUUUAACCCCAAGUAGUGACUUCUGAUGGCACAUUGUGUACCUUCUGGUAAGCCAGGAGGGAUAAUGGUUUGGGGCAAGUGUACCAUUCAGUGCCUAGAACAUCACAAUAGUAUCAGUGAGUGUACAGCUGGUGCCUGCUAUAGUGGCUCCCUAAAGAGGCUAGCAAGUGUUGCUAUCUAUAGCCUUAACCUAAGAGAAGCACCAUUUUCACUAGAUACAAAGUUAACAAACCUUAACUGAGCACAUACUAUAUGCAGAGCCAUGUUAGGUUGCUAUAGAGUUCUCUGUAAUAUAUUAACAGAUUUCUUUUUCAGAGUAACAAGAGAAUUUCAGCCAUCCUCUUCUGACUACUGCCAUAUACAGGCAUCGUGUCAGGGGCUAUCAAGAUGAAUCAGAGCUGUGCUCUGAUUUAUGGAGCUCAGAGUAAAAAGUAUGAGAAAGAAAUAACUGCCACAGAAUGCAAAGAUAGUUGUUCCUUGCAAAGAGCUUUAUGAGAAUAUAGAAGAAAAUGAUGAAUUCCCUCAGAAGAUGCCAGAAGGUGUUCAAAAAGUUGAUAUUUAAGCUGUAUAUUAAAGGAUGGGUAGGAUUUCACCAGGCAGACAGGAGAGGGAGAAGAGAAUUUUAAGCAGAGGGAACAGCAUGUGCAAAAGCUCACUGAAAUAUGCAGAAAGUCUUUUAUAUUAUCAUUUGAGAGGGAAAAUAUACAGCUUUGUACUAAUGGUGUUUGUAUUUUUUUGGUCCUGAUUAUAUUAUCAUUUUUUAAUACAGGACAUGAUAUUCUAAGGCAAUGACAAGAAAAGUUCUGAUAAAUUUGAACCCUCUUCUUAUUAAACUGUGAUGCUUAUCUGCCAUCUUACAUAUCGCAGGCCCUCAAUAAAUGCUCAAGCAGGACCUCAAGUACUAUUCUCUUCAGGAUCAGCUUACAAAGCGAAACUUCCACCUGGGAGUUAGAAAUAGGUAUUCACAAUUCUGCUCUCCUCCAGCCUGCUCUGCUUUCAAGAAAAGUGACUGCCACUGGACCUUAACUGUGUUUGUGAGACACAGGGAAAACUGUUUCUGGUUUGAGUCCUAAAUGACAUUGAUUUCUACUUGGAGGGCCUCUAUAUCAUUGAAAUUCAAAGAAGUGUCAUUUGAAUGGGACGGUCCUGGAGUUGAUGACAUAGAAGUUGGUAUCAUAGGAAUUUCAGUGACACUGGUUAGUAUAGACAGAUGUACCUCACAUUUUAGUUCUUAAGUUUUAUAGUAAACCUAAACAUGAUUGAUCAGAUGCAUAUAUGGCAGUAAUAAAGAUAUGAAUGGCCUGCACUGAACAGCCUUGCGAGUGAAAUGCAGUGAUGCCUGUUCUUUUUUCAAAGACAGAGAAGAUAAAUUUUAUUAUUUUUAUAAGUUAUGCAAUAACCAUUAAAGUAGUAAUAAAUUUUUGCCUCAAAAAUCACAAAAUAAUAGCAGAAAUACAGUUAGACAUAAACCAUUUGCAAAUUGUAUGCAAGUACACUUGUAACCCUUUUAUUGGUUGUCUAGAUCCAAUCCUUGAGAAAAUUCCCAUCAGGGAAUCUUGUUUCACUGUGACUCUGAAAUGGAUCUGUUCCAAACCUUGGCACCUGUGUGACUGGCUCUUUCAUGCCUGAUUACUAUAGCCACAUUUUUCUACCAGCUACAAUACCAAAUACAGAAUGUAAUAUCUUUCAACCCUGAAGCUACACUGAGUAAAUUCAUUCCACAGACUGUUACUGAGUGCCUCCUGGAGCAGGAGCAAUACAAGGUUCUAAGAAUACCCAAGUGAAUAAGACAGUUAUAUCCCUACCCAUUACAACAUGCUGGUCCAGUGAAAUAGUGCAUAAUCUCUUUUGGGUCAAGGUCCCUUUCGAAAAGCUGAUUCCAACUGGCCUUAUGUUGUAUAAAUAUUAGAAUGGCACCUUCCUGUUUCCCCAAAGAAAUGCAAGAACUUUUGUCCCUUGUGCAUGAAGGCUUGUGAAAUCCCAUAUAGACAUUAAGGUUUGUCUUCUUUGGGGGCCAAGGGUUGGUAGCAAGAACAUAGGCUUUUGAGCCAAAUCAUUUGGUGCUCUGAUUCUUUAACUGCAAAGGUGGUCUCGGGGAAUUUCUUCAGUCUUUCAGACACUCACUUUCCUCAUUCCAAAACUGAUGGUCCUUAUGGCCACUUUGCAGGGUGGAGGGGAUGUGUUAAUGACUAUAAAGUACCUUUCACAGGAUUAAACCAGGAUUAGUAAAUGAGAAUGCUAAAUUUUUGAAACCAGGUCUUUCUGACGUGCAAAAAAAAAAAAUAAUAAUAAAAUAAAAACAAAAAAACAAACCCACCCACGGGGAGAUAACCCAGCAGCACAACAGCACCUGCCUGAUAAGCACAAGAUCCUGAAUUCAGUUCCCAUAUUAAAAAAGUCCUAAGCUCUCUGCUUCCUUACAAAGGCUCUGAAAAUACUGAAUUAUACUGAAGUUCCACCAAAACUCCAGAAGGGAAGAAAGAAACAAUACAACUGAAGAAACAAAUGGGUAGAGAGGGAGAAAUAUAUUAAUUUGUUUAAGAGACAUUUAAAACAUCUGUGACAAAUCUAACACCAAUUCCAGGGUCUCAGAAUCUCAGUAUCUUUUCCUGGUUAUAAAUACUCAGCUUAUUUUGUGUGCAGUUGCAUCCAUCCUUCUAUAAGCAUUUAUUGACUACCACUGUGUGCUGAACUUGGCUGUAGGUGCUCUUGGUGAUUUAAAAGGGAUGACUUACAGCCCCUAGAGGCAGAUAGCUCUAUCAUACUGCCAAUCUUUUACUCAUCUGUCUCCCCAACUAACCUAAAUUCAAGGACAACAAUUAUGUCUGAUACUUCCCUCUGUCAUCCAUACCUCCGUCAGUGCCUAGAAACCAGUAGGCCCUCAGGGAAAAUGAUAACAGGAAGCACUAAUAGAGUGAUUACUAUGCAUACGGCAUGGUUCUAAGUACUUUUGGUGCAUUUAUUCAUCUGGACCCUCACAACAACUCUCUCAGUAUCUCCAUUUUACAGAUGGCUUGUCUGAGUUGACAAAGGGAAUAUGUAGCAGAGCCAAAAUUCAGAAAUUGGGCUGGUGGGCUCCAGGCUGAGCUCUUAGUUACUACACUGUAUCACCUCUCACUAUUGCUUGCUGCUGGGUAAUAAGCUGUUGGUUUUCCUGUCUAGUAUUUAUUAGGCACCUGGGGGCUGCUUUGUUGAUGACACCAGAAAGUGAGAAAAUUACUAAAACCAGAGGCAAGAAGACAACUCUAGAAUCACUUUCCCCCUCUCCAUCCUCUCUUCUCCUAAUACUUGCCUCUCCAAGCACCAGGGCCUGGCGUCCUUCUGCAGAGAGCCCAGCAGUCUUGGGGAGAAGCCAAAAUAUUUCCCUCUUUCUUUUCAACCUCACUUUUUCACCCUACUGUUGCCACCUCCUCCCUACCCAACCUUUUGAGGCUAGGAGCUAGGCUUAGCUAACUCCUGCAAACUCUGGUUCACACACUGCCUCAAAUUGAAGGUGCCUUAUAUAAUGUUCCAAACAGCACCCAUCACUUUGUGCCCUGCCUGUUCUGUUUUGUUUAAUUUUGAGAAGGAAUAGAGUGUUUUGGUUUUGAUUCUACUAGGAAAAAGAGUUAGCCUGGAUCCAGGGUAGAGCUCUCUCUGUCUCCCCUUGCGGGUGGGGCUGGUAUAGCAAAUGGGGAAGGUGGCAAUGGGGUAACAUCAAUGCUGUGUUCAUUCCUCUACUUGGCAUUCUCUUGACUUUUAGGGUCUUGUCUUGGUUUUGUGCUAUUUUGAUCAGAUUUUGAGUAGUAUUAGAAGAACUGAGACAGUAUAGUACAGACUCAUACUUUCUGGAGCCAGAUAGACCCAGGUUUGGAUUCUGGCUCCAUCCAAGAAAGUUAUUUCUCCUUUCUGUGUCUCUGUUUCCCCAUCUGUAAUGGUGUUGAGAUAGUACGUACCCAUGCUAUAUUACGAUUUAAUAAGUCAAUCUACAUGAAACACUUAAAACUGUAACUGGUAUACAAUAUGUGCUCAAUAAAUAUUUGCUGAUUUUUAAAAUGCAAUAUAGUAAUGGAGAAUAUCAUAAAUGCAUAUUUUCCCACUAUUAUGAAAUAAAAUGUGUUAAGAUUUUAUCUUACCUAUAUUUUUUUUAAAAAAGUAAAUUAUCAGCCAGGAAUAGUGGUACUUGCCUUAAUCCUAGCUACCUGGGAGGCUGAAGUAGGAGGAUCAUAAGUUUAAGACCAGCCAGAACAGCUUAGCAAGACCCUUCUCAAAAUAAAAAAUAGAGCUGGGAUAUAUAUAGAUCAGUAGUAGAGCAACCCUGGGCUCAAUCCCAGUACUGACUGAAAAAAAGGUAAAGUAUCAUAGAUACAUUGAAUGUCCUACGACCUUCAUCCCAGUCUUAUUCUUCCCUCAAUGCCAAAAGCUAUUCAUUAUCAUGAAUUUAAUAUGUAUCUUUCUAGUCCUUUCUCAAAGUAAUCAGAAAAAUGAUUUCAAAUGAGAGAGGAAGAUGAGUGGUUUGCUUUUUUAAAUUGACAUAUCACUUGCAGCCUGCUUUUUUCAUCCAAUGUUGUUUGUGAGAUCUACCCAUAUAAACCUAGUUCAGUCCAUUUAACUGUUCUGUAGUAUCUCAUGUACAACUAUUCUAGGUUUUAUUUGUCCAUUCACAUCUUUAUGGAUGUUCAGAUUAGUCCUAAUUUUUUGCCACCACAGUUCGCCACAGUGAGCAGUCCUGCACUCACUCUUUGGACACAUGUGUGGGUUUCUGGGGAGCACAGCCUGCUCUGAAUAUCUGCGUCAGAGGGUCUCAGUCUUGCUAAACACUGCAGAGCUAGCAGAACCAGUGGAGUACAGUAGGUAAAACAUGGGAUCAGGGUUCAAAUCCCAGCUGUGUUAUGCCCCAUUCUAUGAGAUUUUGAGUGAUUCUUUUUGCCUUGGCUUCCUCAUCUGUAAAAUAAGAGAACAGCACAUGCCUCACAAGGUCAUUGUCCUUCAGGUACGUCACAUGACUGAAAUAGUUCUUUUUUUUUUACUGUUUCAUCCCAUAUUUUCCUCUCCAGCUUGAGAGUAGACCUUUUAUAAAGUGUAGAUAUUUAAUGUAAAUAGAAAAAAAUACUAAGAUGGUAUUCAUCAAAUGGUUCACCAGUAUUGGAAAUAUGAUCUUUCUUGCUUUGUACUUUUAAAUAUUCUUUGGUUUUCUAAAAAUGAGAUGUAAAGCAAUAAGUGAAAUUCUUAGUGAAAAAGAAAAUAAUGAACCUGAGAUGUACUGAAAACAAAAAAAAAUGUAUUUUCCCUCUGGUGAGCAGGGGUACUGAAAGACCAGUGAAAGAGGUCUUAGGAAGUACACUUUUUGAAGUUCAGAAACAAUCUAGCUCUUCCCUUACCAGUAGAGCACUGAUACAAGUAGAAUGCAUUGUGAAAGAAUGUCCAAGAUAAUGCAGUGAGAUGAAGAGAGGGUAAGUACAGGACACUAUGUAGAGUAUGUUAAGCUAUUGUGUUAAAGUGCUACCUUUAUUCUUCCUUACCUCUCCAAAGAGUCACAAAAAGGAAACAGGGUAUCUAGGACACAGCACGGACUUAUUUGGUUAGUAAAUAUCAUUUUUUAUCUUUGGAAUGUUUUACUGUAUAAAUAUAGUACUUAUUCAACAUUUUUGGUGUGUUUGUUUAUUGUUGUUGUUGUUUUUGGUAGUGCUAAGUAUGGAACCCAGGGGCUUAGGCAUACUAGGCAAAUGUUCUGAGUAUUAUCUCCAGUUCUUUUUAAAUUUUACUUUGAAUGAGGUCUUGCUAAAUUAUCCAGACUGGCCUUAUACUUGUAAUUCUCCUGCCCAAGCAUCUAGAGUAGCUGAGAUUACUGGCAUGUACCACCAUACCUGGCUCAACUUUUUAAAAUAAAAUAACUCUAAAGUAGCUUAGAGUAGUAUUUGCCUGUCAAAGAUGGGGCAUCACUAAGGAUUUACAGUAAGAAAAUGAUAGGAUACAAUUUGUAUUUUUGAGUUUGCUCAGGUUGCUGAGCAAGGUUAAAUUGGACAAGAAUAUGGCUGGAGAUAGAAAGAACAGCUCCAAAGCUGUUAUGAGAUGCUAAAGGCCUAAAUUAAAAGUGCAAACUCAGAUUUGAAGCCAAUCUUGCCUGACUCCAAAACUCAAAUAUUAUUUCUCUGUUCAACAAACUGCCUGGAAAAAAAGAAAAAUUGAGCUUUUUUGAACCACUUUGCCCUAUGCUAAUACAGCAGAUAUAGAUCCUCAUCUCCACUGAGACAAAAAGUCUACCUUUACUAAGAUAAAGCCUGUAGAUUCACUAAAACAGUUCCUUUCAGAGGAGAAAACCCCAGGAUACAUGCUGUCACCUUCUGUUUUAGCUAUUUCUGUCAAGAAUUCUUGCCCUCAAACAAACUUGGGAAAACAUGCAGCUUGAUUCCUCUCUUCAUCUUUAAAUAUUUUGCUUUAGAGGGAUUCUAGAAGAUGGCGGAUCAGUAUGCAGCAAAACAGGGAGCCUCUUUGAGAGAAACAGCACAGAUACCAGAAUAAAAUGUCCUGGAAAAGAGCAGACAGAGGGAGAUGGAUCCUAUCGACCCAGGAAGAAACUAAAGGGAAAGAAAAAAAAGAUAGAAAAAAAAUGAAAAUCAUAGAUGGAAAGCUAUAUCCAGACUUGCUCUCACUGGAGCCAAUCCCAUUGUGUAUGAAACACGGCUCAAAUCUGGAGAUGGGCAAUCAUGGUGAAGUUGGGAUUGGCUAGCAUGAGGGCCUCAGUGGGAGGAAGCAGUUGUGGAGGGGAGCAGCGGAAGAGAGAGCAGCACUUGGCUCAGAGAUCUGCACUGGCUCUCAGUGAGUGCGUGGAAAUCAGUCCUCCAGUGAGAAUGGGUGAGGGAGCCAGGUGGCAUUUUGGAGUCAGGCAGGGUAAAGCUAGAACCAGAACUGCAGUGGCUUCAGUCAGCCACUCCUACCACAGAGCAGAUUGGUGAGAAUUGCUCAGACUGAGUCCCACCUCUGUGCACGAUCCAAUAGCAAAAGACAAGGUCUCCCUGAAACUAUACUUACUGACCCCAUCCUUGUGGCCCACACCAACAUGGUGAAGACUCCCAGCAGUCAACCAGCUCAGAAGGGAGGGGCCAGCCUGCCACACCCCUGUUUGUACUUCAGUACACCACCAGCAGACUGUGGAGGACAGCAAUUUCUUGCCAGCACACUUCAGAGUAUUUGCAGCCAAUACAAGAAGUGCCAGGGACCCCCAUUGUCCACUCCUCUGGAGGAUACCAGAAACAUGAUGAGGAAGAAACAAAAGAAAAUCUCCAGCCCCCAACCCAAUCACUACUGGCCCAGAGAGGUAAACACAGAAGAGACCAGGGGUUGCACACCUGUGGUGUCUGAAAAAACAGCAUCUGACAUAAAGAAUUAUCUUUGUGACAUUAUAAAAGAACUAAAAACAGAAAUUCUAAUACAAGUAAAAGAAGAUAUAAGAAAAAUAAUAAAAGAAAUGCUACAUACCACUAAAGAAGACAUAGAUGAAAGAAUGGAGGGACAUAGAAAAAGGAGAGAAAGCUUCAGUGAAGAAUAUAAAGAAAAUCCAGAAUACAUGAAACAGAUUCAAAGAGACUACCAGGAAAUUAAAAACUCCAUUGAAAGCUGGCAAAACUGCUUGAAAGAAACUAAAGAUAGACUAUCAAACCUUGAAGACAGGUUUGCAAUGUGUGAUCGUGAAAGGAAAGAUAUCUUAAAAAUAACAAGGAACCAGGAAGUAAUAAUACAAAGGCUAGACGAUGACAAGAAGAUCUAUAACUUAAGAAUAAAAAACGGUGAGUGAAGAAGCAGGGAUAAACACAAAUGAAAUACAAAAGCUAUUUACAGAAAUAAUUAAAGAAAACUUCCAAGCAUAGGAAAAGGAAAUUUUAUCCAGAUAUAUGAGGAAUACAGAAUUCCAGCCAGCUAUAAUCAAAAUAGAUCUAUACCCAGACAUAUAAUAAUCAAGAUCCCAGAAAUUCAACAAAUAUUCAUUAAAAGCUGCCAGAGAAAAGAAACAGAUCACCUGUAAAGGAAAAUCCAUCAGAAUCAUGAGACUUUUCAAUACAAACCAUCAUAUCAAGAAGAACUCAGAGUGAAGUAUUUCAAGCCCUGAAAAAAAAAAUAACCUCCAACCCAGAUUGAUGUACCAUGAAAAACUAUGUCUCAAAAUUAAUGGAGAAACAAGAUGCUUCCAUGAUGAAAAGAACUGGGGGAGUUCAUGACCACCAAUCCAACCCUACAAAAAACACUGAAGGACAUUCUAGAGAAAGAGAAAAAAGACCAUGGUUUCAAGAACAGUGAGAGAGGAGGCUCACUGAACAGAGUAGACACUGGAAUGAAGGGGAAAAUGGCAGGAAAAUAGCAUGGCAGUGAUGAGGCAGAGAAGAUUUGCCAUAAUUGCUAACAUGGAUAACCUUGAUACACUAAUAAAAAGAAAUGCAGAUAGAGUGGAUCAGGAGAUAGGAUCCAUCAAGAUGCUCUAUAUAAGAAAUAUAUUUAACCUGAAAGAAGGUUGAUGAACUGAAAGUCAAACAUGAGAAAAUAAUGCUCUGUGUGACAGGGAAUCAGAAAAAAGUGGGGGUAGCUCAUCCUUCAGCUACAAAUUGAUUGGAAAGAUAUAACACUUUUAUACAAUGGAUCACUACUCAGCUAUAAGGAAGGAAAACCUUGAGGCUCUUGAGGGAAAAGAAUACAACUUGAGACCAAGCUCAGGGGUAAAAUGGUUCAGAACUACUUAGGUAAAUAUCAGGUUGCCUCCCUAAUCUAAAAACUAAAGAAAUUAGUUUUACAAUGUACCCUGGGAAAGCUAAAGGAGAGGAACUGUCUAAAUAGGAAAGGCAGAGGACAUUGGUAAUCUUGUAUCAUGAUUUGAAACGCAUAUUGCUUUCAUCACUCUGUUUAGUUUGGUUAUAUUCUAUUCUAUUGUACUAGAUUCGAGGGCAUAGACAGCUAUUCCAAAGAUAGCAGGAUAUACUACAGUAACAAUUUUUAAUUUCCUAUUAACAUAAUCUGAAGCCCUGUAUUGCUUUCACUGUCUUGUUUUGACUGAUUUUAUUUGAAUCUGUUUUGUUCAAUCAGUCUUGUCUUGUCUGAUUUUAUUCAAAUCUGUUAUGUUUGAUAGUAUCAAGUCUGAGAGUAUAGGCAACUACUCUGAAGACAAUAAGAUUCACUAUGAUAUCCAUUCUGCUUUGACUAUUACCCUCUUUUGAAGUCUUAUAAUAUCUCCAAUGUUUUAUUUUUAUUGAUUUUGUUCUGUACUGCUAUGUUCAAUUUUAUUGUACCUGAUGAUAUGGGCGAUUCUAAUGAAGAUAGCAAGAGACAUGGUAAUCAUUGUAGAUCACCUUGUAUUGUGGUUUUAAAUUAUGUACUAUGUCCAUCCUUUUGUUUUGAGUGACCCCCUUUUGUUUUGUUUUCUCAUUUGAUUUUAUUUUCAAAAUAAAUUUUAAAAAAUAUUUUGCUUUACUAUUAAUAUAUUACCCAGUAGACUUUAUACUUUAUAUUGAAACAUUUAGAGAAGUACAUCAUCUGUGAAUUCCUGAUUUUUAAAAAAGAAUUGGAAUGUGAAUAACAGUGACAUUGUAACUAAUAACUUUUUUUUUUGUCUUUUUCCUUUUUAUCGGUACCGGGGAUCGAACUCACGACUGCCUGCUUGCAAGGCAGGCGCUUAUGCCGCUGAGCUAAAGCCCCAGUCCCUGUAACUAAUAACUUUUAAACUCCGGUAUCCAACAGAAAGUUCCCAUGGUUAGGGUUAAGAAAAUUACUCUUUUAAGCUCCUAAUAGAAAGGGUGGAGUUUCCUUGUGUUGUUUUCCCUGUAUCUAGACCAACUUUCCAUGAAUGGAUGGAUGAAUGAAUGGCUUACCAGCAGGCUGGAAAGACUCUUUUGAUCCUAUCAUACCUAGUACCAGCUUGCAUGUCUCACGUUCACUUCUUUUUCCUAUAACACAAUAUUGACUAGCAAAGCUGAGAAGACAUCUAUAAGUAGUUUUUCUAUCGGAGAGGGGGAAGGAAUCAUUUAAUGACCUUUAAUUGUAUUUAAACAGCUUCCUCAAGAUAUAUUUCUUGUGCCAUACAACUCACUCAUUUAAAGUGUAUAGUGCAGUGUUUUUAGUAUAUUAACAAAGUUGUGCAAGCAUUACCCCUACCCAGUUCCAGUGUAUUACUAUCUCCUCUAAAAGAAUUCCCACAGCCACUAGCAGUUGAGCUCUUCACUCCCAGUCCCUAACAGCAACUAUUUCACUUUCCAUCUCUAUAGAUGUGCCUAUUUUGGGCAUUUAACCUGAAUGGGACUCUACAUUAUGUGGACUUUUAUUACUGGCCCCUUUCAUUUAACAUAACAUUUUCAAUAGUCAUCCAUGUUGUAACACAUAUCAAUACUUCCUUUAUUUUUAUUAGUAUAUGGGAGUUAUCUGAUGUAGUAACUCUUGGUCUAGGUUAAUGGUGGAAAACCCAUGGCAUGCAUGCCACAGCAGGCUGUUUGUUAUCACUGAAAGUUCUAAAAGUUUCACCAUCACUGGCUUAGGUUAUCAUAAUAUUUCCUACAUUUAGGAUAAUUGAAGGAACUCAUCUGAAACUGAAGAGAAAUCAAAAUGAAUACCACCCAGAAUGAAUAAGAUUACAACCAUCCUCAUCUUUGGCAGUAGCACAACUGGGCUGAGCCAAAAAUCUGUCUUAAUAGAAUGGCAAGCCCAUGUUGUAUGUUGUGAUCUCCUCCUGGAACUUGUCUAGUCUGAGAAGGGCUCAGGGGUGCUGGUAUAAUGGGAUGAGGCAAGUGUCUCAUAGCUUGUGUGUCUAGCUUGGGCAGAACUUGCGUGCAUUCCUUGUCUUUAGACAUCUGAGCAGAAUGUGUCAGGGAUCUCCUGGUUCCAUGUGUUCUGUUUGCCAGUGGGCAGAGUAUACCGUACUGUGCAGACAGGUUAGACAGUUUAUUGUAGGCUGCUGAAAGCAGAUUAAAAAACCAUCAGCAUGGUGGGAAACUAGCUCAUAAUGCAAUCCAAAUGUCAGAUGAAAUAUUUACAUAGCCAGGAGAUAAACCAAGGAAAACAGUGCACCCUUUGUGUGUGCCUCUGAGCGUGCAGGCACAUACAGAGCUGCUGACCAUUUGUCAACUUCCAAGAUUUACUCUGCUGCUUCUGGCAAGGGACACUCUAAUGAUUUAAUCGCUUGUCAACACCUACACAGAGAAACAAGGACUGGCACUUCCUCAUUUCUUAUUUUCUUAGCUUUAAAUAGGAAUUCCUAUUCUAAGUCACUGGAACCUAGAAAUCAGACUGUUAGUUAUCCCUUGACUUGAGUGCAGUUUCUGAAUCUGAGCAUGAUGAAUGUUAUAACUUUCCUGAUAUAUAAAUACAGAGUUGCUACUCUUUCAGGAAAAAAAAACCAUUGAGUUCAUGUCCUAAAGCUUAAAUGUUUGCUUCAGACCAAUUGCUUCUGAGCCAAUUUCAAAUGGAGUGAAACUGUUUUGUUUCUGUCCCAUGAACCUGUUGAGCUGAAUGCAUGCUUGAGCAAUCCAGUGCUUGGUUGAUACAUUUACAUUUGACAUGGUGAAAUUGUUUGAAGGGUUUUCCUGGUGAAGAAGACUGCAUUUCUGGUGUGGAGAAUUAUUCUGUAGGCAUCCUUUGACAGUCAUAAGUUCCCUAAAAGCAGAAACCAUGUCCUUUUCUGCUUAGCCAAUUCUAUGGUGCCCAGUAGUAUCUGGAUCACUGUCACUUUAGUUGAUCCAUGUUCAGAAAACUUAAUCAUGAUUUAGGAAGAGAAUGGGAGACAACUUAACCAUCAGAACAAUACCUUGGGUACUCUAGCCCUUUAUCCCAAAGUGGAAUAAAAUAGCAAACUGUUUUAUGGUUGUGUGUCUCAGUGUACAUGUGUAAUAUGCGUCUGACUACCUAGAACUUGUUAAAUACAAAUUCUGAUUCAGUAAGUCCAAGAUAGAGCCUGAGUUUAUGCAAGCUCCUGAGUGAUAUAAUGCUGCUGUACAGUGAACAUAUUUUGAGUAGCAAAAUUAUGAAUUAUGAAAUUAGAAUUAUGAAAUUAGAAUUAUGCUGUUCAGUCUACCAGCCACUAUCCAGUUGUGUUUAUUAAUCAUUUGAGAUGUGGUCAGUACAAACUAAGAUGUGGUAUAAAUGUAAAAUACACAGAUCUGAAAAACUUAGUAAGAAAAAAGUAUAAAGUAUCUUAUCAGUAAUUUUAGAUUGAUCGUUGAAUUGAUAGUAUUUUACCAUAAUGAUUAAAUAAAACAUUCUUAAAUUUCAUUUCACCUGCUUUUUUAAUAUGACUGCCCAAAUAUUUUAAAUGAUAUAAUUUAAUGGCUCACAUUAUCUUUCUUCUAAACAGCAGAAUCAGGAAACUUCUUCAAUAAAGGAACAGAUCACAAAUACUUUAGGUUUUCCAGACUAAAUUGUCACUGUCCCAACUACUCAACUCUAUUGUUGUAGCACAAGAGCAAGUUUUGUUCCAACAAAACUGUAUUUGCAAAAACAAGUAGAAAUGGUAGUGGUAAAAACUAAACAGCCUACAGUCAUGCUGAAAAACAAAAGCCUGGUCGCCACCAACAGGGACCAUUUAACUCUGGAGCACCUUCAAAGCCUCAUUCCCAAUGAAUUAUUAUUUUGCCUCUCUGAUUGUUACUUCAAAGACCUCACUUGCAAAGCUUUCUUUACUUGAUUCAAGAUCACACUCAAUGUGAAAAGCAUUUCCUUAGGUCAUUUGUCUAAAAAAUUUGAAGCAAAUGAUUAAAUUCACAACUGCCCAGUGCAAUAGAUAAUAGCUGGUGUAAACCUUAAACUAAAAAGAUUAAAAGUAAACUAGGUAUUGCAGUCAGGGUUUCCAAGGGAAUGGAUUUAAUACAGGACAUAUAAUUUAUUAUAAUUUAAUUUUAUAAUAUUCACCCUAAAAGUCAAAUGCAGAAGACUACAAUAAAUCUGGCUACACACUAAAGACCCAAAGAAUUCAGCUGAGGGCCUGGAUCCUAUGGCAGUAUCCUGCACAAGUACAGCUUGAGGCCUAGAACCCACGACAAUGUCUCAUGCAUGUCUGUAUCAAGGAUCUGCACUGGGAAGGCCCAAAGGUCAGUGGUGGAAGCUAGAAAGGCUGUGCCAACAGGAUGAAGGAUCUGUGCCAGCCAGCUGAGGGAUCUACACUGGAGCCAGGAAGUGAUACUUUAAGGUAAGGACCAGAGCUCCCCUAAAGAGAACUACAGCCAUCUUUAGCCACAGUGAGGACCCACGCUCCUCCGAUGAUGAGGAAACUGAGUUCAAAUCAGGAAAACCAGUGUGACAAGCUUUUCCAGAGUAAUCAACAACAGCAUAUGAUCUUCCCCUCCAAUUCUCCUUUUAUGCUGUUGGGCAUUCUAUACCCAGAACCAAAUGGAUUAAUUUCAGCUGGGUGUUACAUGUUACUCAUUUGUUGAUAUACCACACUAGGGAAUGAAAUAGCCAUAGAGGAUUGGAAAAGCUCCAGCAUAUUCCUGGGAAUUUAGAAGGUCAUGGGUUGGUAUGCAUGCCCAAAGCUGUGCAAAUGUUAGAAAGAUCCUAAGAACGCCUAAAAAUUCUCACCUCUAUCUUAUUUUCCAGCUUUGCUAAGGGAUAAGGCAGACUAAUCAACUGCCUGGCACAGAACAUCUUGGUAAAGACUUGAAGACUAGGGAUGGAGACACAGCUGUGGGAUUAGAGUGUGUGCCUAGCAUGCACAAAACCCUCUGUUCCAGCCCAGCAAAACACACACACACACACACACACACACACACACACACACACACACGAAAGAUUACUAGUUAGGAAAUCUGUCUAAUCAUUAGCUGGCCAUUAAGCUAAUCAAGCAGAGAUUUUAGUGAACACACAUACAAAGAAUACAGACCCUACAGAAUUAAUGCAAAAAAAUAACUAAAUGAACACUACAAGCAGUAAAAAAAACCCUUAUUUGUACAGUUCACCACGUUAUGUAAUGUAAAAUAUUAUCUAGUUUUCAAUAAAAAUUACAAAACAUGCAAAGUAACAAGAAAGUAUGACUAAUACAUAGGGGGGAUCAAUCUAUAUAAACUGUCUCUGAGAAUAUCCAAACAUUAGAAUUAUUACAUCAAGACUUUAAACCAUAUACUUUUAAAUAUGUACAAAAAAAACUGAAGCAUUCCACACUUUCUUCUCAUACAUGGAUAUUUAGAAAAAAAGAGAUGGCCUGAAAAUAGAGUACAGACUAUUAGGGAAGGAGAAGUAAACUUGGGGGUAGGAAGUGGGGAGAGAGGGAAGGCAAGAAAAAGCAGUAGUAAAGGUAGAUAUAAUCAAAGUAUAAUAUAUCCAUGUAUAGAAACCAUCACCAUAAAACCCAUUAAUUUGUACAAUUAACAUUACUGAAUAGUAGUAAUAAAGAUUAAAUAAAUCAAGAAGCAAGAUCCAACAAUAUUUUGCAUACAAGAGGCACAUUUAAUUCAAAAAUAAAUUCAUAGACUGAGAGACAAAGGCUGGAAACAAUACUCAAUGCACAGGAACCCAGAUAAAAACAGGAGUAGCUAUUCUAUUUGCAGACAGAGUGAAUUUCAAGCAAGACUGAUUAAGAGAGAUAAAGAAGGGGCUGGAGAUUUAGCUCAGCGGCAUAAGCGCCUGCCUUGCAAGCAGGAAGUCGUGAGUUCGAUCUCUGGUACUGAUAAAAAUGAAAAAGACCAAAAAAAAAAAGAGAGAGAGAGAGAGAGAUAAAGAAGGUCACUACAUCCUUGUAAAGGGAACAAUCCAACAAAAAGAGAUAACAAUCAUAAAUAUAUAUGCAACAAAUACCAGUGCACCCAACUAUAUAAAACAAAUAUUAAUGGACAUGAAAACUCAAAUAAGCACUAAUACAAUUGUUUUGAGGGAUCUCAAUGCCCCACACUCCCAAAAAGACAGAUUGACUGGACAAAAAUUCAAAAAUGAAAUAUUAGAACUGAACUAAACUUUUGAACAAAUGGUCUUAGUAGACACCUACAAAGUGUUCUGCUCCACAACAUCAGAAUAUACAUUCUUCUAAACUGCACAUGGGACAUUCUCCAAAAUAGAUCACACACUACCUCAUAGAACAUGCUUAAGUGAAUACAAAAGAAUUGACAUUAUCCCGUGCAUAUUAUCAGACCAUAGUGCAAUGAAAUUGGAAAUAAAUGGUAAAAGAAACCAUAAGAACUUUAUAAACAUAUGAAAAUUAAAUAACACCAUCAAGAAUGAUCAAUGAGUCACAGAUGAAAUUAAAGAAGAAAUUAUGUAGUUUUCUACAGUUGAACAAUAGUGACAAUACAAUAUACCAGAACUUAUGGACACAAUGAAAGCAGUCCUAAGAGGGAAAUUCACAGAAGUAAAUACCCAUAUCAGGAAAAGAGAGCAAGUGCAAAUAAACAACUUAAUGGUGAACCUCAAACUUCUAGAAAAAGAAAAGCAGGCUAAACCAAAAACUGGUAUGAGGGAGGAAAUUAUAAAGAUCAGAGCAGAAAUUUACACACUAGAGACUAAAAAAAUGAUACAAAGAAUCAAUGAAUCAAUGAAUGGUAGCAUAGUCCUGUAAUCUCAGCACUCAGGAGACUGAGGCAGGUGGAUUGUUGGGAGUUCAAAGCCAGCCUAGGCUACAAAGUGAACUCAAGGUCUGCCAGAACUGCAUAGUGAGACCCUGUCUAAAAAAAUGAAUCAGUGAAUCAAAGAGUUUGUUCUUUGAAAGAUUAAAUACAAUCAACAAACUCUUAUCCAACCUUAUCAAAAAAAAAAAAGAAAAAACAAACCCACACAAUUAGGAAUGAAAGGGUAAAAUCACAAUGGACCCUGCAUAAAUCCAGAAGAUCAUCUGUACCUACUUUGAAAACUUGUAUUCUAAUAAGAUGGAAAGGGUAGAAAAAAUGAACAGAUUCCAAGAUACAUAUGAAUUACCAAAGUUGAGUCAAGAAGAUAUAAAAAUCUGAAAUAAACCAAUAUCAGUCAAUGAAAUUGAAGAUAUAAUUUAUAACUUGCCAACAAAGAAAAGCCCAGGCCCUUGUGGAUUCACUCCUGACUUCUAUAAGAAAUUUAGGGAAGACCUAACACCACUACUUCUCAAACUCUUUAAUGAAAUUGAAAGGGAAGCAAUAUUCCCAACUUCAUUCCUUGAAGCAAGUAUUACCCUGAUACCAAAACCAGAGAAGGACCCAACUAAGAAAAAGAAUUAUAGACCAAUCUCCCUAAUGAACAUAGAUGCAAAAA